UCGGGUGUAGGGAUUGCAAAAAACAAAACUACACUGUCAAGACUGUGUAGUUUUGUUUUUAUGAUUAGAGGCUCUACAAUUCUCAUGCUGGGAUUGUCUAAAAAAUCUUACUCUGGAUAAGGACGUCGUUCAAGAAGAUUUCGUUGGGCUUAGCCCACUCUUACAGGCACUUUGAGAGAUCAGAGUGCCUGUAAAGAUGACGACAAAAGCACCAACAUUUACGCAGCCAUUACAAAGUGUUGUGGCACUGGAGGGUAGUGCCGCAACCUUUGAGGCUCAUAUUAGUGGUUUCCCAGUUCCUGAGGUGAGCUGGUAUCGGGAUGGCCAGGUUCUCUCUGCUGCAACUUUGCCCGGUGUGCAGAUCUCGUUUAGUGAUGGCCGCGCUAAACUGGUGAUCCCCACCGUGACAGAAGCAAACAGUGGAAGAUACACCGUACAAGCCACCAAUGGAUCUGGGCAAGCAACUAGUACUGCUGAGCUACUUGUCACAGCUGGAACAGCACCACCAAACUUCUCACAACGACUACAGAGCAUGACUGCAAGGCAGGGAAGUCAAGUUCGACUUGACGUGAGAGUGACUGGAAUCCCUACACCUGUGGUGAAGUUCUAUCGGGAUGGAGUAGAAAUCCAAAGCUCCCCCGAUUUUCAAAUUUUACAAGAAGGAGACCUUUACAGCUUAAUAAUUGCAGAAGCAUACCCUGAAGACUCCGGUACAUAUUCAGUAAAUGCCACAAAUAAUGUGGGACGUGCUACUUCAACAGCUGAAUUGCUAAUUCAAGGUGAGGAAGAAGCCGUUCCUGCUAAAAAGACAAAGACAAUUGUUUCGACUGCUCAGAUUUCACAAACAAGACAAGCCAGAAUUGAAAAGAAGAUUGAAGCCCACUUUGAUGCCAGAUCACUUACAAGUGUUGAAACGGUCACAGAAGGUGCGACAGCCCAACAGCUCCCACACAAAGCACCUCCACGAAUGCCUCCUAGACCUACAUCAAAAUCACCAACCCCACCAAUAGUUGCUGCAAAAGCACAAAUGGCACGACAGCAAUCACCAUCACCUGUUAGACAAUCACCAUCACCUGUAAGACAUGUCAGAGCACCAACACCCUCACCAGUAAGAUCAGUUUCUCCUGCUGGAAGAAUCUCCACCUCACCUAUUAGACCAGUGAAAUCUCCAUCUCCGAUCUGUAAAACACGUGUAGUGACAACAGCUGGGGCCGAAGUCCUUCCUCCUUGGAAGCAGGAAGGAUAUGCUGCAACCACAGAAGCCCAGAUGAAGGAAACAAGAGUAUCUACAAGCACUACCCAAAUACGAACCGAAGAAAGAUGGGAGGGGAGAUACGGGGUCCAAGAACAAGUUACCAUCAGUGGUGCUACUGCUGGUGAAGUUGUGGCUGGUGCUAGAGAGGUGAGAAAGGACAGUGAAAAAACAGCAGCUGUUGCUACGGUUGUUGCUGCUGUGGAUCAAGCCAUGGUGAGAGAACCAGCUCCAGGUGCUGUAGAGCAAACUGCUAAAAGGACAGCAAUGACUGCAGUCCACGUUCAACCUGUUCAGGAGAAGAUGAGAAAGGAGGCAACAGUAGUAGUUACCAGUGAUAAAGCCACAAAACAAACAGUAAUAUCGAGAACUAGAGAAGGAAUUGUUACUUCACAAGAACAAAGGCACAUCUCUCAUGAAAAGGUAAGAAAAGAACCAGAGAAAACUCCAGUACCCACAGUAAUAAUUGCCACAGACAAAGUCAAAGAACAAGAAAGACUAUCAAGAGCUAGAGAAGAACUAUCUACCAGACAUGAGCAAGUGCACAUUGGUCAUGAAAAGAUAAGAAAGGAAGAUAUGAAACCUUCUGUACCUAAGGUAGUAAUUACCACUGAUAAACCUAAACCACCGGUCAUAAUAUCGAAAAGUAAAGAAGGAAUUGCUACCAAACAAGAACACGUGAGCAUAACCCAUGAAAAGGUGAAUAAGGAAGUUAAGAAAACUACUGUAGUUCCAAAAAUAAUUGCCACUGAUAAAACAGAAGCACCAGUCACAGUGUCCAGAACUAGAGAAGAAAUUACAGCCAAGCAAGAAAAAAUUCACCUAGCUUAUGAUCAGCUGAAUAUAGCGAGUGAUGCUGGAAAAAGGGCUGAAGCUGUAGCUACAGUUGUUGCAGCAGUUGAUCAGGCACGUGUUCGAUCACCCUGGGAACCAGAACAAGCAGAUGAAGCUUAUGUAAAGCAGAAAACUUUGGCAUAUGGCUAUAAAGAGCACGCUGUAACAGACCAGGUUGCUGAGGCCCCAGCAGAACGUCAUGUUGUUACUAAAGAAGUUAAAACUGUCUAUGUUCCUCCUGAGAAACAUAUCUCAGCUGCUGAAAAGAAGGAAGUUCAUGUAUCAACAGAGAUAAAAAGAGCAACAGAAACUAAGACUGAGAAAACAAUUCAUGUUGAACACCCGCGACCCCGCACAGCAAGCCCUCACUUCACAGUCUCCAAAAUUGCUGUUCCUAAACCAGAUCAUACGUAUGAGGUUUCAAUAGCUGGAUCUGCCAUGGCUACUCUGGAAAAAGAGUUAUCAGCUACUUCUGCUGUGCAAAAGAUCACCAAGCCCGUGAAACCACCUCAGCUAAAGCCACAUGACGUCAGGAUAAAAGCAGAGCCAGUUGCGUCUCCACAGUUUCCCUUUGGAGAGGCUGCUGAGACCUAUAAAAGUCACUAUGAUGUUGAGACUAAAAAAGAGACAGCUGUAAGCAUUAAAGGUGAAGCAGUGCGGGAAGAACACUUGGUGUUACAGAAAGAAGGUGAAGCAAAGGUGACAGAAACCGCCAGAGUUCCUGUGCCUGCAGAAAUCCCUGCUACUCCACCUACCUUAGUCUCGGGCCUCAAAAAUAAGACUGUUACUGAAGGUGAGUCUGUCACUCUGGAGUGCCAUAUCUCCGGUCAUCCUCAGCCUACUGUGACAUGGUACAGGGAAGACUACAAGAUUGAGAGUUCAAUGGACUUCCAGAUCACUUUCAAAGCAGGACUUGCUCGCCUUGUGAUUCGUGAAGCCUUUGCAGAAGACAGUGGAAGAUUUACCUGCACUGCUACCAAUAAGGCUGGGAGUGUCAGCACAUCUUGCCACUUAUACGUGAAAGUUUCAGAAGAAAUUGAGACUCGAGAAACCAUUUCUGAGAAGGCUGUUACAGACGAGAAACGCUAUGUGGAGACAAAGGACAUUGUAAUGGAGGAUGUCUCUGCUGCAGCAGAGGAAGUAUCGGGAGAACCCAUACCUCCUUUCUUCAUAAGAAAACCCAUAGUACAUAAAUUAAUUGAAGGUGGGAGCAUUAUUUUUGAAUGCCAAGUAGGGGGCAACCCAAAGCCACAUGUCUACUGGAAAAAAGGUGGAGUUCCUCUAACGACUGGCUACAGAUACAAAGUGAGUUACAAAAGAGAAACCGGGGAAUGCAAACUUGAAAUUUCCAUGACUUUUGCCGACGAUGCCGGAGAAUACACUAUUGUUGUUCGUAAUAAACAUGGAGAAGCUUCUGCAACGGUCUCCUUACUAGAAGAAGCUGAUUAUGAAGCCUACAUAAAAUCGCAACAAGAAAUGAUGUACCAAACUCAGGUGACUGCAUAUGUACAGGAACCUAAAGUGGCUGAGGUAGCCCCAGCUAUUUCAUAUGGUGACUUUGAAAAAGAAUAUGAAAAAGAACAAGCCCUAAUUAGGAAGAAAAUGGCAAAAGAUACAGUGAUGGUCAGAACUUUUGUUGAAGAUGAGGAAUUCCAUAUUUCUUCUUUUGAAGAAAGACUUAUCAAGGAAAUUGAACUCAGAAUUAUUAAGACCACCUUAGAUGAACUUCUCGAAGAAGAUGGAGAGGAGAUGAUGGUUGAUAUUUCUGAAUCUGAAGCUAUAGAAGCAGGAUUUGAUUUAAGAUUAAAGAAUUACAGAACCUUUGAAGGGACGGGAGUUACUUUCCAUUGCAAGACGACUGGAUAUCCAUUGCCAAAGAUUGCAUGGUACAAAGAUGGUAAGCGCAUAAGGCAUGGAGAGCGCUACCACAUGGAAGUUCUGCAAGACGGCAGUGCCAGUCUGCGUUUGCCUGUUGUUUUACCUGAAGAUGAAGGAAUUUAUACUGUCUUUGCCAGUAAUAUGAAAGGAAAUGCCAUUUGCUCAGCAAAACUCUACAUUGAGCCAGUUGCACCCACAGCAGCUUCAGGUUAUAUGCCAGGACCAGAAGUUAUGAGACGAUAUAGGUCUAUUUCUCCACGCUCUCCAAGCCGUUCUCCUGCCCGCAGUUCUCCUUCUCGUUCUCCUGCCCGCAGAUUAGAAGAAACUGAUGAAGGACAACUAGAGAGACUAUAUAAGCCAGUUUUUGUGCUGAAACCUACAUCAUUUAAAUGUUUACAGGGGCAAACAGCAAGAUUUGACUUAAAAGUUGUUGGCAGACCUAUGCCAGAGACCUACUGGUUCCAUAAUGGUCAACAAGUGGUUAAUGACUACACCCAUAAAAUAGUGAUUAAAGAAGAUGGCACCCAGUCAUUGAUCAUUGUUCCUGCUAUGCCUGAUGACUCUGGAGAAUGGGCUGUAAUUGCUCAGAAUAGGGCAGGCAAAGCUUCAGUCUCAAUGACACUGACUGUGGAAGCUAAGGAAGACCUAGUCAGACCACACUUUGUGGAAAGGCUGAAGAAUGUUAGUGUAAAGGAGGGCUCUAGACUGGAGAUGGCAGUGAAAGCUACUGGUAACCCUAAUCCUGACAUUGUAUGGCUGAAAAACAGUGACAUCAUUGUACCUCAUAAAUACCCCAAAAUAAAGAUUGAGGGAACCAAAGGGGCAGCUGCCCUUAAAAUUGAAUCUACUGCCAGGCAAGAUGCUGCAUGGUAUACUGCUACUGCUAUCAAUAAAGCUGGGCGGGACACUACUCGGUGCAAAGUAAAUGUUGAAGUUGAACAUGCAGAACCUGAACCGGAAAGGAGAUUAAUCAUUCCGAAAGGAACUUACAAAGCCAAGGAGAUUGCAGCACCAGAGUUAGAGCCUCUCCAUUUGCGUUAUGGUCAAGAGCAAUGGGAGGAAGGAGAUCUCUAUGACAAAGAAAAGCAACAGAAACCAUUUUUUAAGAAGAAGCUCACAUCUUUAAGGCUCAAGCAAUUUGGACCAGCACACUUUGAGUGCAGGCUUACACCAAUUGGUGACCCAACCAUGGUGGUGGAGUGGUUGCAUGAUGGCAAACCCUUGGAAGCAGCUAAUAGACUCCGCAUGAUCAAUGAAUUUGGGUACUGUAGCCUGGAUUACGGAGUAGCCUAUUCCAGAGAUAGUGGAGUGAUCACUUGCAGGGCAACUAACAAAUAUGGGACAGACCAUACAUCUGCUACUCUGAUUGUGAAGGAUGAGAAAAGUCUUGUGGAAGAAUCCCAGUUGCCAGAAGGCAGAAAGGGACUGCAGCGAAUUGAAGAGUUAGAAAGAAUGGCCCAUGAGGGUGCUCUUCCUGCAGUUGCAGUGGACCAAAAGGAAAAACAAAAACCAGAAAUUGUUUUGGUUCCUGAACCUGCAAGAGUCCUGGAAGGUGAAACAGCGCGAUUCCGCUGCCGUGUGACUGGCUAUCCUUUGCCCAAGGUCAACUGGUACCUCAACGGACAGCUCAUCCGUAAGAGCAAAAGAUUUAGACUCCGUUAUGAUGGAAUCUACUACCUGGAUAUUGUGGACUGCAAAUCGUAUGACACAGGAGAGGUGAAAGUCACUGCAGAGAAUCCAGAAGGCUUUAUUGAACAUAAGGUGAGACUUGAGAUCCAGCAGAGGGAAGACUUCAGAUCUGUUCUUCGUCGUGCUCCUGAACCCAAACAUGAGCCUGUAGUGACAGAACCUGGAAAACUUCUCUUUGAGGUACAGAAGGUAGACAAACCUUCAGAGGCAACAACCAAAGAAGUGGUGAAACUGAAAAGGGCUGAAAGAAUCACUCAUGAGAAGCUUUCAGAGGAAUCUGAAGAGCUGCGUAGUAAAUUCAAGCGCAGGACAGAAGAGGGCUAUUAUGAAGCCAUCACUGCUGUGGAACUGAAGUCUCGCAAAAAAGAUGAAUCAUAUGAAGAAAUGUUAAAAAAGACAAAAGAAGAACUUCUUCACUGGACCAAAGAGAUUCCAGAGGAAGAGAAGAAAGCACUUCUUCCGGAAGGCAAAAUCACCAUUCCAACAUUCAAACCAGAGAAGGUUGAGCUUAGUCCAAGCAUGGAGGCUCCCAAGAUAUUUGAACGAAUUCAAAGCCAGACUGUAGCCCAGGGGACAGAUGCACACUUCCGUGUGAGAGUAGUGGGAAAACCAGACCCUGAAUGCCAGUGGUUCAAAAAUGGUGUGCAGAUUGAAAGGACUGAUCGUGUGUAUUGGUACUGGCCUGAAGACAAUGUUUGCGAAUUAGUCAUCAGAGAUGUGACUUCGGAUGAUUCUGCCAGCAUCAUGGUGAAAGCAGUUAAUAUAGCUGGUGAAACUUCUAGCCAUGCUUUCCUGUUAGUACAAGCCAAGCAGUUAAUCAGCUUCACCCAGAAGUUACAAGAUGUUGUUGCUAAAGAGAGAGACUCCAUGGCAACAUUUGAAUGUGAGACAUCAGAACCCUUUGUCAAAGUGAAAUGGUUUAAGGAUGGAAUUGAGAUUCAUUCUGGAGACAAAUACAGAAUGCACUCAGACAGAAAGGCUCAUUUUCUUUCUGUACUAGCAAUUGAAAUGUCUGAUGCUGAUGACUACAGCUGUGCACUGGUAGAAAACGAAUCCAUAAAAACUACUGCAAAGCUUUCUGUUGAAGGUGCUAUUGUUGAGUUUAUUAAAGAACUUGAGGAUGUUGAAGUACCAGAAUCCUUCUCAGGUGAACUUGAAUGUGAGGUUUCCCCAGAAGACGUGGAGGGGAAAUGGUAUCAUGGUGAUGUUGAACUCACUUCUAAUCAUAAAUAUGUGAUUGCAUCCCGCCGUGGUCGCCAAAUCCUCACUAUUAAAGAUGUUAAUAAAGAUGAUCAAGGAGAGUAUAGCUUUGUUGUUGAUGGAAAAAGGACUUACUGCAAACUGAAGAUGAAGCCUCGUCCCAUGGUUAUUCUUCAAGGACUUACUGAUCAAAAAAUCUGUGAGGGAGAUAUUGUACAACUUGAAGUUAAAGUCUCCCUAGAAAAUGUGGAAGGUGUCUGGAUGAAAAAUGGUCAUGAAAUUCAAUCAAGUGAUCGUAUUCACAUUGUGUUGGAUAAACAGUCACACAUGUUGCUGAUAGAAGAUGCAACAAAGGAAGAUAGUGGAACUUACUCUUUUAGUGUUCCUGGUCUUGGACUGUCAACCACUGGACAGAUCACAGUGUACAGUGUGGAAAUAGUGGUGCCUCUAAAAGAUGUUCACGUAGUUGAAGGAACAAAAGCUAUCCUCGAAUGCAAAGUUUCAGCACCUGAUGUGUCUUCCUCCAAAUGGUACCUAAAUGAUCAUCAGAUAAAGCGUGAUGAACGUGUACAAGCUGUAUGUAAAGGCACUAAACAGAGGCUAGUGCUUACCAGAACCUAUGCAUCAGAUGAAGGGCAUUAUAAGCUAAUGGUUGGCAAAGUUGAAACAAGUUGCAAUGUCACAGUUGAAAAAAUUCAGAUUAUUAGAGGUCUUCACGACAUCACCUGCACUGAAACACAGAAUGUAACUUUUGAGGUUGAGCUCUCCCAUUCAGGGAUUGAUGUAAUUUGGCAUUUUAAAGGCCAAGAGAUCAAGGCUGGUCAAAAAUAUAAAAUUGAAGCACAUGGCAAAAGAUAUAAAUUGACAGUGGUGAAGAUGAUGAAAGAUGAUGAAGGAGAAUAUGUAUUUUAUGCUGGAGAGAAGAAAACAUCUGGAAAGCUUAUAGUAGCAGGUGGUGCCAUUUCAAAGCCUCUCACUGACCUUACUGUGGCUGAGUCCCAGACAGCUGUUUUUGAAUGUGAGGUGGCAAAUCCUGAAUCAGAUGGCCAGUGGCUAAAAAAUGGUAGACCAUUACCUAUGACAGAUCAGUACCGUGCUGAAUCUGAUGGUGUAAAGAGAAGGCUCAAUAUCCCUGUCACGAAACUGGAUGAUAUGGGAGAAUAUAGCUAUGAAAUAGCAAGCUCAAAGACAUCUGCCAAACUGAAGGUCGAAGCUGUUAAGAUAAAGAAGACACUAAAGAACUUGACUGUGACAGAAACACAGGAGGCAGUUUUCAGUGUAGAACUGACCCACGCUGAUGUGAAAGGAGCUCUGUGGAUUAAAAACGGUGUUGAACUUGAAUCAAAUGACAAAUAUGAAAUUUCAGUGAAAGGAACUGUUCACACACUGAAAAUCAAACACUGUGUUGUCACUGAUGAGUCUGUUUAUAGCUUUAAGCUUGGAAAGAUAGGAGCAAAUGCCAGACUUCAUGUGGAAACUGUCAAGAUCAUCAAAAAGCCAAAGGAUGUCACUGCUUUGGAAAAUGCUGUUGUCUCCUUUGAACUGAGUGUAUCCCAUGAUACUGUACCAGUCCGAUGGUUCCACAAAAAUGUUGAGCUUAAACAAAGUGAUAAACACAAGAUGAUAUCUCAAAGGAAAGUUCACAAGCUUAUGCUGCAUAACAUAUCUCCUGCUGAUGCUGGGGAAUACACAGCUCUUGUCGGGCAAAUUGAGUGUAAAGCAAAACUGUUUGUGGAAACCAUACACAUCACAAAGACCAUGAAAAAUAUUGAGAUCCCUGAGACCAAAACUGCCUCUUUUCAGUGUGAAGUUUCUCAUUUCAAUGUGCCUGCUGUCUGGUUGAAAAAUGGUGUGGAGAUUGAAAUGAGUGAAAAGUUCAAAAUAGUGGUUCAGGGGAAACUCCAUCAGCUCAAUAUCAUGAACACAAGCAGUGAAGAUUCUGCAGAAUACACAUUUGUCUGUGGAAAUGACAGAGUCAGUGCAACUCUGACCGUAAAACCCAUCUUAAUUACCUCCAUGCUAAAAGACAUCAAUGCUGAAGAGAAAGAUACAAUAACAUUUGAAGUUACUGUUAACUAUGAAGGUAUCUCAUAUAAAUGGCUGAAGAAUGGUGUAGAAAUAAAAUCGACUGAUAAAUGCCAGAUACGAACAAAGAAGCUCACACACUCCCUCUCCAUAAGGAAUGUGCAUUUUGGUGAUGCUGCAGAAUACACUUUUCUUGCUGGAAAAGCAGCUUCAUCAGCCACUUUAUAUGUAGAAGCUCGUCACAUUGAAUUUAGGAAGCAUAUUAAAGACAUCAAGGUUGUGGAGAAGAAGAGGGCUAUUUUUGAAUGUGAAGUUUCAGAACCUGACAUUCAGGUCCAGUGGAUGAAGGAUGGACAAGAACUCCAGAUUGGUGACAGGAUGAAAAUUCAGAGGGAGAAAUAUGUCCAUCGUCUCAUCAUUCCUUCCACAAGAAUGUCUGAUGCUGGUCAGUACACUGUAGUAGCAGGUGGAAACACAUCCAGUGCCAAUUUGAUAGUGGAAGGUCGUGACAUUCGUAUCAGAAGCAUCCAUAAAGAUAUUCAGGUCAUUCAGAGACAAAGAGCUGAAAUCGAAUUUGAAGUCAAUGAAGAUGACAUUGAACCACAGUGGUACAAGGAUGGUAUUGAGAUCAACUUCCAAUAUGAGGAAAGAUACAGUUAUGUGGUGGAAAGGAGAGUUCAUCGAAUGAGCAUCUUUGAAACCACUUACUCUGAUGCUGGAGAAUACACUUUUGUUGCAGGGCGGAAUAGGAGCUCUGUUGUUCUCUAUGUGAAUGCUCCAGAGCCACCCCAGAUUAUUCAGGAGCUAGAGCCAACCACUGUGGAGUCUGGCAAACCUGCCCGCUUCUGUGCCAUGAUAUCAGGCAAACCCCAGCCCAAAAUUUCCUGGUACAAAGAUGAUCAAAAGCUUUCUCCAGGUUUCAAGUGCAAAUUUCUUCAUGAUGCACAAGAAUAUACUCUAUUACUGAUUGAAACUUUCCCUGAAGAUGCAGCAGUGUACACCUGUGAAGCAAAAAAUGACUAUGGAGUUGCUACAACGUCAGCUUCACUUUCAGUGGAAAUCCCAGAAGUUGUUUCUCCUGAGCUAGAAGUGCCAGUGUAUCCACCUGCUGUUGUAAUACCACUACGUGAUGCUGUUACAUCUGAGGGACAGUCUGCUUGUUUUCAGUGCAGAGUUACAGGGACAGAUCUGAAAGUCUCUUGGUACAGCAAAGAGAGAGAGAUCAAGCCAUCACGGUUUUUUAGAAUGACUCAGUUUGAAGACACUUACCAGCUGGAGAUUGCUGAAGCUUAUCCAGAGGAUGAAGGAAUCUAUACCUUUGUGGCUAGUAAUUCUGUAGGCCAAGUGACAAGCACUGCUGUCUUGAAGUUAGAAGGAUUUAAAAAGGUUGAAGAAGUUACAUCAGAGUCCCAUUGGCAUGUUUCAUCUGUCUCACUUAAGGAGGAGUCUAUUGGCCAAAGGCCCACCUUUAUCCAGCCUAUUUCAAGCUGCAGGGUAUGCAGCGGGGAAUCAGUCAGAUUUCAAGCUAGAGUCUCUGGCAUGCCCAAACCAAAAAUCCAGUGGUUUCAUAAUCAACAACUCAUGUUGCCAACAAAAGACUUAGUUUUCCACUUUGAUGAGUCUACAGGCACAGCUAUACUGAUAAUAGUAGAUGCUUUCUUAGAGCAUGCUGGCCAAUACUCUUGCAAGGCAAGAAAUAGUGCUGGAGAAACAACUUGUACAGCUACACUUACAGUGACUGCGGAAGUGCAAGCCCUAGAUAGGCAAAGUUCUGGGAAAGAUGUAAAACAGUCUAUCCAGUCACAGGCUAUAUCAGAACUUCAUGUUGCUCCUCUCACAAAGAAGAACAUUAAAACUUAUCAAAAAGAAUUUAAAUCAGUGCAACAACCAUCACAGGAAUUCAGUGUACAGGUUUUUGAAAGCGUAUUGGAAAGUUUGAUCAUGAAGGCUACAACAUUUGAAGAAAUGGAAGCCAUGCACACAACAAUCCUUUCCCAAACACCUCAGAGCACCAGGAUCUCUGUGGCCACUGCUCGGGAAAUGAAGGAUGUUCCUCCAAAGAUUCUUUUGCAGCUCAGAGACCUAACUGUGAAAUGUGAUGACACUGCUCAGUUCGUAUGUGGCUUAGAAAAUGAAUUCUUCUCUGAGUAUCUUUGGGCCCAUGAAGGUGAAAGGAUAGAAGUGUCUGAAAAAUUGAAGAUAUCACAAAAUGGAAGUGUCCUACUGCUCACAAUCCUAAAUGCCCAGCUGGCAGAUCAAGGACUGUACACUUGUACUGUAUAUAAUGAUUAUGGAGGGACAACAACUGCUGCAAUACUAACGGUCAAAGGUGCUCCUGAAAAAAUUAUUCAUGAGAAGCUAGAGGAAGCAAUUGAAAUGGAAGUGAAAGACAUCGCUAGCUCUCUUACUGUGUCUUCUGAGGAAGGAAGAAGUGAAGGCUACAGCAGCAGCCUUCAGUUGCCUGAUAGAGAGAAAGCACUUGAAUUUGAGCCUGAAAAACCAGUUUAUUCUAGCAAAGCAAAGAUGAAAAUGGAGGGGGGGGACAAAGCCCCUGUGUUCCUCAAACAGUUGUCAAAUGUUGAAGUCUGGCAGGGAGAUGUAGCUAGGCUCUCUGUUACUGUCACUGGCAGCCCCACACCCAAAAUCCAGUGGUUUUUCAACAGUAUGAAGCUAACCCCAUCCAUGGACUGUAAGUUCGUGUUUGCUGGUAAUGACCACAGCCUCAUCCUCCCAUAUGUGGGUGUGCAGGAUGAGGGUGAAUACACGUGCGUGGCCAGCAAUGUACACGGUGAGACCACAUGCAGCGCCCACCUCCACGUGCAGCAGCGGAUGCCAGGGAUUCCUUGCUUUACCAGGGUGCCGGACAGCGUGCAGUGUGCACCGGGCUUCACCGCGAUCUUUGAGUACACCGUGGCUGGGGAGCCAUGCCCUGAUGUGCGGUGGUUCAAGGGGAGCGAGCAGCUCUUCUCCGAUGUGCGUCGUUCUAUUGCUCACCACCCUGAUGGCUCAGGCUCCCUGACAGUGCAGGAGUGCAUGGAGAAGGAUGCCGGGCUCUACACAUGCAGGGCGGUGAGUGCCCUGGGCGAGGCCACAUGCUCUGCUGAGCUCCUUGUGCUGCCCAAGGAUCAUGCUCUAUGCAGGCAGAGCCCGGCCUUGCAGCACUCUGCAGUGGCAGAGGACCAAAGUCCCCUCUCCUACGAGGAGGCUGGCGAGAUUCCUGCCAUGGAAGGAAUGCUCAGCCUUGAGGCCAUGAGGGAGCCCCUGGCCCUCCUUCAGCUCCAGACGAGCCAGGCAGAGCACGUGCUGCCCAGGGAGGACAUCUUGCCUGGCCUGCCACUGGCCUGCCUGGCUGCACAGGGCGUUGAAGAGAUGCUCACCCAGGUGGCCACAACACAAGAGAGCAGCAGGCUUCUGGCAGAGCCACUGCAAACCCUCCCUGCUGGCCUCCAGGCUGUGGUGCCUGCAGCAGCGACGGAGACACAACUGCCAGGCUACCUUGGGACUGUAGCUGCACAGAUACUCUUGCCCAAAGAGCAAGUCAUCCCCAAGGCAGCAGAGCAAAUGGCUGCUCUGACGACAGAGGUUUCCCAAGUCCUUCUACAGGUGUCAAGCACCACUGAGAGCUGUGCCAUAGAUGGUGACCACACCCAGGUCCUGGAGGGCUUCCAGGCAAUGCAAGGUGAGCUGAAGGCUGAACCCAGAUUUGCCUCUGAAUUGGCCUUCACUGCGGGCCAAGCUGUCCCCCUGGAGAACACUUCUUCCCUGGAAGAAACAGAGGAAGAUUUUGCUGCAAGAAUCCAUGAGGGACAGGCUGUGAGAUUUCCCUUGCUGCUAGAAGAAAACCAGCCCCUGGAGGAGGAACAUGUCGUCGAUCUUGCCAGCCCACUUAGGCAGUGUCCAAGGGCAGGGAGACAACCCCAUGAAACAAUGUACACUCACCAGCUCCAGCCAAGCCAAGUCCUUAACAAAGAGAGACAGCUCACUGCUCAGGUUCCCAAGAGCUGCAACUUAGACAUAAAGUCUCAAAUUAGAAAUGCAUUGAAAGCUGCAGUGGUAAGUGAGCAAAACCUCUUGUUUUCAGAAUGGUUGGCUGAUAAAGAAAAUGUUGAAGUACAGACAAUAAACAUCACCAAGGAACAUAAACACACCCUAUGCACCUACAUUGUGACCACAGAAGGACUUAGUCCCAUAGAAAUUCCAGUCUCCUUGGGAGAAGUCAACAUUCAGACAGCUGACCAGAAAACAGUCUUGAAGGAGGCUUUCUAUUCUCUUAUUUGUGAAGAAAAACAUCUCUUGACAGGUGAAAACUCCAAAGCAUUGCCAGUCCAUCCCAGUCCACUUCUCUCAGGAAAGUCCUGUGAUGAAACCUCCGAGCUGCAGCCCCAGGAGGCUGAGAGGACUAUGGAGGCAGAAAUACCCCUGGAGCAGCCUUUGUCUGCAGAAGUAAUCAACACUGUAACUGGGCAUGGUCAAAUCCAGGACGUGGGUGCAGCUGCAGACACUGCUGGUGUAGCCUCCACAGAUGUUCCCACUGAGACACCCACAGAAAUACUGAAAAGGAAAGAGAAAAGGGAAGAAAUAUGUGAGGAAGAGGGCAGAGAGGGUCUGGAAACUAGAGCUGGGAAGCUAGAGGAUGAGCUGGGCAAAGAGAGUUAUCCCAUCAUACACAGCAAACUGGUUGACACUGUUGUGGAGGAAGGGGAGACCGUCAGUCUGGUGACCAUCAUAACAAAUGUCAGAGAAGUGAAAUGGUACUUUGAGGGUAAACUGGUGUCUUCAGGCGACAAAUUCAAGUGUUUGCAAGAUCAAGACACAUACACACUAGUAAUAAGCAAAGUGUGCUGGGAGAUUCACCAAGGAGAGUACACCUGUGAGGCGCUGAAUCAAGGUGGAAAAAGAGCAACAGCAGCAAAACUCACAGUUGUUAAAAGAGUUGCACCAAUUCUGAGGAGAAGGCUCGAAUCUCUGGAGGUAGCUGUAAAUCACGUGGCCAAGUUUACCUGUGAGGUGGAGACUGCUCCCAAUGUCAGGUUCCAGUGGUACAAAGCUGGCCGAGAGAUAUAUGAUGGGGACAAAUACUCCAUUCGCACCUCCAACUACCUCUCCACGCUGGAGAUCCCGAGGCCUCAGGUUGUUGACUAUGGAGAGUAUAGCUGUAAGGCUUCCAACCAGCAUGGCAGUGUAAGCUCUACAGCCCUUUUAACAGUAACUGAAGCAUUUCCACCAACGUUUCUUACCAGACCUGAAUCUGUCACUACUUUUGUGGGCAAAAGUGUCAAGUUCCUGUGUACUGUUUCGGGCACUCCAGUCAUCGACGUUGCCUGGCAGAAAGAUGGCACGACCAUUUCACCUUCGGACCACCACAAGAUCUCCAAAGUGGAAAAUAAACAUAUGUUAGAAAUUUCCCUUCUCACCACCAGUGACAGAGGGGUUUACACUUGCAAAGCUUCCAACAAGUUUGGGGCUGACAUUUGCCAGGCUGAAAUGGUCGUUAUAGACAAGCCUCACUUCAUUAAAGUUUUGCAGUCAGUGCAGUCAGCAGUCAAUAAAAAAGUACGUCUUGAAUGUCAGGUAGAUGAAGACAGGAAAGUAACAGUAGGGUGGACAAAGGAUGGAAACAAAAUCCCUCCAGGCAAAGAUUAUAAGAUUUACUUUGAAGACAAAAUAGCCUUGCUUGAGAUUCCUCUGGCUAAGCUCAAGGAUUCAGGCCAUUAUGUGUGCACUGCCUCAAAUGAGGCGGGAAGCAGCUCCUCUUCUGCCAGCGUCACAGUCAGAGAACCACCAUCCUUUGUGAAGAAGGUCGAUCCAUCUUAUUUACUGACCCCAGGUGACUCUGCACGCCUUCAAUGCAAAAUCAAAGGGUCUCCUGAAAUCCAGGUUACUUGGUUCAAGAACAAUAAGGAGAUCCGUGAAAGCAACACACACAGAAUGUCCUUUGUCAAUUCUGUGGCUGUAUUAGAUAUUUUGGAGAUGAAAGUUGAUGACAGUGGGAGCUACUCAUGUGAAGCUGUAAAUGAGGUUGGAAGUGACAGCUGCACCACCGAAGUAGUUGUCAAAGAGCCUCCAUCUUUCAUCCGAACACUUGAACCAGCAGAGGUAGUAAAGGGAACAAACACCGUCCUUCAGUGUGAGGUUGCUGGCACUGGACCAUUUGAGAUUAGCUGGUACAAAGACAAGAAACAGAUUCGCAGUAGUAAAAAAUACAGGUUGACCUCUCAGAAAGCUGUUAUUUCUCUGGAGGUGUCUUCAUUUAAUAGUGCGGAUGUCGGUGAAUACGAAUGUGUGAUAGCUAACGAAGUUGGGAAGUGCAUAUGCAGUGCAACAUACAUCUUGAAAGAACCACCAUCUUUUGUUAAGAAAAUUGAAAAUGUGACAGCUCUGGCUGGAGAUAGUAUUACAUUACAGGCUGUGGUGAAAGGGUCAGAGCCUAUUUCUGUGAUGUGGAUGAAGGGCAAAGACACUAUUCAAGAUGAUAACAAAGUGAGAGUGACAUUUGAACAUGGUCUAGCAACGCUGCAAAUUACCGGUGUCCAGCUGAGCUCUGGUGGCAAAUACACCUGUGUGGCUGAGAAUGAUGCAGGAAGUCAGUCCUGCUUUGGUGAACUAGCAGUGAAAGAACCUGCCAAAAUCAUUGAAAAAUCCGAAAUCAUCCAGGUAACAGCAGGGGAACCAGCCAUUUUGGAGUACACUGUCACAGGCACUCCAGAGCUAAAAACCAAGUGGUUCAAAGAUGGAAGGCCACUACCUGCCAGCAAAAAAUAUAGGAUCAGCUUUAAAAAUAACAUUGCCCAGCUCAAGUUUUAUGCCACUGAAAUGCAGGACAGUGGCGAGUACACCUUUGAGAUAUCCAAUGAUGUGGGCAUCAGCUCUUGUACUACCAGCUUCACUGUGCUAGAUCGCACUCUCCCUCCCUUCUUUACUAAACCGCUGAAGAAUAUUGACAGCAUCAUUAGCACCUCGUGCCGCCUAGACUGCAAAAUUUCAGGUUCUCUUCCAAUGACCGUCUCUUGGUUUAAGCAGGACACCGAGAUCACUUCAAGUGCCAAGUACACAGUACACUUUGCAGAAGGCUCUGCAUCUUUGGAAAUAAAACACCUAGUUGCAAGCGAUGCUGGAGUCUACAUUUGCAGAGCCACAAACUCUGCUGGCAGCAAAGACAGCAGUAGCACUUUGUUUAUAAAAGAGCCACCCAGCUUCACUGUAGAACCAGAGUCCCAAGAUGUACUGCCUGCAUCAACGGUACGUUUCAAAGGCACAUUUAAAGGCACAACACCACUGACAGUGAAAUGGUUUAAAGGUGAUACUGAGCUGGUGACAGGAGGAGCCUGCUACAUUAUGACAGAAGCAUUAGCAAGUUACUUGGAGCUUUACGCGGUCAAACCAACAGACUCCGGAAAAUACACCUGCAAAGUCUCCAAUGUAGCUGGUUCAGUAACAUGCAGUGCAAACCUGUUUGUAAAAGAACCUGCUGUCUUCAAGGAGAAGCUAGAGCCAACCCAUCUGGUAAAGAAAGGUGGAUAUGCUGAGCUGACCUGUGAAGUUACUGGUACUCCUGAGAUUAAAAUCACAUGGUUCAAGGAUGACAGAGAGCUAAAAGAGAGUGACAAAUAUAGGAUGUCUUUUGCAAAAUCCUUGGCAAUACUCCAUCUUACAGAUGUUGAGACUGAAGACAGUGGGGAAUACCUUUGUGAGGCUAAAAAUGAUGCUGGAAAAGAUAUUUGCAGUAGCGUUGUUACAAUCAAAGAGUCACCUUAUUUUAGCAAGGAGUUUCAAUCCAUGGAAGUCUUGAAGGAUUCUGAUGUGGUUUUGGAGUGUGAGGUGCUUGGCACACCUCCCUUUGAAGUGUUUUGGGUGAAAGAUGAUAAACCCGUGCGGAGCAGUAAGAAGCACAGAAUAAGCAUUGAGAAAUCUUUGAUUAGCCUCCACGUUUUCAGGUUUGAUGCUUCUGAUGUUGGCGAGUAUCAGUGUAGAGUAACAAACGAUGUUGGGAGCUGCCUCUGCAGUUCAGAGGUCACACUGAAAGAGCCCCCACAGUUCUUGAAGAGGAUAGAAAACAUUAGUUCCCUUCGAGGGGGCACAGUCGUGUUUCAGGCUGCUAUUAAAGGCUCAUUGCCCAUUACUGUGUCCUGGCUGAAAGACAAUGAUGAAGUAAUUGAAGACAACAAUAUCAAAAUGACCUUUGUGAACAAUGUUGCCACUCUUCUGGUGAGGUCUAUUGAACUGAAACAUGAUGGCAAAUAUUUCUGUCAGGCUAAAAAUGAGGCUGGAAUUCAGAGGUGUUCUGCUCUGCUCACUGUCAAAGAACCUGCCACAAUCGUGGACAAGGCCGUGUCAAUAGAUGUGACUGAGGGAGACCCAGCAACCUUGCAGUGUAAAUUUUCUGGAACGAAAGAUAUUACAGCCAAAUGGUUCAAAGGUGGCAAGGAACUGACGUUAGGCCCAAAAUAUAAGAUCAGUGUUACGGAUACUGUCUCAGUCCUAAAAGUGCUUCAUGCAGAAAAGAAAGAUAGUGGAGAAUACAUUUUUGAGGUUCACAAUGACGUUGGAAGCAGUAGCUGUUCUGCCAGCAUUAACGUCCUAGAUCUCAUUAUACCACCUAAAUUCACCAAAAAGCUCAAGAAAAUGGACAGCAUUAAGGGGUCUUUUGUCCACCUGGAGUGCAUAGUGUCUGGUUCACAUCCCAUAAGUAUCCAGUGGUACAAGGACGGCCAAGAAAUAACAGCAAGUGAAAAGCACAAAUACUCUUUCCAUGAUAAUACUGCAUUUCUAGAAAUCAAUAAACUGGAAGGCACAGACAGUGGCUCUUACACCUGUGAAGCAACAAAUGAGGCAGGAAGCAACCAAUGCAGUGGGUUCUUAACAGUCAAAGAACCGCCAUAUUUUGUGGAAAAACCCCAGUCCCAAGAGGUUGUGCCUAAUGCUAGGGUUCAUUUCAAAGCACUGGUGAAAGGCUCUACUCCUCUGCAGAUAAAGUGGUUUAAAGACAGCCAGGAGCUCCUCACUGGAGCCAAUCGAUCUGUCUGGAAGGACGACACGUCUAGCGUACUGGAGCUCUUCUCAGCUAGGACAUCUGACUCCGGGAACUACACUUGUCAGAUAAGCAAUGAUGUGGGGACUGCAACUUGCAAAGCAGCUCUGUUUGUAAAAGAGCCCCCCAGAUUUAUUCAGAUGCCAACUUCUGUAGUAGCUUUGCGUGAAGGACAGUCCACCACUUUCGAGUGCCAGGUAGUAGGCACGCCAGAGAUCCACAUCACAUGGUACCUGGACGGGAAUGAAGUGACUGACCAAGCUAAGUACGGCAUGUCCUUCACAGAUGGUUUAGCCACUUUGAAACUAACUCAAGCCAGAGUGUCAGAUAGUGGGAUUUAUGUUUGUGAAGCCCACAAUGAUGCAGGUAGUGAGAGCUGCAGCGUCGAGCUGAAAGUAAAAGAGCCUCCAAGAUUUGUUCGGGAGUUGAGACCCACCGAGGUAGUGAAGGGUUUGGAGGCCACACUCGAGUGUGAGGUGACUGGUACUCCUCCAUUUGAGGUGAAGUGGCUGAAGAACAAUAAGGAGAUGUUCAGCAGCAAGAAAUAUGCCAUCUCAACCAAAGAAUCAGUAUUUACUCUUAAUGUGACUAACUGUGAUGUCUCAGAUGUUGGUGAAUAUCAGUGUAUUAUAUCAAAUGAAGGUGGGAGCUGUUCUUGCAGCACAAGGCUCAGCUUGAAAGAACCACCAUCCUUCGUCAAGAAGCUGGAGAACAUUACUAGCAUUUUGAAAGGUACCGCAUUCUUCCAGUGCGUCAUAGCAGGCGCUCAACCCUUAUCUGUGUCAUGGAUAAAAGAUGAGAAAAUCCUAGAAGAGGAUGAGCACCACCAUAUUACCUUUGAGAACAGUGUGGCCACACUGAAACUUACCAAUGUUGACCUCAGCCACAGAGGGAGAUACACCUGCCAGGCAAAGAACGAGUCUGGCGUGGAGAAGUGUUUUGCUUUGCUUUUUGUACAAGAGCCUGCACGGAUCAUAGAAAAGGCUAAAUCACUUAAAGUCACUGAAAGAGACCCCGUGACUUUGGAAUGUACUGUGGCUGGGACACCGGAGCUCCGAAUAAGAUGGUACAAAGACGGCAAACAGCUCUUGCCCAGUAGAUACUACACAAUGAGCUUUGAAAACAAUGUGGCCAGUUUCAGGAUUGAACCUGUAUCAAAGGAGGAUAGUGGUACCUACAGUUUUAAGGUUGAAAAUGACUUCGGAAGUAGCACCUGUGAAGCUGUUCUCACUGUGCUAGAUCAAUCAAUUCCUCCUGCAUUUAUCAAAAAGCUAACCAAAAAGGAUACCGUUCUGGGAUCUUCUAUCCAAAUGGAAUGCAAAGUUUCUGGGUCACUCCCCAUUACUGCAAAAUGGUUUAAGGAUGGAAAAGAGAUAACUGACAGUGCAAAAUAUAGAAGCCUGUGCCAUGAGAACAGUGUGUCACUCGAGAUUGCUAAUUUAGAGCUGGCAGACAGUGCAAAUUACACAUGCAGUGUCUCUAAUGUUGCCGGGAACGAUUCUUGCAGUGCUGUCCUGACUGUGAAAGAGCCACCAAGCUUCUUAGUAAAACCUGAAAGCCAGCAAGCCAUCCCAGAUUCCACAGUGGAGUUUAAGGCCACACUAAAAGGAACACCACCCUUUACAGUAAAGUGGUUCAAAGAAGACUUAGAACUUGUAUCUGGUCCAACUUGUUUCAUUGGGAUUGAAGGGUCAACUGGGUUCUUAACCCUCUAUUCAGUGGAUACUUCUAGGAGUGGGCAUUACACUUGCCACGUUUCAAAUGACGUUGGCAGUGACUCUUGCACUACAACAUUGAUGGUAACAGAACCACCCAAGUUUGCUAAGAAGCUAGAGGCGGCAAAAGUAGUCAAGCAGGGUGACUCAGCCCGGCUUGAGUGCAAAGUAAGUGGAUCUCCAGAGAUGAAAGUAGUGUGGUUCAGAAAUGACCAUGAAAUUGUUGCCAGCGAAAAAUUCCGGACAUCAUUCAUUGACUCUGUGGCUGUGCUUGAAAUGAAUCAUCUCAGUACUGAUGAGAGCGGUGACUACAUCUGUGAAGCUCACAACCCCGCCGGCAAGGCCAGCUGUAGCACCAAAGUCACAGUGAAAGAACCGCCUGUCUUUAGCAGGAAGCCCUCUCCAGUAGACAUGCUCAAAGGAACCGAGGUUAGCCUGGAAUGUGAGAUUUCAGGAACACCACCAUUUGACGUUACCUGGUACAAGGACAGGAGACAAAUCCGCAGUAGUAAAAAGUAUAAGGUUACAGCCAAAAACUACCAUACAAGCGUUCGCAUUCUUAAUGUUGAAGCUGCAGAUGUUGGUGAAUAUCAGUGCAAAGCACAGAACGACGUAGGAAGUGACACUUCUUUUUGCACUGUGAAGCUGAAAGAACCACCAAAAUUCUUAACUAAAAUAAACAGCAUGACUGUUGUGGUUGGUGAACCUGCAGAGUUACAAGCAAGAGUGGAGGGCUCCCAGCCGAUUUCUGUGCAGUGGCUUAAAGACAAAGAGGAAAUUAUUAGAGAAAGUGAAAACACAAAGAUCACAUUUAUCGAAAAUAUUGCAACUUUACAGCUUGUGCGCACAGAGACAAGCAAUGCUGGAAAAUACAUCUGUCAGAUCAGAAAUGAUGCUGGAAGUCGCGAGUGCAUGGCUACCUUAACUAUUCUAGAGCCUGCGGUCAUAGUAGAGAAAGCAGAGCCGAUGAAAGUUACUAUAGGAGAUGCCUGUACUUUGGAAUGCAAAGUGGCAGGCACACCAGAGCUUUCCACUGGGUGGUUCAAGGAUGGCAAAGAGCUGACCAGCAGCCAAAAAUACAGAAUUACUUUCAUCAAUAAAGUAUCUACACUUAAAAUUAUGGAUGCAGAAAAGGAAGAUGGUGGAUUGUACACUUUUGCAGUGCAGAACGACGUGGGGAAAAGCAGUUGCACAGCAUCUGUUGAUGUUUUAGAUCGAAUCAUUCCUCCUUCUUUCACAAGAAAACUAAAGGAAACUCCCUGUGUCCUGGGUUCCUCAGCAUUGCUGGAAUGCAAAGUCUCGGGUUCACCUCCUAUUUCUGUUGCCUGGUUCCAAAAUGGACUUAAGUUAGUCAAUGGGGAAAAACAUCAAAUCUCCUUUUCAGAUAACCUAUGUAUUUUAGAAGUGAAUUCACUGAGUGACUCAGAUACUGGCACGUACACCUGCAAAGCUACCAACAUAGCUGGUUCAGAUGAAUGCAGUGCUAUAUUGACCGUACAAGAACCACCUUCUUUUGAGAGGACACCCGAGCCUCUGGAUAUCUUGCCGGGUACAAGCAUCACUUUUACAUGUGUUAUCAGAGGAACCCCUCCUUUUAAGGUGAACUGGUUUAGAGGGGCCAAUGAGCUUGUGCCAGGGGACAAAUGCAAUAUCUACUUGGAGGACUCCAUUGUGGAGCUUGAGUUAUUUGAUGUAACUCCUCUCCAAAGCGGAGAGUACACUUGCCUAGUGACUAAUGAUGCUGGCAGGGCAAAUUGUACAACACACCUCACAGUAAAAGAACCGGCUGUCUUUGUAAAGAAACUGAGUGAUCAGUAUGUGGAGCCUGGCAAGCCCAUCAUCCUGGAGGGCACUUACACAGGCAGCCUGCCCAUCUCUGUGACAUGGAAGAAGAACGGCCACACGAUCACUCAAUCUCAGAAGUGUAGCAUCACCACCACAGAGAAAUCCUGCAUCCUGGAAAUACUUGACAGCACCAAAGAAGAUGCAGGAGAAUACACUUGCCAUGUUGAAAAUGAGGCAGGAAGAGAUGUUUGUGAGGCUGUAGUCUCUACUCUAGAACCUCCCUAUUUUCUUACACACUUGGAACCUCUUGAGGUGUCAGUUGGGGAUUAUACAACGUUGCAAUGCCGUGUUGCUGGAACACCAGAAAUCACUGUGUCUUGGUACAAAGGAGAUACAAAACUCAGGUCUACUCCUGAGUACAAAGUGUUCUUUAAAGACAAUGUUGCUACGCUUAUUUUCAACAAAGUGGUUAGCAAUGACAGCGGAGAAUAUAUCUGCAAGGCAGAAAACAGUGUAGGAACUGCAUCUACAAAGGCUCUCUUAACGAUUCAAGAGCGCAAACGACCACCUUCCUUUGCAAGAAAAUUAAAGGACAUCGAGCACCCUGUUGGUUUGCCUCUUAAACUUAUGUGUCGGCUCAAUGGCUCAGAACCCAUUAAUGUGACUUGGCAUAAAGACGGUGUACUGCUAAGUGAUGACCACAAUGUGCACACAUCCUUUGUAGAUAAUGUUGCAGUGCUGCAACUGGUGCGAACUGAGAUGAAUCAUACCGGGCAGUACUCCUGUACAGCCACCAACGCUGUGGGCACUGCCACCUCAAGUGCUAGGCUUACAGUGGCAGAACCCAAGCAAGCACCUGUCUUUGACACAAAACCAGAAUCUAUUGACGUGCCUUUUGGAGAAAGUGCUGACUUUGAGUGCCAUGUUACUGGAGCCCACCCAAUACACAUCACCUGGUCCAAGGAUGGUCGGGAGAUCCGAACUGGAGGAAACGUCAAUAUUACAUUUGUAGCCAACACAGCUCACCUUCGAGUGCUCAGAGUGGGUAAAGGAGACUCUGGCCAAUACACUUGCCAAGCUAGUAAUGAAGCUGGGAAAGACUUUUGCUCAGCCCAACUCAGUGUCAAAGAACCUCCCAAGUUCAUCAAGAAGCCUGAAGCUUUGCGGUUCGUGAAGCAGGGGGACACAGUUCAACUUGAAUGCAAAAUCAGUGGCACAGCAGAGAUCAAAACCAUGUGGUACAAAAAUGAUCAGGCACUCCAGGCGAGCGACAGGCUCCACAUGUCCUUUGUAGACUCCGUGGCGAUGCUAACCAUCUUGGGUGCCAACACUGAAGAUGCCGGUGAUUAUAUAUGUGAAGCCCAUAACUCUGCCGGCACAGCCAGCUGCAGCACUUCAGUCGCAGUGAAAGAACCACCUGUUUUUAGCAAGGUGGCAAGCCCUGUGGACACACUUAAAGGCUCAGAUGUUAUCCUCCAGUGUGAGAUAGCAGGAACUCCACCCUUUGAGGUGGCUUGGUUCAAGGACCGGAGGCAGGUCAGGAGCAGCAAGAAGUUCAAGGUGACAGCAAAGCACUCCCUUGCCAGUCUUCAUAUUCUCAAUCUGGAAUCUCAAGAUACUGGAGAAUAUCAAUGCAAAGCUAUGAAUGAGGUGGGAAGCGACACUUGCACCUGCCCGGUGAAAUUCAAAGAACCCCCACGCUUUGCCAAGAAGCUGAGUGACACUGCAAUCUUCAUCGGGGAGCCAACAGCCCUGCAGGCAGUGGUGGAAGGAUCCCCACCAAUUUCUGUUGUCUGGCUCAAGGACAAGGGUGAAGUUAUCAGGGAGAGUGAAAAUGUCCAAAUGUGGUUUAUGGACAACAUUGCAACUCUUGAGAUUGCCAGUGCAGAGGGAGCUGAUGUUGGGAAGUAUAUCUGCCAGAUCAAAAAUGAUGCUGGCAUGCGGGAGUGCUCUGCCUUUUUACAAGUCCUAGAACCAGCAGUCAUCUUAGAGAAGACGGAGCCGAUCACAGUAAUGGCUGGCAAUCCUUUUACCUUGGAGUGCAAAGUAGGAGGAACACCUGAACUUAUCACCAAGUGGUACAAAGAUGGCAGAGAACUAAGGAGCGACCGCAAAUACCAAAUUACCUUUUUCAACAAUAUAUCCACUUUGAAAGUCUUUUCUGCUGACAGGGGAGACAGGGGCUUGUAUACUUUUGAGGUGCACAAUGAGGUGGGGGACAGCAGCUGCACUUCUUCAGUUGAUGUUUCAGAUCGUCUUGUUCCUCCUUCAUUCUCGAGAAAACUAAAGGAAACAAAUGGGGUGCUGGGAUCCUCAGUGCUUCUGGAGUGCAAGGUGUCUGGUACCUCCCCCAUAUCGGUGGCCUGGUUUCAGGAUGGGAAUGAGAUUGUUAGUGGAGAAAAAUAUGAAAUCUCAUUCUUGGAUAACGUUUGUGCUUUGAAGCUGAAUGCUCUGGAUGUCACAGAUACAGGGUCAUAUACCUGUGUGGCAGCCAAUGUGGCUGGAUCUGAUGAAUGCAGAGCCUUCUUGACUGUACAAGAACCACCUUCUUUUGUGAAGACACCUGAUCCCCAAGAAGUUUUGCCCGGAUCAAGUGUGACAUUAACCAGCUACAUCAAGGGCAGUACUCCUUUCAAAGUGACCUGGUUCCGAGGCAUCAGAGAGCUGGUGCCGGACAGCAACUGUUCCAUCUCUCUGGAUGAGUCUGUGGCACAGCUGCAGCUGUACAAAGUGGAGCCAGGCCACAGCGGGGACUAUGCCUGCGUGGUCACAAAUGAUGCUGGCAGUGCCUCAUGCACAACCCAACUCUUUGUGAAAGAGCCUGCAGUCUUCGUGAAGAAAUUAAGUGAUUUCAGUGUGGAGCAGGGGAAGUCCAUUGUUCUGGAAAGCAGCUACAUAGGCACCCCUCCCAUCUCUGUCACCUGGAAAAGAAAUGGCAUGCCCAUUGCUCAGUCUCCACGCUGCAGUGUUACAACUACUGACAAGUCUGGCAUUCUUGAAAUCUUCAACAGCACCAAGAGCGAUGAAGGCGAAUAUACCUGUGAGGUGGCAAAUGAAGCGGGUGGGGAUGUUUGUCACAGCCUAGUAUCCAUCUUAGAACCACCUUAUUUUGUCACGCACCUGGACCGUGUGGAGGUGAAGAUUGGCAAGCCCUUGAUCUUAAAAUGCCAGAUUGGUGGUGCGCCAGAAAUCAAGGUGUCCUGGUACAAAGACGACACCAAGCUCAGAUCAACACAGGCUUACAAAAUGCACUUCAAGAAUAAUGUGGCAACGCUGGCAUUCUCCACCGUGGAGGAUAGUGACAUUGGAGAAUAUGUCUGCAAAGCAGAAAAUAGCGUUGGCUUCGCCACCUCCAAAGCUUUGCUUGUUGUUAAAGAACAUCAACUUCCCCCUGCAUUCACCAGAAAACUGAAAGAUAUUCAGGAGGUGGUUGGUGCCCCAGUGACAUUUGAUUGCCGCAUAAAUGGCUCAGAGCCUAUCCAGGUGUCUUGGUACAAGGAUGGGGUUCUCUUAAGCAACAGUGAUAAUAUGCAAUCAGCCUUCUUAAAUAAUGUUGCGACACUCCAGAUCUUGCAAACUAGUAUGGCUUACUGUGGCCAAUAUACUUGCUCAGCCCAAAAUGCUCUGGGGACUGCAUCUUCCAGUGCCAAACUUCUCCUCACAGAACAUCUACAGCCUCCCUUCUUCGACAUCAAGCCACUGUCUAUCGAUGUGGCGCUAGGGGAAAGUGCAACCUUUAAGUGCCAUAUGACUGGCUCUGCUCCCAUGAGGAUUACUUGGACCAGAGACAACAGAGAGAUCCGCCCAGGUGGCAACUACAAGAUGACACUGGUGGAAAACACAGCCAGCUUGAUGGUCCUAAAAGUUGGUAAAGGGGAUGCUGGACUCUACACAUGUACUGCCAGCAACAGUGUUGGAAAAGACUCAUGCACAGCUCAGCUGGCUGUACAAGAACCACCAAGGUUUAUUAAGAAACUAGACUCAUCAAGAGUUGUUAAACAGCAUGAUUCCACUAAGUAUGAAUGCAAAAUAGGUGGAUCUCCAGAAAUCAAAGUCACCUGGUACAAAGGUGAAACCGAGAUCCAUCCCAGUGAAAAAUACAGAAUGUCCUUUGUGGAUUCAGUGGCAGUCAUCGAAAUGCACAACCUCAGUGUUGAAGACAGCGGUGACUACACUUGCGAAGCUCAGAACCCAGCGGGUAGUGCAAGCACCAGUACCUCACUGAAAGUAAAAGCACCCCCCAUUUUUACCAAGAAGCCCCAUCCAGUCCAGACCUUGAAAGGGUCUGAUAUUCACCUGGAAUGUGAGCUUCAGGGCACUCCUCCAUUCAAGAUUUCAUGGUAUAAAGACAAAAGAGAAAUUCGGAGCAGCAAGAAGUAUAAGGUCAUGUCCGAGAACUACCUAGCUAGUAUUCACAUUCUCAGUGUGGAUACUGCAGAUGUUGGUGAAUAUCACUGUAAAGCUGUAAAUGAUGUGGGAAGUGACUCCUGUAUUGGCUCUGUAACACUACGAGCACCGCCGACCUUUGUGAAGAAGCUGAGUGAUGUCACUGUUGUAGCUGGGGAGUCGAUUGAACUGCAGGCUGCAGUAGAAGGAUCACAGCCCAUUUCUGUUCUGUGGUUAAAAGACAAAGGGGAAAUCAUUAGAGAAAGUGAUAAUCUUUGGAUCUCCUAUUCAGAAAACAUUGCAACUAUGCGGAUUGGAAAUGCAGAACCAGCCAAUGCUGGGAAAUACAUUUGUCAGAUAAAAAAUGAUGCUGGAGUUCAGGAAUGCUUUGCCACUCUGAGCGUGCUAGAACCUGCAGUCAUUGUAGAGAAGCCAGGCCCAGUCAAAGUUACAGCUGGAGACUCUUGUACUCUGGAAUGCACAGUAGACGGCACACCAGAGCUUACUGCUAGAUGGUUUAAGGAUGGGAAUGAACUGUCCACCGACCAUAAAUAUAAAAUCAGUUUCUUCAACAAAGUAUCUGGGCUUAAGAUCCUCAAUGCAGGACUAGAAGACAGUGGGGAAUAUACUUUUGAGGUGAAAAACAGUGUCGGUAAAAGCAGCUGCACAGCUUCCGUGCAUGUUUCAGAUCGUAUUAUACCUCCUUCUUUCACAAGAAAACUGAAAGAAACAUAUGGUCAGCUGGGUACUUCUGCAGUACUGGAGUGCAAAGUUUAUGGGUCACCACCUAUUCUGGUUUCCUGGUUUCACGAUGGACAGGAGAUUACCAGUGGAGACAAGUAUCAGGCUACCCUUACAGACAAUACCUGUUCUCUGAAAGUGAAUGGACUUCAGGAAUCUGAUAUGGGAACUUAUUUGUGCACAGCUACUAAUGUAGCUGGGUCUGAUGAAUGCAGCGCAUUUUUGAGUGUUAGAGAACCACCAUCUUUUGUAAAGAAACCUGAACCACUGAAUGUUUUAUCUGGGGCAAACAUAAGCUUUACCAGUAUCAUAAAAGGCUCCUCUCCAUUGGAAGUUAAAUGGUUUAGAGGUAGUGUUGAGCUAGUACCAGGACACAGCUGCAAUAUCACCUUGCAAGAUUCAAUUGCAGAACUGGAGCUGUUCGAUGUACAUCCGCUUCAGAGUGGAGACUACACCUGCCAGGUCUCUAAUGAGGCAGGAAAGAUUUCUUGCACAACACAUCUUUUUGUCAAAGAACCAGCCAAAUUUGUGAAGAAGGUGAAUGAUUUAAGUGUAGAGAAAGGCAAAAAUUUAAUCUUGGAAUGCACAUAUAUGGGUACUCCACCAAUUUCAGUGACAUGGAAGAAAAAUGGAGUAAAACUAAUGCACUCUGAAAAGCGUAUCAUCACCACUACAGAAACAUCUGCCAUACUGGAAAUCCCUAGUAGCAAACUAGAAGAUGAGGGGCAAUAUUCUUGUCAUAUUGAAAAUGAUUCUGGACAAGACAAUUGUCAUGGUGCAAUCACAAUACUAGAACCACCUUACUUCAUUACACCCUUGGAGCCAGUGCAGGUGACUGUUGGGGAUUCUGCAUCCUUACAGUGCCAGGUUGCUGGAACACCAGAAAUGAUUGUAUCGUGGUACAAAGGCGAUACAAAGCUGAGAGGCACUGCUACUGUGAAAAUGCACUUUAAGAACCAAGUUGCCACUCUGGUUUUCAGCCAGGUAGACAGUAGUGACAGUGGGGAGUACAUCUGCAAAGUAGAAAACACUGUUGGGGAGGCUGCUUCAUCAUCUUUGCUGACAGUUCAAGAGCGUAAACUUCCUCCUUCUUUUACACGAAAAUUAAGAGAUGUCCAUGAAACUGUUGGCUUACCAGUUACAUUUGAUUGCGGCAUUGCUGGUUCAGAACCUAUUGAAGUAUCUUGGUUUAAAGACAGUGUACAUGUAAAAGAGGACUACAAUGUUCACACAUCCUUCAUAGAUAAUGUAGCAACUCUCCGGAUUUUGAAGACAGAUAGGAGCUUCAUUGGGCAAUAUACCUGCACAGCUACCAAUGCGAUUGGGACUGCUUCUUCUAGUGGCAGGCUUGUCCUUACAGAAGGGAAGACUCCUCCAUUCUUUGAUAUCCCAAUUACACCUGUGGAUGGUAUUAUUGGAGAAAGUGCUGACUUUGAGUGUCACAUUUCUGGAACACAGCCUAUUAGAGUCACUUGGGCAAAAGAUAACCAAGAGAUUAGAACAGGAAGAAACUACCAGAUCAGUUAUGUAGACAACACAGCUCACUUGACCAUCUUGAGAGUUGACAGGGGGGACUCUGGAAAGUAUACAUGCUAUGCUAGCAAUGAAGUUGGAAAGGACUCUUGCACAGCUCCACUGACUGUUAAAGAACGAAAAACUCCACCUACUUUUACUAAGAAACUGUCCGAGGCAGUAGAAGAAACAGAAGGGAAUGAACUUAAACUUGAGGGCCGUGUUUCCGGCUCUCAGCCUUUGAAUGUUGCUUGGUAUAAAAACAAUCAGGAAGUUCAUUCAAGCCCUUACUGUGAAAUAGCUUUCAAAAACAAUACCUUACUUUUGCAUAUAAAGAGCGUAGAGCAAUCAGAUGCUGGUUUAUAUACCUGUAAAGUGUCCAAUGAAGCAGGAAGCGUGUUGUGUACAUCUUCUGUUGUUAUCAGAGAACCUAAAAAGCCUCCAGUUUUUGACCAACCUCUUCAGCCAGCAGCAGCAGAGGAAGGUGAUACCCUACAGCUCAGCUGCCAUGUCCAAGGAUCACAGCCAAUCCGGAUUCAGUGGCUGAAGGCAGGGAGAGAAAUAAGAGCUUCAGACAGAUGCAACUUCAGCUUUGCUAAGGGAGUAGCUCUUCUGGAACUUGCUGCAGUUACCAAAUCCGAUUCAGGAGAAUAUGUAUGCAAAGCUUCAAAUGCAGCUGGCACUGAUACUUGCAAAUCUAAAGUGAUAGUUAAAGAAAAAACAGCAGCUGCACCAGCAGCUAAGAAAGCAGAAGUGGAAGGAAAACUUUAUUUUGUGUCAGAGCCUCAGAGUAUCAAAGUCAUGGAAAAGACUGUGGCAACAUUUAUUGCAAAAGUUGGAGGAGACCCAAUUCCAAAUGUUAAAUGGAUGAAGGGAAAAUGGAGGCAACUCAACCAGGGAGGUCGCAUUAUAAUCCAGCAGAGAGGAGACGAAGCCAAACUAGAAAUAAAGGAUGCAAUAAAAACUGAUUCUGGCAUGUACAAAUGUGUAGCUUUUAACAAACAUGGUGAAAUUGAGAGGAGUGUAAACCUACAAGUUGAAGAAAGAAAGAAAGAAGUUGUUGAAGGGGAUCUCAGGGCAAAACUAAAAAGCACUCCAACAAAAAGGAAGGAAGAAGAAGAACAACAUAUUGAUAUCUUGGAACUUCUCAAAAACGUAGAUCCCAAAGAAUACGAGAAAUAUGCUCGCAUGUAUGGAAUUACAGAUUUCCGUGGCCUCCUGCAAGCCUUUGAGUUACUAAAGCAAACCCGAGCAGAAGAAAGCCAUAGAUUGGAAAUUGAGCUAACAGAAAAAGCUCGAAGAGAAGAUCAGGAGUUUGAUGAACUUGUAGCUUUUAUUCAGCAACGACUCUCACAGACGGAGCCUAUUACUCUGAUCAGAGACAUUGAAAAUCAGACGGUUUUAACAGAUGAGGAUGCUAUCUUUGAAUGUGAGAUUAAAAUUAACUAUCCAGAAAUUAAACUUUCAUGGUACAAGGGAACCCAGAAACUGGACUCCAAUGACAAAUAUGAAAUUAGAGUUGAAGGUGAUCACCACAUACUGAGAAUCAGGAACUGCCAACUUGAAGAUCAGGGAAAUUUCAGAAUAGUGUGUGGACCACACAUUGCCAGUGCCAGGCUAACUGUGAUCGAACCUGCAGUUGAACGGCAUCUUCAUGACACUACUUUCAAGGAAGGAAACACAUGCACGCUCUCUUGCCAGUUCUCUAUCCCAAAUGCCAAGUCUCAGUGGUAUAGAAAUGGGAGACCCAUUAAGAUAGGAGGGAGAUAUUCAACACAAAUCUCUGACAAAGUACACAAACUCAUCAUCAAGGAUGUUAGAACAGAAGACCAGGGACAGUAUACCUGCAAGCUUGACAAUCUAGAAACAACUGCAGAUCUGGCCAUUGAAGCGGAACCAAUUCAGUUCACAAAGAGCAUACAGAACAUUGUAGUGAGUGAACACCAGUCUGCAACCUUUGAGUGCGAGGUGUCUUUUGAUGAUGCAGUUGUGACAUGGUAUAAAGGCCCCACUGAACUGAGAGAAAGUCCCAAGUACAGCUUCAGAAGUGAAGGUCGCUGUCAUUAUAUGACUAUUCACAAUGUUACUGCAGAAGAUGAAGGUGUAUAUUCUGUAAUUGCUCGUCUUGAACCAAGAGGAGAAGCAAGAAGCACUGCAGAGCUCUAUCUAGUAACCAAAGAAAUCAAACUGGAGUUGAAGCCACCAGACGUUCCUGAUGCCAAGGUUGCAGUUCCACCUCAAAAACCAGCUGAAGCUGCCCCUAUUCCUAUUCUUCUGCCUCUUGUUCCACAACCAGAGGAGAAAAAGCCAGCAGAAAAAAAGGUUCCAGUAAAGAAAGUCUCCAAAAAGGUGGUUAAAAAAGGUCCUGAAGAAGUCCCACCACCUAAAGUUCCUGAGGUGCUGCCAGAGAAGCCCAAAGAGAUCAAAAUAACAUCCAUGGCAAGGAGAGAAGAGAUUCAUGAAGAAAAGAAGGAAAUAUAUGAAAAGCCCAAAGAAAUUUAUGAAGAAUGGGAAGAAGAUUAUGGAGAAGACCAUGAUUAUUAUGUCAAGGAAGAAGGCUAUGAUGAAGGGGAAGAGGAAUGGGAAGAAGCUUAUGAGAAAAGAGAAGUGACUUAUGAAGAAAAAAGAGUCAUUCAUGAAGAAGUGGUUGAAGUUCCUAAGAAGCCUAUGCCUGAGCGAAAACAACCAGCAAUUACAGCUGAAAAGAAGGAAAAGAAAGAAGUAACAGUUCGUAAAGUUGUCAAGAAACCUGUCGAUGAAAAAGUGGAGAUAACCACUCAGAGGGUUGCAGAAGAAAAAGUCAAACAGGCUGAGGUUACCAAGAAAGUUCUACCACCAAAACCUACACCAAUGAUCAUUGAGGAAAAAGUUCUGAAAAAGGAAGUACCGACAGUAGAAACAUGGACUGUUUUAGAAGAAAAGAUGUCGGUUUCUGUUCACAGAGAAGAAGAGUAUUCAUAUGUCACAGCACAUAAGGAAGUUGAAGAGGAGGAAGAAGAAGAAGAAGAAGUCGUCAUUUCUACAGAACUGGAGAUCCCUCACACUGAAGUGCCUGAGAUACCAGAGAGGCAUGUUCCAGAAGAAAGAAAGCCUGUUCCUGUCCCUAAGAAAGAAGCUCCACCAGUUAAAGCUCUAAAAUCUCCAAAACCAGCAGCAGAACCAGCACCAGCUGUUACUACUCCAGUGACAGUCCCAGUGGUUGGAAAGAAAGCAGAGGCCAAGCCACCAAAGGAAGAAACUCCGAAGGGUAUCAGUCCAGUCAAAGGUAGGAUACUACAAAAGACACCUUCACCAGCAGAUGCAGAAAGAAGGAAACUCAGGCCAGGCAGUGGUGGUGAAAAACCUCCUGAAGAACCUCCAUUCACUUACCAACUCAAGGCUGUACCACUGAAGUUUGUCAAGGAGAUGAAAGAUAUAGUGCUAACAGAAGCUGAAUCUGUUGGGUCUUCUGCAAUCUUUGAAGUCCUUAUUUCACCAUCCACUGCGAUUACCAGCUGGAUGAAAGACGGAAGUAACAUCCGAGAGAGCCCAAAACACAAGUUUAUUGCUGACGGCAAAGAUAGGAAGCUGCAUAUUAUUGAUGUCCAGCUAUCAGAUGCUGGUGAAUAUACUUGUGUAUUAAAACUGGGGAACAAAGAGAAGACCUCUACAGCCAAACUCAUUGUUGAAGAACUCCCAGUGCGGUUUGUGAAAACUCUUGAAGAAGAAGUCACUGUGAUUAAAGGCCAGCCACUGUACUUGACGUGUGAGCUUAACAAAGAAAGAAGUGUGGUGUGGAAGAAGGAUGGGAAGAUCAUCAAAGACAAGCCUGGGAAAUUUGCUCUGGGCAUUAUUGGUUUGUCACAUUCCCUCACAAUCACUGGUUCAGAUGAUGCUGAUGCUGGCACUUACACUGUUACCGUGGAAGACUCUGAGCUGUCAUGCUCAUCUUGUGUUAAGGUAGUAGAAGUGAUAAGAGACUGGUUAGUAAAACCCAUAAGAGACCAACAUGUGAAACCAAAAGGAACAGCUACUUUCACCUGUGACAUUGUCAAGGAUACACCAAACUUUAAAUGGUUUAAAGGAGAUGAGGAAAUCCCUGCUGAACCAACUGACAAGACAGAAAUCUUGAAAGAAGGAAAUAAAAUUUUCCUGAAAAUCAAGAAUGCUGGCCCUGCUGAUGUUGGGGAAUAUUCAGUGGAAGUUGAAGGUCGCAGAUACCCAGCUAAACUGACCCUUGGUGAACGUGAAGUUGAACUAUUGAAGCCAUUAGAGGAUGUUACGGUUUAUGAGAAAGAAACAGCAAACUUUGAUACAGAAAUAUCUGAGGAUGAUAUUCCUGGUGAAUGGAAGCUGAAAGGAGAAAUCCUGAGACCCUCGCCUACAUGUGAAAUCAAAGCUGAAGGAGGAAAACGCUUCCUAACCUUGCACAAAGUCAAGUUAGAGCAAGCUGGUGAAGUCCUUUACCAAGCACUUAAUGCAGUUACUACAGCUAUCCUGACAGUGAAAGAAAUUGAACUGGACUUUGCUGUGCCCCUAAAAGAUGUUACUGUCCCCGAGAGGCGCCAAGCAAGGUUUGAAUGUGUCCUUACCAGAGAAGCCAAUGUUAUAUGGUCUAAGGGCACUGAUAUACUUAAGAUUGGAGAAAAAUUUGACAUCAUUGCAGAUGGAAAGAAGCAUAUUCUUGUAAUCAAUGAUUCUCAGUUUGAUGAUGAGGGAGAAUACACUGCUGAAGUUGAUGGCAAGAAAAGCACAGCAAGACUGUUUGUGGAAGGUGUAAGGCUGAAGUUCAUCUCACCUCUACAGGAUCAAACAGUGAAAGAAGGGGAAACAGCUCACUUUCAGUUUGAGCUUUCUCAUGAAGACAUGCCAGUGAAAUGGUACAAAAAUGACAAGAGACUCCACACAAGCAGAACAGUUUUUAUUACUUCAGAAGGCAAAGUUCAUAAACUAGAAAUGAGAGAAGUAACACUUGAUGAUAUCUCAGAAAUAAAGGCCGUAGUCAAGGACUUGAACACACAAGCAAACCUCAAAGUCUUAGAAGCUGAUCCAUAUUUCACUGUGAAAUUACAAGACUACAGUGCUGUGGAGAAAGAUGAUAUUAUUCUGGAGUGCGAACUUAGCAAAGAUGUGCCAGUAAAAUGGUACAAAGAUGGUGAAGAACUAGUAGCUUCCAACAGAAUUUCCAUAAAAACAGAUGGCUUGCGCCAUAUCCUGAAGAUCAAGAAGGCUGCAGAGAGUGAUAAGGGUGUUUAUGAGUGUGACUGUGGAACCGACAAGACAAGCGCUAAUGUCAGCGUUGAGCCUCGCUUAAUUAAAGUGGAGCGCCCACUGUAUGGAGUGGAAGUAUUUGUUGGUGAAACAGCACGUUUUGAAAUUGAAAUUUCUGAGCCUGAUGUCCAUCCUAUAUGGAAGCUAAAGGGGGAAACCCUAACACCUUCACCUGACUGUGAAAUCAUUGAAGACGGGAAGAAGCAUACUCUUGUCCUUCAUAACUGCAAACUUGAUAUGACUGGAGAAGUGUCUUUCCAAGCUGCUAAUGCUAAAAGUGCUGCUAAUCUGAAAGUGAAAGAAUUGCCUCUCAUCUUUAUCACUCCACUAAGCGAUGUGAAGGUCUUUGAGAAGGAUGAAGCCAAGUUUGAAUGCGAGGUGUCCAGAGAACCCAAGACUUUCCGCUGGUUGAAAGGAACACAAGAGAUCACUCCUGAUGAAAGAUUUGAAAUUAUUUCAGAUGGAACAAAGCAUGCUUUGAUUAUUAAAUCUGUUUUGUUUGAGGAUGAAGCUAAAUACAUGUUUGAAGCUGAGGAUAAGAGAACAAGUGCCAAGCUAAUUAUUGAAGGUAUCCGCCUGAAAUUCAUUACUCCUCUCAAGGACGUAACAAAAAAGGAGCGAGAAACUGCAGUAUUCACUGUGGAACUCUCCCAUGAAAAUAUCCCUGUUGUCUGGUUCAAGAAUGACCAGCGAUUACAUACCAGCAAAGUGGUUUCAAUGACAGAUGAUGGCAAAUUCCAUACACUCACAAUCAAAGAUCUUAAUAUUGAUGAUACUUCUCAGAUUAGAGUGGAAGCUAUGGGGAAAUCCUCAGAAGCUAAACUCACCGUUCUUGAGGGAGACCCUUACUUCACUGGGAAGCUGCAGGAUUACACUGCUGUAGAAAAAGAUGAAGUAAUCUUACAAUGUGAAAUCAGCAAAGCAGAUGCCCCAGUGAAAUGGAUGAAGGAUGGCAAACCAAUUACUCCAUCAAAGAAUGUUGUUAUUAAGGCUGAUGGUAAAAAGAGAAUCCUUAUCCUCAAGAAAGCUUUGAAGAAAGACAUUGGACAGUACACUUGUGACUGUGGUACUGAUCAAACCUCUGCUAAACUCAAUAUUGAAGACCGGGAUAUUGAGAUUAUACGUCCACUAUACAGUGUGGAGGUGAUUGAGACAGAGACUGCCCGUUUUGAUAUUGAAAUCUCUGAGGAAGGUGUCCAUGGCAAUUGGAAGCUAAAAGGAGAACCUCUGACUGAAUCAGCUGAAUGUGAAAUCAAGGAGGAAGGCAAAAAGCACUUCCUUACACUCUACAAUGUACGCUUAGAUCAAGCUGGUGGAGUAGAUUUCCAAGCAGCAAAUGCCAAAUCUGGUGCUCACCUUCGAGUGAAACCUCGAGUAAUUGGCUUGCUGAGACCCCUCAAGGAUGUAACAGUGACAGCUGGGGAAUCAGCAACCUUCGACUGCGAACUCUCUUAUGAGGGAAUCCCCGUAGAGUGGUUCCUGCAAGGAAAGAAACUGGAGCCCAGUGAUAAGGUCAUGACACGUGCAGAAGGGAGAGUUCACACACUUAUUCUUAGAGACGUCAAGUUAACAGAUGCGGGAGAGGUAUCGCUGACAGCAAAAGAUUUCAGAACUCAAGCAAAUCUUUUUGUGAAAGAACCCCCAGUUGAAUUUACUAAACCACUUGAGGAUCAGACUGUUGAAGAGGAGGCCACUGCAAUACUGGAAUGUGAAGUUUCCAGGGAAAAUGCAAAAGUUAAAUGGUUCAAAAAUGGAGAAGAAAUUCACAAAACCAAGAAGUAUGAUAUCAUUUCUGAUGGCAGGGUCAGAAAACUUAUUAUCCAUGGCUGCACACUGGAUGAUGCAAAAACAUAUACCUGUGAUGCUAAGGAUUUUAAGACAUCAUGUUUUCUCAAUGUAGAACCUAUUCGUGUUGAGUUCCUGAAACCCCUAACUGACCUUGAAGUUAAAGAAAAAGAAUCUGCUCGGUUUGAAUGUGAAAUUUCUCGUCCAGGUGUCAAGGUGAAGUGGUUUAAGGAUGGCAUUGAAAUUAGAAAAGGCAAAAAGUAUGACAUAAUUUCCAAAGGUGCAGAACGCAUCCUUGUUAUCAGUAAAUGUGUCUUCGACGAUGAAGCUGAAUAUGCCUGUGAAGCAAAAACAGCUCGAACUUCAGGCCUACUUACGGUGAUAGAGGAAGAGGCUGUUUUCACAAAAAAUCUUCCUGAUCUUGAAGCAAAUGAAAAUGACACUGUAAAAUUGAUCUGUGAAGUUUCAAAGCCUAAUGCCGAAGUUACUUGGUUUAAAGGAGAUGAGGAGGUGCCUGAUGGUGGUAGAUUUGAACACAUUUCUGAUGGCCGAAAGAGAAUUCUUCUCAUACGUAAUGCUCAUCCUGAAGAUGCUGGCAAAUACACUUGCAAGCUCCCAAGCUCUAGCACAACAGGAAAACUUACAGUACAUGAACUUGCAGCAGAAUUUCUUACCAGACCACAAAAUCUUGAGGUGCUCGAAGGAGACAAAGCUGAAUUUGUCUGUUCAGUAUCCAAAGAGGCAAUUACAGUACAGUGGCUGCGGGGUGACACAGUCAUGGAGCCUGGUGAUAAGUAUGACAUCAUUUCAGAUGGCAAAAAGAGAAUACUUGUGGUUAAAAACUCUAUUCUAGGAGAUGCAGGAAAGUAUACUGUCAUGGUUGGUGAAGCUAAAGCUACAGCACGCUUAACAGUGAUUGAAAAACUCAGGAUUAUAACUCCCCUUAAGGACCAAGAAGUUAAUGAGGGUCAAGAAAUUAUCUUCAACUGUGAAGUCAAUAAAGAAGGUGCCAAAGAGAAAUGGUACAAAAACGAUGAGGCAAUAUUUGAUAGUGCAAAAUACAUUAUUGUCCAGAAGGAUUUAGUUUACACUCUCAGAAUCAGAGAUGCACAGUUGAAAGAUCAAGCUACCUAUACCAUCUCACUGUCAAACCAGAGAGGUGAACACGUCAAAAGCUCUGCUGCCUUAACAGUAUUAGAGGAGGAUCUCAGAAUUGUUGAGCCCCUUGAAGACAUUGAGACCAUGGAAAAGAAAACUGUCACGUUCUGGUGCAAAGUCAAUCGCCUUAAUGCAACCCUCAAAUGGACAAAGAAUGGUGAAGAGAUCACAUUCAACAAGCGCAUUUUGUACAAAAUUGAUAAAUACAAACACUCACUCAUCAUUAAAGACUGUGGGUUUAUAGAUGAAGGUGAAUACACUGUUACUGCUGGACAAGACAAAUCUGUUGCAGAGCUUCUCAUUACAGAAGCACCAGCAGACUUCAUUGAACAUCUCCGGGACCAGACCGUUACUGAAUUUGAUGAUGCUGUCUUUACAUGCCAGCUUUCCAAAGAGAAAGCCAGUGUAAGAUGGUACAGAAAUGGAAGAGAAAUAAAAGAAGGAAAAAAAUACCAGUUUGAAAAGGAUGGAAAUCUGCACAGAUUAAUCAUAAAAGACUGUAGACUGGAUGAUGAGUGUGAAUAUUCCUGUGGAGUGGAUGACAGGAAAUCUAGGGCAAGACUUUUUGUUGAAGAAAUCCCUGUUGAGAUCAUCCGACCACCACAAGAUAUUUAUGAAGCUCCUGGUGCAGAUGUCAUCUUCACGGCUGAGCUGAACAAAGAUGGUGUGGAGGUCAAGUGGUUGAGAAACAACAUGAUUAUCGUCCAAGGUGACAAACAUCAGAUGAUGAGUGAAGGAAAGGUGCACAGGCUGCAGGUGUGUGAGAUAAAGCCCCGUGACCAAGGGGAAUACAGAUUUAUUGCCAAAGAUAAGGAAGCUAAAGCUAAGCUUGAAUUAGCUGCUGCACCUAGAAUCAAGACUGGUGAUCAAAACCUUGUGGUUGAUGUUGGGAAGCCUUUAACUAUGACUGUUCCAUAUGAUGCCUACCCAAGAGCAGAAGCUGAAUGGUUGAAAGGGGAGGAAGGUCUGCCCACAACAACUGUUGAUACAACAACUGACUGCACUACCUUCAAAAUUUAUGAAGCAAAGAAAUCAGAUAAGGGAAGGUACAAGGUUAUACUUCGAAACAAACAUGGCCAGGCAGAAGCAUUCAUCAAUGUAGAGGUCAUUGAUGUUCCAGGUCCAGUUAGAAACUUGGAAGUCACUGAAACUUAUGAUGGUGAAGUUGGCCUCGCCUGGCAAGAACCAGAAAGUGAUGGUGGAAGUAAAAUAAUAGGCUACGUCAUUGAAAGACGUGAUAUCAAGCGUAAGACCUGGAUUAUGGUCACUGAUCAUGCUGAAAAUUGUGAAUACACUGUUACGGGACUUCAAAAAGGAGGAGUUGAGUACCUCUUCCGUGUUAGUGCACGGAACAGAGUGGGCACUGGUGAGCCAGUGGAAACAGAGAGACCUGUGGAAGCUAAGAGCAAAUUUGAAGUUCCUGGUCCUCCUCAAAAUGUAGAAGUUACCGAUGUGAACAGGUUUGGGGCUACGCUUACCUGGGAACCACCUGAGUAUGAUGGAGGAUCUCCAAUUACUGGCUACGUUAUUGAACUGCGUAACAGAGCUUCCAUCAAAUGGGAGCCAACUAUGACCACUGGAGCUGAUGAACUGUCAGCUGUCCUGACUGAUGUUGUGGAAAAUGAAGAAUAUUUCUUCAGAGUAAGAGCUCAAAACAUGGUUGGAGUUGGCAAACCAAGUCCUGCUACACGUGCAGUAAAAAUUAUGGACCCAAUCGAGAGACCAAGUCCUCCCAUCAACCUUGAUCAUUCAGAUCAAACUAAGUCAUCAGUGCAGCUCACAUGGGAACCUCCUCUCAAAGAUGGAGGAAGUCCAGUGUUAGGCUACAUUGUUGAAAGGCAAGAAGAAGGAACAGACAAGUGGAUUCGCUGUAACCCAAAACUAGUACCUGCUCUUACUUUCAAGGUAACUGGAUUGAAACCAGGAUCCAGUUAUUACUACAGAGUCUCAGCAGAAAAUGCAGCUGGUGUGUCUGACCCAGCAGAGGCUAUUGGGCCAUUAACUGCAGAUGAUACUUUUGUUGGACCUACAAUGGACCUAAGUGCAUUUAAAGAUGGGCUGGAAGUUAUUGUUCCAGAGCCAAUCAAGAUCCGUGUUCCUAUCACUGGCUACCCUGUGCCAAACGCCACAUGGUCUUUCGGUGACCAAGUCUUAGAAGAAGGUGAUCGUGUAACAAUGAAGACCACUGCCUCCUUUGCAGAACUUGUAAUUACUCCAAGUGAACGUCCAGACAAGGGAAUUUAUUCUUUAACACUAGAAAACCCUGUGUCAUCUGUUUCAGGAGAAAUUAAUGUUAAAGUCAUUGCUCGUCCAAGUGCACCAAGAGAGCUUAAAGUUUUAGACGUAAUCAAGAACACAGUACAGCUGUCAUGGGAACCUCCAGAAGAUGAUGGUGGAAGUCCAGUUACUGGCUAUAUAAUUGAAAAACGUGAAGUAAGCCGGAAAACAUGGAACAAAGUUAUGGAUCAUGUUGUUGACCAAGAGUUCACUGUACCUGACCUGAUCCAAGGAAAAGAAUAUUUAUUCAGAGUUUCUGCAUGCAAUAAAUGUGGCCCAGGAGAACCUGCAUAUAUUGAUGAACCUGUAAAUAUGUCAGCACCAGCAACGGUGCCUGAUCCACCAGAGAACGUUAAAUGGAGAAAUCCAACAUCAAAAGGAAUCUUCCUAACAUGGGAGCCUCCCAAAUAUGAUGGUGGCGCCCGCAUUAAGGGUUAUCUGGUAGAAAAAUCCCAACGUGGCACAGACAAGUGGGAGACAUGUGGGGAGCCUGUUGUUGAAACAAAAAUGGAAGUAACAAAACUCAAGGAAGGAGAGUGGUACGCAUAUCGGGUUAAGGCUUUGAACAGAAUAGGAGCUAGCAAGCCAAGUAAGCCAACAGAUGAUAUUCAGGCCAUUGAUGCAAAAGAGGCUCCAGAAAUUUUCUUAGAUGUGAAGCUUCUUGCUGGACUUACUGUGAAAGCUGGAACUAAAAUCGAGCUGCCAGCUAAAGUAACUGGAAAGCCUGAGCCCCAGAUUACUUGGACCAAGGCUGACAAAAUUUUGAGACCUGAUGACAGAAUCACCAUUGAAACCAAACCUAAUCAUUCCACAGUCACUAUUACAGACAGCAAGAGGAGUGACAGUGGAACAUAUAUUAUAGAAGCUGUAAAUUCCAGUGGACGUGCUACUGCUGUUGUUGAAGUUAAUGUUCUUGAUAAACCUGGUCCACCAGCUGCAUUUGAUGUAUCUGAAAUCACAAAUGAAUCUUGCCUUCUGACGUGGAAUCCUCCACGAGACGAUGGGGGUUCUAAAAUUACCAACUAUGUCCUUGAGAAAAGAGCUACAGACAGUGAAAUAUGGCACAAGUUAUCAUCAACUAUUAAGGAUACAAAAUUCCGAGCUACCAAUUUAACUCCUCAUAAAGAAUAUGUGUUCCGAGUCAGUGCUGAGAACAUGUAUGGUGUUGGGGAGCCAGUACAGUGUAACCCCAUCAUUGCAAAAUAUUCAUUUGAUCCACCAGGCCCUCCAACUGGUCUCAAGCCUACAGAGAUCACUAAAGAUUCAGUCACCUUAACAUGGAAUGAACCAGAUGAAGAUGGUGGCAGCCCUAUAACUGGCUACUGGGUUGAAAGAUAUGACCCUGAGCAAGAUAAAUGGAUAAAAUGCAAUAAAAUGCCAGUGAAAGAUACAACACUCAAAGUUAAAGGCCUUACAAAUAAGAAGAAAUAUAAGUUCCGUGUCUUGGCAGAGAAUCUUGCAGGACCUGGAAAACCAAGCAAGGAAACAGAGCCAAUCUUAGUGAAAGACCCAAUUGAUCCACCAUGGCCUCCUGGAAAGCCAACUGUGAAAGAUGUUGGCAAGACAUCAUUAUUCCUGAACUGGACAAAGCCAGAACAUGAUGGCGGGGCAAAGAUUGAAUCUUACGUUAUUGAACUAUUAAAGACUGGAACAGACGAGUGGGUGAGAGUGGCUGAAGGAGUUCCCACAACUGAACAUUUCCUCAAAGGGCUUAUGGAGAAACAAGAAUAUUCAUUCCGUGUAAGAGCUGUGAACAAGGCUGGUGAGAGUGAGCCCAGUGAACCCAGUGACCCUGUGCUGUGCAAGGAGAGGCUUUAUCCUCCUUCACCACCUCGGUGGCUUGAAGUUAUUAAUAUUACUAAAAACACAGCAGAUCUUAAAUGGACGGUACCAGAAAAAGAUGGGGGGUCCCCAAUUACCAACUACAUUGUUGAAAAGAGAGAUGUAAGGCGAAAAGGCUGGCAGACAGUUGAUACGACAGUGAAAGAUACCAAGUACACAGUGAGCCCAUUGACUGAAGGCUCAUUGUAUGUGUUCCGGGUGGCUGCUGAAAAUGCCAUUGGACAGAGUGACUAUUGUGAAAUUGAAGAUUCAGUGCUUGCUAAAGAUACUUUCACAACCCCUGGGCCUCCCUAUGCUCUUACAAUAGUUGAAGUGACAAAAGGUCAUGUUGAUUUGAAGUGGGAACCACCUAAGAAUGAUGGUGGCAGACCAAUUCAAAGAUAUGUUAUUGAAAAGAAAGAAAAACUAGCCACUCGCUGGGUAAAAGCUGGCAAGACAGCUGGUCCAGACUGCAAUUUCAGAGUGACCGAUGUCAUUGAAGGUACAGAUGUACAGUUCCAGGUUCGUGCAGAAAAUGAAGCUGGGUGCGGUCAUCCCAGUGAACCAACUGACCUCAUUCAUAUUGAAGAUCCAACAAGCCCUCCUUCACCUCCUCAGGAUUUACAUGUCACAGAUGCAGGUCGAAAGCACAUUUGCAUUGCAUGGAAACCACCUGAGAAGAAUGGUGGAAGCCCUAUUAUUGGGUAUAAUGUUGAGAUGUGCGAAGCAGGAACAGAAAAAUGGAUGCGAAUCAAUUCUCGUCCAAUAAAAGAUCUAAAAUUUAAAGUGGAGGAAGGUGUUGUUCCAGACAAGGAAUAUGUGCUGAGGGUCAGAGCCGUAAAUGCUGUUGGAGCUAGUGAGCCAUCAGACAUCUCAGAAAAAGUUGUUGCCAAGGACCCAGACUGUAAUCCAACCAUUGAUCUAAAAACUCGUGACAUUGUUGUUGUUAAAGGACAGAAAUUAGGUAUCACUGUACCAUUCAGAGCUGUUCCAUCCCCAACUAUUACAUGGCACAAAGAUGGCAAAGAGUUGAAAGCUGGUGACAGAACAACAAUGAAGAGUGACUACACCUCUGCAUUGCUCGAAGUCAUAGACAGUGUUCAUGCUGAUGCUGGUGUUUAUACUAUCACAUUGGAGAACAAGCUGUCAUCAACAACUGGCUCAGUCAACGUCAAAGUCAUAGGUCCACCUGGACAGUGUAAAGACAUUAAGGCAAGUGAAGUAACUAAGAAUUCUUGCAAAGUAUCCUGGGAACCUCCAGACUUUGAUGGUGGUACUCCUAUUCUGCAUUAUGUUCUGGAACGCAGAGAAGCUGGUCGUAGAACAUAUAUCCCAGUCAUGUCUGGUGAAAAUAAGCUUUCAUGGCAAGUCAAAGAUCUUAUCCCAAACAGUGAAUACUACUUCCGUGUUAAAGCUGUCAAUAAGAUUGGAGGAGGUGAAUAUCUUGAACUAAGAAACCCAAUCAUUGCAGAAGACCCAAAACAGCCUCCAGAUCCUCCUGUUGACCUUGAGGUCCAUAAUCCAACAUCAAAAUCAGUAACACUUACAUGGAAACCACCCCUGUUUGAUGGUGGAAGCAAGAUUAUGGGCUAUAUAAUAGAAAAGCUCGCUAAGGGCAAGGAGAGGUGGGAGAGAUGCAAUGACUAUCUGGUACCUCUAUUAACUUAUCCAGUGAAAGGUCUUGAGGAAGGAAAGGAAUAUCAGUUUCGUGUUCGUGCCGAGAAUGCUGCUGGCAUUAGUGAGCCUUCUCGGAUUACUCCUUUUGUGAAAGCUGUGGAUCCUACUGAGGCUCCGAAAGUCUUCCUUGCUGCAAACCUACAGUCUGGCCUUGAGGUGAAGAGAGGUGAUGAGAUUAUACUUGAGGCACAUAUUUCAGGGUCACCUUAUCCAUCUAUCACUUGGCUGAGGGAUGAUGAAGUUGUCAGACCAGAGGAAAUCAAAAAGAGAGUAACAACAUAUACAAGGAAGAAGAAGGGUGAAGCUGAAGAAGAGCAACCUUUCCAGCUCUCACUGCCAGAGCGUAUGAGUAUUGACAACCAUAAAGAAGGAGAGUCUGUACUAUCAAUUCGUGACUCCAUCAGAGCUGACCAUGGCACAUUUACAAUUAAAGUGGAAAAUGAUCAUGGUGUCGCAAAAGCCUCAUGUGAAGUCAAUGUGUUAGAUACACCUGGGCCUCCAGUCAACUUUGUAUUUGAAGAUGUGAGGAAAAAUUCUGUCAUUUGCAAGUGGGAGCCUCCCCUUGAUGAUGGUGGAAGUGAAAUCCUAAACUAUGUGCUGGAAAAGAAAGACAAUACAAAAGCUGAAAUGGGCUGGGUCACUGUCAGUUCAACACUCAGGCAUUGCAAAUUCCAUGUAACAAAACUGAUUGAAGGAAAAGAAUAUCUCUUCCGUAUAUUUGCUGAAAAUAGAGUUGGAUCAGGGCCACCGUGUGUUUCAAAACCAAUGACAGCAAAAGAUCCUUUCUCUCCACCAGAUCCACCUAAUAAGCCUGAUGUGCAAGAUGUUACCAGCAACAGUAUGGUGGUUAAAUGGAAUGAACCAAAAGACAAUGGCAGUCCAAUCAUAGGAUACUGGAUUGAAAAACGUGAAAUCAAUAGUACUCAUUGGGCUCGGGUCAACAGGAACCUUGUGAAUGCUCUGGAAAUAAAAGUUGAAGGACUGUUGGAAGGAUUAACCUACAUCUUUAGAGUAUGUGCUGAAAAUGCAGCUGGGCCUGGUAAAUUUAGUCCACCAUCAGAUCCAAAAACUGCACAGGACCCAAUAAUGCCACCUGGUCCACCGAUUCCAAGGGUUGCUGAUACAAGCGCAACUUCUAUUGAGUUAGAAUGGGAACCUCCUGCGUAUAAUGGUGGUGGAGAUAUCACUGGUUACCAUGUAUACAAACAACUGGUAGGAGUAAAAGAGUGGUCACGUUGCACAGAGAAACCCAUUAAGGUUCGACAGUAUACUGUUAAAGAAGUCAGAGAAGGUGCAGACUAUAAACUCCGUGUUACUGCACUUAAUGCAGCUGGUGAAGGACCACCUGGUGAAACCGAACCUGUAACAGUUGCAGAACCUAAAGAGCCUCCCACUGUUGAGCUGGAUGUUUCUGUCAAAGCAGGCAUUCAGAUCAUGGCUGGGCAAACUAUUAAAAUUCCUGCUACUGUGACAGGGCGUCCUACUCCCACCAUUACAUGGGCUGUGGAGGAGGGUGAAUUAGACAAAGAUCGAGUUGUUAUUGAAAAUGUUGGCACAAAAUCUGAGUUAACAAUUAAGAAUGCAUUGAGAAAAGACCAUGGAAGAUAUGUAAUUACUGCUACCAAUAGCAGUGGUUCCAAAUCUGCAGGAACCAGAGUAGAAGUAUUUGAUGUUCCUGGGCCAGUCCUUGACCUAAAGCCAGUGGUCACAAACAGAAAGAUGUGUUUGCUUAACUGGUCUGAUCCUGAAGAUGAUGGUGGCAGUGAUAUCAUAGGCUUCAUUGUUGAACGGAAGGAUGCCAAAAUGCAUACAUGGAGACUAGCUAUAGACACAGACAGAUCUAAAUGUGAUAUUACAGGUCUAGUUGAAGGGCAGGAAUAUAAAUUCCGUGUUAGUGCCAAGAACAAGUUUGGUACCGGUCCACCUGUUGAAAUAGGACCCAUUCUUGCAGUUGAUCCAUUAGGUCCUCCAACAGCACCUGAGAGGUUCAUGUACACAGAGAGGACGAAGUCAACCAUUACACUUGAUUGGAAGCCUCCACGUAGUGAUGGUGGCAGUCCUGUCUUAGGAUAUAUUGUUGAGAAAAGGAGACAUGAUUCAAAAGACUAUGAAAGAGUUAAUGCAAGGCUCUGUCCAACAACAUCUCUUCUCGUUGAAAAACUUGAUGAACUUCAUAUGUAUGAAUUCCGUGUCAAAGCUGUCAAUGCUAUUGGAGAAAGUGAACCAUCAUUACCCCUCAAUGUAGUUAUACAGGAUGAUGAAGUACCUCCAACUGUUACAUUACGCUUGGCUGUGAGAGGAGAUACUAUCAAAGUGAAGGCAGGAGAACCAGUUAAUAUUCCUGCUGAUGUGACAGGUCUGCCAAUGCCAAAGAUUGAAUGGGACAAGAAUGAAGUUUUAAUUGACCAAACAUCCAGUGCACUUAAGAUAACCAAGGAAGAGGUAUCUAGAAGUGAGGCAAAAACUGAACUUAUCCUGCCUGCAGCAGUGAGGGAUGAUAAAGGCACUUACACUGUGAGAGCUUCCAAUCGUCUUGGCACUGCAUUUCGCAAUGUGCAUGUGGAAGUGUAUGAUCGUCCUUCUCCACCAAGAAAUCUUGCUGUUUCUGAUAUUAAAGCAGAAUCAUGCUAUUUAACAUGGGAUGCGCCUCUUGAUAAUGGUGGUAGUGAAAUUACCCAUUACAUUAUUGAGAAACGUGAUGCUAGCAGGAAGAAAUCUGAAUGGGAAGAAGUCUCCAAAAGUGCUGUUGAGAGAAGAUUUGGGGUAUGGAAUCUUGCAACAAAUGAAAAAUAUCAAUUUAGAGUCCGGGCUGUAAACAAAUAUGGAAUAAGUGAUGAAUGCCUCUCAGAAAAAGUUGUUAUUAAGGAUCCCUAUGGCCUUCCUGGACCUCCUGGAAAGCCAAAAAUUUUAGAUCGCACCAGAUCAUCAAUGCUGGUGACUUGGGAGCCUCCUUUGAAUAAUGGUGGUAGCCCAAUAACUGGCUAUUGGUUGGAGAAGAGAGAGGUAGGAGGUGUCUACUGGUCACGUGUUAACAGGGCUCCUGUGACAAAACCAUCAGUAAAAGGUCUAGAGUACAAUGUGCUUCGUUUGGCUGAAGGUGUUGAAUACCAGUUUAGAGUUAUGGCUGAAAAUCUUGCUGGAAUUGGCCCUCCCAGUGAACCAUCAGAUCCUGCCUUAGCAGCAGAUCCCAUAUUUGUGCCUGGUCCACCAUCUUGCCCAGAGGUCAAAGACAAAACCAAAUCAUCUGUAGCUCUUGCAUGGAAGCCUCCACAAAAGGAUGGUGGCAGUCCUAUAAAAGGAUAUAUUGUUGAAAUGCAAGACGAAGGUAGUACUGACUGGAAGAAGGUGAAUGAAGGAGACAAACUCUUUCCUACUUGUGAAUGUGUUAUUCCCAACUUGAAAGAGCUCAGAAAAUACCGAUUUAGGGUGAAAGCUGUAAAUGCUGCUGGAGAAUCAGAACCAAGUCCUGCAACAUCAGAAAUACCUGUCCAAGAUAUUUUAGAGGAACCAGAAAUCUUCCUUGAUAUUGGAGCACAGGAUUUCCUCUCUUGUCGUGCGGGCACAACAAUUAAAAUCCCAGCUGUUAUCAAGGGUCGUCCAGUUCCAAAAACAUUUUGGGAGUUUGAAGGAAAAGCAAAGACAACAGUCAAGGAGGGAGGUCAUAAUGUACCUGAAGAAGCUCAGGUGGAAGCAACUGAUACACGUUCAGUGAUUACCAUUCCUGAGUGCAACAGAAGUCAUUCUGGACGAUACAGUAUUACAGCAAAGAACAAAGCAGGACAAAAAACUGUGCAUAUCAGGGUCAAUGUGCUUGAUGUCCCAGGUCCACCAAAAGACCUAAAAGUAAGUGACAUCACAAGAGGUAGUUGUAAACUUUCAUGGAAGAUGCCAGAUGAUGAUGGUGGAGAUAGAAUCAGAGGCUAUGUUAUAGAGAAAAGAACUAUUGAUGGGAAGGCCUGGACCAAAGUCAAUGCAAACUGUGGAAGUACUUCCUUUGUUGUGCCUGAUCUGAUAUCUGGCCAAGAGUAUUUCUUCCGGGUACGUGCCGAAAACCGUUUUGGUGUUGGCCCUCCUGCAGAAACCAUCCAACGGACCACAGCCAGGGAUCCAAUCCAUCCUCCUGAUCCACCUAUUAAACUAAAGAUUGGACUUGUAACCAAGAACACGGUGAGCUUGACAUGGAAACCACCAAAGAAUGAUGGUGGAGCUCCUGUUACACAUUAUAAUGUUGAAUGUCUCCGCUGGGAUCGUACUGGAGAAGUGAAAGAGACUUGGAAGCAAUGCAACAGACGUGACGUGGAGGAAACAAAGUUUACUGUUGAGGAUCUUGUAGAAGGUGGAGAAUAUGAAUUCAGAGUCAAAGCUGUAAAUAUAGCAGGUCCUAGUAGGCCUUCAGCCACCGUUGGCCCACUUGUUGUCAAAGACCAGACAUGCCCACCAUCUAUUGAACUCAAAGAAUUUAUGGAGAUUGAAGAAGGAACAGAUGUUAACAUUGUGGCCAAGAUAAAGGGUGUACCCUUCCCCACAUUAGCAUGGCUAAAAGCUUCUCCAAAGAAACCGGAUGACAAAACACCAGUGCUGUAUGAUCAACAUGUCAACAAGAUCGUUGGUGAAGAUACUUGCACUUUAUUGAUUCAACAGUCUCGCAGAAGUGAUACAGGCUUAUAUACUAUAACAGCUGUAAAUAAUCUGGGAACUGCUUCAAAGGAGAUGAGACUAAAUGUUCUGGGUCGUCCUGGACCUCCAGUAGGACCUAUUAAAUUUGAAUCGAUUUUGGCUGAUAAAAUGACAAUAUCAUGGCUUCCUCCAUUAGAUGAUGGUGGUUCUAAGAUUACAAACUAUGUUAUAGAGAAAAAAGAAGCAAAUAGGAGGACGUGGGUACCCGUUACUAAUGAACCUAAGGAAUGCUUAUUCACUGUUCCCAAGCUGAUGGAAGGCCAUGAAUAUGUGUUUCGCAUUAUGGCACAAAACAAAUAUGGUAUUGGAGAACCUUUGGAUAGUGAACCAGAAACAGCACGAAACCUUUUCACUGUUCCUGGACCUUGUGACAAGCCAACAGUUAGCAGUAUAACACGUGACUCAAUGACUGUAAACUGGGAAGAACCAGAACAUGAUGGUGGCUCUCCUAUUACUGGUUACUGGUUGGAGCGCAAAGAAACUACUGGAAAGAGAUGGACCAGGGUUAACCGUGAUCCUAUCAAACCUAUGACACUGGGGGUUUCAUACAAAGUUACAGGUCUUAUUGAAGGCUCUGAAUAUCAGUUCCGUGUUUCAGCUAUCAAUGCAGCUGGUGUUGGUCCACCGAGCAUGCCAUCUGAUCCAGCAAUUGCUAGAGAUCCUAUUGCCCCACCUGGCCCUCCUAUUCCAAAAGUUACUGACUGGACAAAGUCUUCUGUAGACUUGGAGUGGACUCCACCACUAAAGGAUGGUGGUUCUAGAGUCACUGGCUACAUUGUUGAGUAUAAAGAGGAAGGAAAGGAAGAAUGGGAAAAGGUAAAAGAUAAAGAAAUUAGAGGAACCAAGUUCGUUGUGACAGGAUUAAAAGAAGGAUGUUUUUACAAAUUUAGAGUUAGAGCAGUGAAUGCUGCUGGCAUCGGAGAGCCUGGAGAAGUUACAGACAUUAUUGAAAUGAAGGACAGAAUUGUGGCUCCUGAUAUUAAUUUGGACGCAAGCGUCAGGGACAGAAUUGUUGUUCAUGCUGGAGGAGUAAUUCGGAUCAUAGCAUAUGUCUCAGGAAAACCAGCUCCAACAGUGACUUGGAGCAGGGAUGACCAGGCUUUACCAGAAGAAGCCAGAAUUGAAGAAACAGCUAUUAGUUCUUCUUUGGUCAUCAAAAAUUGCAAAAGGAGCCAUCAGGGUAUAUACACUCUUCUUGCUAAAAAUGCCGGUGGUGAGCGGAAGAAGACUAUUAUUGUUGAUGUGCUAGAUGUGCCAGGCCCAGUUGGAAUGCCAUUCCUUACUGAGAACCUAACUAGUGACUCUUGUAAAUUGACAUGGUUUACUCCGGAAGAUGAUGGUGGUUCUCCUAUUACAAACUAUAUAAUUGAAAAACGUGAAUCUGACCAUAGAGCUUGGACUCCAGUAAGCUACACAGUUACAAGACAGAAUGCUACUGUUCAGGGACUGACUGAAGGGAAAGCCUACUUUUUCCGAAUUGCAGCUGAGAAUAUAAUUGGCAUGGGUCCAUUCACAGAGACAACAAAAGAGAUUGUCAUUAGAGAUCCAAUAACUGUUCCAGACCGUCCAGAAGACCUGGAAGUAAAAGCAGUUACGAAGAACUCUGUUACAUUAACUUGGAACCCUCCAAAAUAUAAUGGAGGCUCGGAUAUCACCAUGUACGUUCUAGAGAGCCGUCUUAUUGGAAAAGAGAAAUUCCAUAAAGUUACAAAGGAGAAAAUGCUUGAUAGGAAAUACACUGUAGAAGGCUUGAAAGAGGGUGACACCUAUGAGUAUCGUGUGAGUGCUUGCAAUAUUGUGGGGCAAGGCAAGCCAUCGUUUUGCACAAAACCAAUCACAUGCAAAGAUGAAAUUGCUCCUCCAACACUUGACCUUGACUUUAGAGACAAGCUUAUUGUUCGGGUUGGUGAAGCUUUCAGCCUGACUGGACGUUACUCAGGCAAGCCUGCACCAAAGGUUACUUGGCUAAAGGAUGAUAUUGUUGUGAAAGAAGAUGACCGUACAAAGAUCAAGACAACUCCUACAACUCUUUGCUUGGGGAUACUAAAAUCUGUCCGUGAAGACUCAGGCAAAUAUUGCGUUACUGUAGAGAACAGCACAGGAUCAAGAAAAGGAUUUUGUCAAGUUAAUGUUGUUGAUCGUCCAUCACCUCCAGUAGGCCCAGUUAUAUUUGAUGAAGUUCAUAAAGAUCAUAUGGUAGUUUCCUGGAAACCUCCAUUAGAUGAUGGAGGCAGUGAAAUUACAAAUUACAUUAUUGAGAAGAAGGAUGCACACAGAGACCUGUGGAUGCCAGUUACAUCUGCCACAGUUAAGACAACGUGCAAAAUUCCUAAGCUGCUUGAAGGAAGAGAAUAUCAAAUUCGAAUUUAUGCUGAAAAUCUUUACGGCAUAAGUGAUCCUCUCAUCUCUGAUGAGAUGAAAGCCAAGGACCGUUUCCGUGUUCCUGAUGCACCUGAGCAACCAAUCAUUAAGGAUGUUACCAAAGACUCUGCAGUAGUGGUUUGGAACAAACCAUAUGAUGGAGGCAAGCCAAUAACAAACUAUAUUGUAGAAAAGAAGGAAACAAUGGCUACAAGAUGGGUCAGAGUUACCAAAGACCCGAUUUUCCCCAGUACUCAGUUCAAAGUACCUGAUCUCCUUGAAGGCUGUCAAUAUGAAUUCCGUGUUUCAGCAGAAAAUGAAAUUGGUGUUGGUGAUCCUAGUCCACCAUCAAAGCCAAUUUUCGCUAGAGAUCCAAUCGCAAAACCAAGUCCACCUGUUAAUCCGGAAGCAGUAGAUAAAACUAAAAAUUCAGUUGAUUUAUCCUGGCAACCACCACGCCAUGAUGGUAAUGGCAAGAUAAUUGGCUACCUUGUUGAGUAUCAGAAAGUUGGAGAUGAAGAAUGGAAAAAGGCCAAUCUUACAGCAGAUUCUUGUCCGGAAACAAAAUACAAAGUCACUGGCCUUACUGAGGGUUUGACCUAUAAGUUCAGGGUCAAGGCAGUCAAUGCAGCAGGUGAAUCUGAACCAGCCUAUGUUCCUGAUCCAGUAGAAGUAAAGGACAGACUUGAACCUCCUGAGCUGAUACUUGAUGCUAAUAUGGCCCGAGAACAGCAUGUAAAAGCUGGUGAUACCCUGAGACUUAGUGCUGUUAUUAAAGGUGUUCCAUUCCCAAAAGUUUCUUGGAAGAAAGAAGAUCAUGAGGUCUCACCCAAAGCUGAUAUUGAGGUUACAGGAGUUGGCAGUAAGCUUGAAAUUCGUAACACUGUCCAUGAAGAUGGUGGAAUUUACUCCCUGACAGUUGAAAAUCCAGCUGGUUCAAAGACUGUUUCAGUAAAAGUUGUUGUCUUAGAUAAGCCUGGUCCACCCAGAAAUCUGCAAAUCAGUGAAGUUAGAAGCGAUUCUUGCUAUCUCACUUGGAUGGAACCAGAAGAUGAUGGUGGCUCUGUCAUUACCAACUAUGUGGUCGAAAGGAAAGAUGUAGCUUCUGCACAGUGGGUAGCCAUCUCAUCAUCCUCCAAGAAACGCAGUCACAUGGCUAAAUAUCUCAUGGAAGGCACUCAGUAUCUCUUCCGAGUUGCAGCUGAGAAUCAGUUUGGUAGAGGUCCAUAUGUGGAAACACUCAAGCCUAUUAAAGCUAUAGAUCCACUGCAUCCUCCGGGGCCACCAAAGAAUCUGCAUCAUGUAGAUGUUGACAAGACUGAAGUUUCCCUUGUUUGGAAUCGACCAGAUCGUGACGGUGGUGCUGAGAUAACUGGAUAUUUGGUGGAAUAUCAAGAAGAUGGUGCAGAUGAGUGGACAAAGUUCCAGACAGUCCCAAUGCUAGACUGUGUUGUUACAGGCCUACAAAAAGGAAAAAUAUACAAAUUCCGUGUGAAAGCUCAGAAUAUUGUUGGUCUUAGCCUUCCAGAUACAACUAUACCAAUAGAGUGUCAAGAAAAACUAGUACCUCCAUCUGUGGAACUAGAUGUGAAGUUAAUUGAAGGUCUUGUUGUUAAAGCUGGCACCACAGUGAGACUUCCUGCGAUUAUGAGAGGUGUGCCAGUUCCCACUGCAAAAUGGGUUACUGAUGGCAUUGAAAUUAAAACAGAUGGCAGACACAAGAUUGAGACGGACAAUUAUUCAACUGUACUUACCAUCAAAGACUGUAUAAGAAAAGAUACAGGAGAAUAUCUACUUACAGUAUCUAAUGCAGCUGGCAGCAAAACUGUUGCUCUACAUCUUACAGUUUUGGAUGUUCCUGGCCCACCAACUGGUCCUAUUAAUAUUCUUGAAGUAACACCAGAACAUAUGGUUAUUUCUUGGCGCCCUCCUAAAGAUGAUGGUGGGAGUCCUAUAAUAAAUUAUAUUGUUGAGAAGCGUCAAUCAAAGAAAGAAACUUGGGGCGUGGUUAGCUCUGGAACAAGUCACACAAAAAUUAAGAUUCCACGACUGCAGAAAGGCUGUGAAUAUAUUUUCCGUGUUCGGGCAGAAAAUAAGAUAGGCAUUGGUGCACCCCUUGAUUCAGAACCAACAGUUGCUAAACAUAUGUUUGAUCUACCAUCCCCACCUGGCAAACCAACUGUUUAUGAUAUUACAGAAAAUGCUGCAACAGUGUCUUGGACCCUACCAAAAUCUGAUGGUGGAACUCCAAUAACUGGUUAUAUACUUGAACGUCGGGAAGCAUCUGGUAAAUGGGUGCGUGUCAAUAAGGCACCAAUACUUGAUAUGAAAUAUAGAGUCACUGGUCUUUUUGAAGGCAACACAUAUGAAUUCAGAGUUUUUGCAGAAAACAUGGUGGGCUUAAGCAAACCAUCUCCAAGCUCUGAUCCAAUAAAAGCAUCACGUCCUAUCACUCCUCCUGGACCACCUAUAAAUCCAAAAUUAAAAGACAAAACCAAAGAAACAGCUGAUCUUGUGUGGACAAAGCCCCUCAAAGAUGGUGGCAGCCCCAUUCUGGGAUACAUUGUGGAAUGUCAGAAAACUGGAACUACGCAGUGGAACAGGAUUAAUAAGGAUGAACUCAUUAGACAGUGUGCUUUCAGAGUACCUGGGUUAAUAGAAGGAAAUGAAUAUAAAUUCCGAAUAAAAGCUGUCAACAUUGUGGGAGAGGGAGAACCACGAGAACUGGCAGAAACUGUGCUUGCAAAGGAUAUUCUUUCUCCUCCAGAAGUAAGCCUAGAUGUGACCUGUCGAGACUUAAUUACUGUCCGAGUAGGCCAAACAAUCCGUAUUACUGGUAAAGUAAAAGGCAGGCCAGAUCCUGACAUAACAUGGUCUAAAGAUGGCAAAGUACUAGUCCAAGAAAAGCGUGUUGAAAUAGUCCAUGAUCUACCUAAUGUUGAACUGCAAGUGAAAGAAGCCAAAAGAUCUGAUCAUGGCAAAUACAUAAUAGCAGCUAAGAACAGCUGUGGACAUGCACAAGCUUUUGCUGUUGUUAAUGUACUUGACAGACCUGGACCAUGUCAGAACCUGAAAAUAAGCUAUGUCACAAAAGAUUCUUGUAUGAUCGCUUGGGAGAGUCCAGUCGAUAAUGGUGGCUCUGAAAUUACAAAUUACAUAGUAGAGUACCGUCAACCAAACCAGAGGGGAUGGUCAAUUGUCUCUUCUGAUAUCACUAAACGAUUAGUAAAGGCAAAUCUUAUAGAGAACCGUGAAUACUUCUUCAGAGUUUGCGCAGAAAACAAAAUAGGUCCAGGUCCUUGCAUUGAGACCAAGACUCCCAUCCUUGCCAUCAAUCCUAUUGACAAGCCUGGAGAGCCAGAAAAUCUUCACAUUGCAGAGAAAGGAAAGACAUUUGUAUAUCUGAAAUGGAGAAGGCCAGAUUAUGAUGGUGGAAGUCCCAAUUUAAGUUAUCAUGUUGAGAGAAAACUGAAAGAUUCAGAUGAGUGGGAAAGGGUUCACAAAGGCAGCAUUAAGGAAACACACUACAUGGUAGAUAAAUGUGUUGAAAAUAAGAUUUACCAAUUCCGAGUUCAAACCAAGAAUGAAGCAGGUGAAAGUGACUGGGUAAAAACAGCUGAAGUUGUUGUGAAGGAAGAUCUGCAGAAACCGGUGCUAGACUUGAAGUUAAGUGGGGUGCUAACUGUGAAAGCAGGUGACACAAUUAGAAUUGAGGCUGGAGUCAGAGGAAAACCACAGCCUGAAGUUGUAUGGACAAAAGACAAAGAUGCCACAGAUCUAACCAGAUCUCCAAGAGUCAGUAUUGAAACAACUUCUGACACUUCUAAGUUUGUUCUCACAAAAUCAAGGCGUAGUGAUGGUGGGAAAUAUGUGAUUACUGCAACUAACACAGCUGGUAGUUUUGUAGCAUAUGCUACUGUUAUAGUCUUGGAUAAACCAGGUCCUGUAAGAAACUUGAAAGUCACUGACAUUUCAAGUGAUAGGUGUACUGUUACUUGGGACCCUCCAGAAGAUGAUGGUGGUUGUGAAAUACAGAACUACAUCCUGGAAAAAUGUGAAAGCAAGCGUAUGGUUUGGUCUACAUACUCUUCCUCUGUCCUAACAAACUAUGCAAAUGUGACACGCCUCAUUGAAGGUAAUGAAUAUAUAUUCAGAGUUCGUGCAGAAAAUAAAAUGGGCACUGGUCCACCAACAGAAACACACCCAAUUAUUGCAAAAACGAAAUAUGAUAGACCUGGACGCCCCGACCCUCCAGAUGUCACAAGAGUUAGCAAAGAAGAGAUGACUGUAGUUUGGAAUCCACCAGAAUAUGAUGGUGGAAAAUCAAUUACAGGAUACAUUUUAGAGAAGAAAGAGAAACGAUCACUAAGAUGGGUUCCUGUUACUAAGACUGCAAUCCCAGAGAGACGCAAGAAGGUUACUAAUCUCAUCCCUGGUCAUGAAUAUCAGUUCCGCGUCAGUGCUGAAAACGAAGUUGGACUUGGAGAACCAAGCUUGCCAUCAAGACCUGUAGUAGCAAAAGACCCAAUAGAACCACCUGGUCCUCCCACAAACUUAAGAGUGGUUGAUAGUACAAAGAGUUCCAUAACCCUUGGCUGGGGAAAACCAGUGUAUGAUGGUGGUGCUCCAAUUAUUGGAUAUGUUGUGGAAAUUAGACCAAAAGUUGAGGGUGCUGAUCCUGAAGCAGGAUGGAAACGAUGCAAUGUUGCUGCCCAAGUUAUUCACACAGAAUUUACAGCCACCAGCCUGGAUGAGAACCAAUUAUAUGAGUUCAGAGUUUCUGCCCAAAACCAGGUUGGCCUUGGCCGACCAGCUGAACUGAAAGAAGCUGUGUCUCCCAAAGAAAUACUUGAACCUCCUGAGAUUGAGUUGGAUGCAAGCAUGAGAAAGUUAGUCACUGUCAGGGCAGGAUGCCCUAUUAGGCUUUUUGCCAUUGUUAGGGGUCGCCCAGCACCAAAAGUCACAUGGAGGAGAAUGGGUGUUGAUAAUGUUAUCAGAAAAGGACAAAUUGAUCUGGUUGAUACUAUGGCCUUCUGUGUCAUCCCCGAUUCAACACGUGAUGACUCAGGCAAAUACUCAUUGACACUUGUUAAUGCAGCUGGAGAAAAGGCUGUAUUUGUGAAUGUCAGAGUCCUGGAUACUCCUGGACCUGUGUCGGACUUCAAGGUUUCAGAUGUCACCAAGAUGUCAUGCCAUCUUUCAUGGGCCCCUCCAGAGAAUGAUGGUGGUAGCCCAGUGACUCAUUACAUCCUACAGAAACGUGAGGCUGACAGGAAGACCUGGGGAACAGUCACUGCAGAACUAAAGAAAACUAGUUUCCAAAUAGCUAACCUUGUACCUGGAAAUGAAUAUUUCUUUAGAGUAACAGCAGUAAAUGAAUACGGGUCAGGUGUUCCGAGUGACAUACCAAAACCCGUUCUAGCAACAGAUCCCCUAAGUGAACCUGAUCCACCACGAAAACUUGAAGUUACUGAAAUUACAAAGAAUAGUGCUACUCUAGGUUGGCUGCCACCACUGCGUGAUGGAGGCUCUAAAGUUGAUGGGUACAUUGUUAGCUAUAAAGAAGAUGAUCAACCAGCAGAUCGCUGGACAGAAUAUUCAGUUGUUAAAGAUCUCUCCAUUGUUGUAGCUGGUCUUAAAGAAGGAAAGAAGUACAAGUUUAGAGUGGCAGCUAGAAAUGCUGUAGGAGUAAGUUUGCCAAGAGAAACUGAAGGAGUAUUUGAAAUUAAAGAACAACUCAUCCCACCUAAGAUCCUGAUGCCUGAUCAUGUUCACAUUAAAGCUGGAAAGAAACUGAGAAUUGAAGCUCAUGUGUAUGGGAAGCCUCAGCCAGUCUGUAAAUGGUUGAAAGGAGAUCAAGACGUAAUUACAUCCAGUCGCCUUGCUGUGCAUAAAGCAGAAAAGUCUUCUGUUCUUAUCAUUAAGGAUGUGACUAGAAAAGAUUCUGAUUUUUACACUCUUACUGCAGAAAAUAGCUCUGGUACUGAUAGUCAGAAAAUCAGAGUGAUAGUCAUGGAUAAACCAGGUCCACCACAGCCUCCAUUUGAUAUUUCUGAAAUAGAUGCUGAUGCUUGCACUCUUGCGUGGCAUAUACCUCUCGAAGAUGGUGGCAGCAACAUUACAAACUAUAUAGUUGAGAAAUGUGAUGUAAGCCGAGGAGACUGGGUAACAGCUUUAGCUUCAGUCACAAAGACAAGCUGCAGAAUUGGAAAACUGAUUCCUGGAGAAGAGUAUAUGUUCCGCGUUCGUGCUGAAAAUCGUUUUGGGAUUUCUGAGCCACUUACUUCUGGCAAGAUGAUUGCAAGGUUCCCAUUUGAUGUUCCUAGUGAACCAAAGAAUGCACGUAUUACCAAGGUCAAUAAGGACUGCAUUUUUGUUGCCUGGGAUAAACCAGACAGUGAUGGAGGUAGUCCAAUCACUGGUUAUCUCAUUGAGCGCAAAGAAAGGAACAGUUUACUGUGGGUGAAAGCUAAUGACACAGCUGUGCGCUCCACAGAAUACCCUUGUGUGGGGCUCAUCGAAGGUCUUGAGUAUACUUUCAGAAUUUAUGCAUUGAACAGAGCUGGAGCAAGUAAACCUAGUAAACCAACUGAGUUUGUCACAGCAAGAGCACCAGUUGAUCCCCCUGGAAAACCUGAAGUUAUUGAUGUCACUAAGAGUACUGUAUCACUUGUAUGGACAAGACCAAAGCAUGAUGGUGGUAGCAAGCUUAUUGGCUACUUUGUUGAAGCUUGCAAAUUACCUGGUGAUAAGUGGGUUCGGUGCAAUACAACUCCACAUCAAAUACCCCUAGAAGAGUACAUUGCUACUGAUUUGGAAGAAGAUGCUCAAUAUCAAUUUAGAGCAAUUGCCAAGACAGCAGUCAACAUAAGCCGACCUUCAGAACCUUCUGAUCCAGUGACCAUUCAUCCAGAAAACGUUCCCCCUAGAAUAGAGUUGGAUCUGUCUAUGCAAUCACAGCUUACAGUAAAAGCUGGAACUAAUGUGCGUCUGGAGGCAAAUGUAUAUGGCAAGCCAAUGCCAACAGUCACCUGGAAGAAAGAAGGAGAAGUUUUAAAGCCAUCUGAAGGUGUUAAGAUCACCACUAAGAGAAAUCUUGCUACAGUUGAGUUGUUCAGUGUUAACAGGAAACAAACAGGAGACUACACUAUUACUGCUGAAAAUGCAAGUGGAUCAAAGUCGGCAACCAUUAAGCUUAAAGUACUUGAUAAGCCUGGUCCACCGGCCUCCGUUAAAAUCAAACAUAUGUAUGCAGAUCGUGCAAUGCUUUCUUGGGAGCCUCCUCUGGAAGAUGGAGGUUCAGAAAUUACUAACUACAUUGUAGACAAGCGUGAAACAAGCAGACCAAACUGGGCCCAAGUCAGUGCCAAUGUACCCAUUACAAGCUGCACAGUGGAGAAGCUAAUAGAAGGACAUGAGUAUCAGUUCCGCAUAUGUGCUGAAAACAAAUAUGGUGUUGGAGACCCUAUCUUGACUGAACCAGCAGUUGCUAAGAAUCCAUAUGAUGUACCUGGACCUUGUGAUCCACCAAUAAUUAGCAAUGUGACGAAAGACUUUAUGACUGUUAGCUGGAAGCCACCAGCUAGUGAUGGUGGAUCGCCAAUAACUGGUUAUAUACUUGAGAAGCGUGAAACUAAGGCUCUUAACUGGACAAAGGUAAACAGAAAGCCUGUCAUUGAAAGAACUGUUAAGGCUACUGGACUCCAAGAAGGAACAGAAUAUGAGUUCCGGGUGAUAGCAUUGAAUAAGGCUGGACCUGGCAAGCCUAGCGCACCAUCUAAAGCAGUGUAUGCUCGUGAUCCUCAAUAUCCUCCUGGCCCACCUGCUUUCCCAAAAGUGGUUGAUACUACUCGUAAUUCGAUAAGCCUGUCAUGGAGCAAACCAGCAUAUGAUGGAGGAAGCCCUAUUAUUGGUUAUCUAGUGGAAGCAAAAAGAGCUGACACAGACAACUGGGUCAGAUGCAAUCUACCCAAGAACUUACAGGCUACGCGAUUUGUAGUAACAGGGCUGAUAGAAGAUACAGAGUACCAGUUCCGCGUUUAUGCUGUCAAUAAGAUUGGAUACAGUGAUCCAAGUGAUGUUCCCGAUAAACACACUGCCAAAGACAUUUUAAUUCCUCCUGAAGGAGAACUUGAUGCAGAACUAAGGAAAGUCCUUGUGUUGCGUGCUGGAGUCACAAUGAGACUUUACGUGCCAGUAAGAGGACGUCCACCUCCAAAGAUCACAUGGUCUAAAGUGGGUGCCAACCUAAGAGAUAGACAAGGAUUAGACAUCAAGUCAACUGAUUUUGACACCUUCCUGCGUUGUGAAAAUGUAAACAAAUAUGAUGCUGGAAAAUACGUCCUCAGUCUGGAGAACAGCUGUGGCAAAAAGGCAUACACCAUUGUUGUAAAAGUACUUGAUACUCCAGGCCCUCCAAUUAACCUGACUGUAAAGGAAGCAUCUAAGGAUUCUGCCUUCAUUACAUGGGAACCUCCACUAAUAGACGGUGGCAGUCCAAUCACAAAUUAUGUCGUUGAAAAACGUGAUGCAGAAAGAAAGUCAUGGUCCACAGUAACAACAGAAUGUCCAAAGACAAGCUGCAGGAUAACUAACUUAGAAGAAGGCAAAUCUUACUUCUUCAGGGUCUUUGCUGAAAAUGAAUAUGGUAUUGGUGACCCCUGUGAAACUCGUGAUGCUGUUAAAGCUUCUGAAACACCUGGGCCAGUUGUAGAUCUAAAAGCUUCAGCUGUAACGAAAUCAUCAUGCAAUUUAGUAUGGAAAAAACCUAUCAGUGAUGGUGGAAGCCGUAUUUUUGCAUAUGUUGUCGAGGUCCUGAUCGGUGAAGAUAAAUGGCAAGAAGUCAUGCAGGCAAAGAACCUCCAUUAUUCAAUGAGAGAUCUAAAAGAAGGACAAGAAUACACUUUCAGAGUGAGAGCCCAAAAUGAUGCUGGAUAUGGAACUCCAACAGAGCUCACAAUUGUGGCAAGAGAUGAUGUUGUGGUACCUGAUCUUGAUUUAAGAGAUCUACCUGAUUUGUGCUAUAUAGCUAAAGAGGGUAGCAAUUUCCGUCUUAAAAUCCCAAUUAAAGGGAAGCCUGUCCCAACUGUAACCUGGAAGAAAGAUGAAGACCAGGCACUUACUGAGAGUGGAAGAGUUGCAUUUGAAUCUACAGCAGUUAACACCACACUUGUAGUACAUGACUGUCAGAAAGCUGAUGCUGGAAAAUACACAAUAACUCUGAAGAAUGUUGUUGGCAGCAAGGAAGGCACACUUUCUGUGAAAGUUGUUGGCAAACCUGGCAUACCAACAGGUCCAGUGAAAUUUGAAGAAGUCACAGCUGAUGCCAUAACCUUAAAAUGGGGCCCUCCAAAAGAUGAUGGUGGUUCAGAAAUCACUAACUAUGUCCUAGAGAAGAGAGAUAAUGUAAACAAUAAGUGGGUGACUUGUGCCUCUGCAGUCCAGAAAACAACGUUCAGAGUUACAAGACUUCAUGAAGGAAAUGAAUAUACAUUCAGGAUCAGGGCUGAAAAUAAAUACGGAGUAGGCGAAGGUCUUAAAUCUGACCCUGUCAUUGCAAAACAUCCAUUUGAUGUGCCAGAUGCUCCCCCACCUCCCAACAUUGUUGGUGUUCGGCAUGAAUCUGUAGCUUUGACUUGGACUGAUCCCAGAAGAACUGGAGGUUCACCAAUCACAGGUUAUCACAUUGAAGUCAAAGAAAGAAAUAGUCUUUUGUGGAAAAGAGCAAAUAAAACACCAAUAAGAACGAAAGAUUUCAGAGUGACAGGGCUGACUGAAGGUCUGGAAUAUGAAUUCAGAGUAAUGGCAAUCAAUAUGGCUGGAGUAGGUAAACCAAGCCUGCCAUCUGAACCAGUUGUGGCACUUGAUCCUAUUGAUCCCCCUGGGAAACCUGAAGUUAUCAAUGUAACUAGGAACUCAGUAACACUCAUUUGGACAGAACCAAAAUAUGAUGGUGGACAUAAGUUAACUGGCUAUAUUGUUGAAAAGCGUGAUUUACCCUCAAAGACUUGGACAAAAGCUAAUCAUGUGAAUGUUCCAGACUGUGCAUUUACUGUAACUGACCUCACUGAAGGCUCCAAAUAUGAGUUCAGAAUUAGAGCAAAGAACACUGCUGGAGCUAUCAGUCCUCCAUCUGAAUCCACAGGAACCAUAAUAUGCAAGGAUGAGUAUGAGGCACCAAGCAUUGUUAUUGAUCCCACUUUGAAGGAAGGUUUAACAGUAAAAGCAGGAGACACCAUUACAGUGUCUGCUAUUAGUAUCCGUGGCAAACCACCUCCAACUUCAGCAUGGUCAAAAGCUGGAAAAGAUUUUAGACCUUCAGAGCUUGUGCACAUUGAAACCACACCAACUUCUUCUACUCUAACUGUCAAAUAUGCAGCCAGAAAAGAUUCUGGAGAAUACACAAUCACUGCAACCAAUCCUUUUGGCACUAAGCAGGAGAGCGUACAUGUGAAAGUUUUAGAUGUUCCAGGACCUCCGGGGCCUAUUGAGAUCAGCAAUGUUUCAGCAGAAAAAGCAACUCUUACAUGGACACCUCCUGCAGAAGAUGGUGGAUCACCAGUCAAAUCAUAUGUUCUUGAAAAGAGAGAAACUAGCCGACUACUCUGGACAUUGGUUGCUGAAAAUAUUGAAAGCUGUAGGCAUGUUGUUAGCAAGCUUAUUCAAGGAAAUGAAUAUGUUUUCCGUGUCUCAGCAGUAAAUCAAUAUGGCAAGGGUGAACCAGUACAAUCAGAACCAGUUAAGAUGGUGGAUAGAUUUGGUCCCCCAGGUCCUCCUGGAAAACCAGAAGUAACAAAUGUGACUAAAAAUACUGUCACAGUUACCUGGAAAAGGCCAGUAGAUGAUGGUGGAAGUGAAAUCACAGGUUACUAUGUGGAACGAAGAGAAAAGAAAGGUUUAAGAUGGGUCAGAGCAACAAAGAAACCAGUUUCAGAUCUUAGAUGUAAAGUAACUGGUCUCCUGGAAGGAAAUGAAUACGAAUUCCGUGUCAGUGCAGAAAAUAGAGCAGGAGUUGGACCACCAAGUGAUGCUUCAAACUCAGUCAUAUGCAAGGAUGUUGCAUACCCACCAGGUCCACCUGCAAAUCCAAGAGUGACUGAUACUACAAAGACAAGUGCAUCUUUAGCCUGGAGCAAGCCUCACUAUGAUGGUGGUCUUGACAUCAUUGGCUAUAUAGUCGAGCAUCAAAAGGAAGGAGAAGAGGAGUGGGUAAAAGACACAACAGGGACUGCUUUAAGAAUCACUCAGUUUGUUGUUGCUCAUCUGCAGACAGGAGCCAAAUACAAUUUCAGAAUCUCUGCCAUGAAUGCUGCAGGUGUCGGUGAACCAGCAAUAAUUCCAAGUGUGGAAAUCAAAGAUCGGGAAGAGAUUCCUGACUUUGAAUUAGAUGCUGAGCUAAGAAGAACACUUGUUGUUAGAGCUGGAUUAACUAUUCGGAUUUUUGUGCCAAUUAAAGGACGUCCAACUCCAGAAGUUACAUGGACAAAAGAUGAUGUUUCACUCAAAGGACGUGCCAGUAUUGAAAAUACAGACUCUUUUACGCUCUUGAUUGUCACAGAGUGCACCAGAUACGAUGCAGGAAAAUACGUAAUGACUCUUGAAAAUGCUGCUGGUAAGAAGACUGGUUUUGUAAAUGUAAAAGUCUUGGAUACACCAGGCCCACCAAUAAACCUUAAGCCUAGAGAAAUAACUAAAGACAGCAUCACCCUCCAAUGGGAUAUGCCUCUGAUAGAUGGCGGUUCACGUAUAACAAACUAUAUUGUCGAGAAACGUGAAUCAACUCGGAAAGCAUAUUCAACAGUCACAACCAACUGCCAGAAGUGUUCCUUCAGGAUUCCUAAUUUGGCUGAGGGGUGUGAAUACUAUUUCAGAGUGCUGGCUGAAAAUGAGUACGGUAUUGGUGAACCAGCUGAAACUGCAGAACCUGUAAGAGCUUCUGAGGCACCGUCCCCUCCUGAGAGCCUUAUUAUUAUGGAUGUAACACGGAACUCAGUUAGCCUGGCUUGGCCAAAACCAGAACAUGACGGUGGCAGCAAGAUCACUGGGUAUGUAAUUGAAGCACAGAGAAAAGGAACCAACCAGUGGGCACACAUCACCACUGUAAAAACAUUGGACUGUGUAGUAAAGAAUCUAACUGAAAAUGAAGAGUAUACUUUCCAGGUUAUGGCAGUUAACAGUGCUGGAAGAAGUGCCCCAAGAGAAAGCAGGCCAGUUAUUAUCAAGGAGCAAAUGAUGCUACCAGAGUUUGACCUCCGUGGUAUCUACCAGAAAACAGUCAUUGCCAAAGCUGGUGACAAUAUCAAGAUUGAAAUCCCUGUGCUUGGUCGUCCAAGGCCUACUGUGACUUGGAAGAAAGAAGACCAGAUACUUAAGCAAACACAAAGGGUAAAUUAUGAAAAUACUGCAACUGCAACCAUACUAACCAUCAAUGAAUGUAAACGAAGUGAUAGUGGUCAAUAUCCACUGUCAGCUAAAAAUAUUGUUGGAGAAGUUAGUGAAGUAAUCAUAGUUCAGGUUCAUGACAUACCUGGACCUCCUACUGGACCAAUAAAAUUUGAUGAAAUUUCAUCUGACUUUCUAACAUUUUCAUGGGAGCCUCCUUUGAAUGAUGGUGGAGUACCAAUAAGUAACUAUGUUGUAGAAAUGCGUCAAACUGACAGUACCACAUGGACUGAAUUGGCAACCACAGUGAUACGUACUACGUUUAAAGCCACUCGUCUUACUACUGGAGUUGAGUACCAGUUCCGUGUUAAAGCUCAAAACAGAUAUGGAAUUGGUCCAGCCAUUACCUCAGAGUCUGUAGUUGCCAACUACCCAUUUAAGGUACCUGGGCCUCCUGGCACUCCUCAGGUGAUUGCAGUCACCAAAGAAACCAUGACCAUUAGCUGGAAUGAGCCAGUUACUGAUGGUGGAAGCCCAAUUCUCGGAUAUCAUGUUGAAAGAAAAGAACGAAACAGCAUUCUUUGGCAGACUGUAAGUAAAAUGAUGGUAUCAGGCAAUAUCUUUAAAUCAACUGGACUUACCGAUGGCAUUGCAUAUGAAUUCCGUGUUAUAGCAGAAAAUCUGGCUGGGAAGAGUAAGCCAAGCAAGCCAUCUGAGCCUGUGUUUGCCCUAGACCCAAUAGAUCCACCUGGCAAGCCGAUACCUCUGAACAUCACAAGACAUGCAGUUACACUGAAGUGGACUAAACCAGAAUAUAAUGGAGGUUUUAAGAUAACUGGCUACACCGUUGAAAAAAGAGACCUUCCUAAUGGCCGUUGGCUGAAGGCUAAUUUCAGCAAUAUACUAGAGACUGAAUUCACUGUAAGUGGUUUGACAGAAGAUGCUGCCUAUGAAUUCCGUGUAAUUGCUAGGAAUGCUGGUGGUGCUGUCAGUCAGCCCUCUGAGCCAUCCGAUGCAAUAACUUGUAGAGAUGACAUUGAAGCACCAAAGAUAAGGGUGGAUGCUAAAUACAAAGACACCUUAGUGCUGAAAGCAGGUGAAGUUUUCAGACUUGAGGCUGAUGUUUCAGGUCGCCCUCCACCAACUAUGACAUGGACAAAAGGAGAAAAAGAACUGGAAGACACAGCAAAAUUAGAAAUAAAAAUAGCAGAUUUCUCUACUGUUCUUAUCAAUAAAGAUUCUUCAAGAAGAGAUGGUGGUGCCUAUACACUUACUGCAACAAAUCCUGGUGGCUUUGCCAAGCAUAUCUUCAAUGUUAAAGUUCUUGAUAGACCUGGUCCCCCAGAAGGGCCUUUGGCUGUGUCUGAAGUCACUGCAGAAAAAUGUGUGCUGUCAUGGCUACCUCCACUGGAUGAUGGAGGAGCAAAGAUUGACCAUUAUGUGGUUGAAAAACGUGAAACCAGUAGAUUGGCAUGGACAGCUGUAGCCACAGAAGUUCCAUUAACUAAAUUGAAGGUCACUAAGCUGUUGAAGGGCAAUGAGUACGUGUUCCGUGUUAUGGCUGUUAACAAAUAUGGAGUUGGUGAGCCUCUGGAAUCAGAGCCCAUUCUUGCAGUAAAUCCAUAUGUGCCACCUGAUCCACCUAAAACACCUGAAGUUACAGCAAUUACAAAAGAUUCUAUGGUUGUUUGUUGGGGCCAUCCUGAUUCUGAUGGUGGGAGCCCAAUAACUAACUAUAUUGUGGAACGUCGAGACAGGGCUGGUCUACGGUGGGUGAAAUGUAACAAACGGGUUGUUACUGACUUACGUUAUAAAGUGUCUGGACUGACAGAAGGCCACGAAUAUGAAUACAGAGUCAUGGCUGAAAAUGCUGCCGGAGUCAGUGAGCCAAGCCCAACCAGUCCUUUCUAUAAAGCUUGUGAUACUGUAUUUAAGCCUGGUCCCCCAGGUAAUCCUCGUGUUUUGGAUAGCAGCAAGUCCUCAAUUACAAUAGCAUGGAACAAACCAAUAUAUGAUGGUGGUUCAGAGAUCACAGGUUACAUGGUUGAGAUCGCACUACCUGAAGAAGACGAGUGGAAGAUUGUAACUCCACCCCUAGGCCUAAAGGCCACUUCUUUUACCAUCACUGACCUGAAAGAAAAUCAAGAGUAUAAAAUACGGAUAUAUGCUAUGAACUCUGAAGGUCUCGGAGAACCUGCUCUUGUUCCUGGGACUCCAAAAGCUGAAGAAAGAAUGCUACCUCCAGAGAUUGAACUUGAUGCAGAACUACGUAAAGUUGUCACUAUUAGAGCCUGCUGUACUCUAAGGCUCUUUGUCCCAAUUAAAGGAAGACCAGCACCUGAAGUAAAAUGGACAAGAGAGCAUGGGGAAUCUUUGGAUAGAGCGAGCAUUGAAUCAACAAGCUCUUAUACUCUACUUAUUGUUGAAAACGUAAAUAGAUUUGAUAGUGGCAAAUACAUUCUGACAAUCGAAAACAGCUCAGGUAGUAAGUCAGCAUUUGUGAAUGUCAGAGUUCUUGAUACCCCAGGGGCACCUCAAGAUUUGAAAAUAAAAGAAGUUACAAAAUCAUCAGUUACACUCGCAUGGGAGCCUCCUCUCAUAGAUGGUGGCUCUAAAAUAAAAAAUUACAUUGUUGAAAAGCGUGAAUCAACAAGAAAAGCUUAUUCAACUGUUAAUGCCAAUUGCCACAAGACCAGCUGGAAAGUUGAUUCACUGCAAGAAGGCUGCAACUACUACUUCCGAGUCCUAGCUGAAAAUGAGUAUGGAAUAGGCCUUCCAGUUGAAACUUCAGAAUCUGUAAAAGUAUCAGAAAGACCACUUCCACCAGGGAAAAUAACUUUGUUGGAUGUGACACGAAACAGUGUAUCCUUAUCUUGGGAAAAACCUGAACAUGAUGGUGGUAGCAGAAUUCUGGGCUACAUUGUAGAAAUGCAAAGCAAAGGCAGUGAAAAAUGGUCAACAUGCGCUACGGUAAAAGUUACUGAAGCCACUAUCACAGGAUUGAUCCAAGGUGAAGAAUAUACCUUCCGUGUUUCAGCUCAGAAUGAGAAAGGUAUCAGUGAUCCUCGCCACCUGGGUAUACCGGUUGUUGCAAAGGAUCUUGUGAUUCCACCAGCUUUCAAACUACUGUUUACCACUUUCAGUGUUUUAGCAGGCGAGGACUUAAAGGUUGAUGUUCCUUUUGUUGGUCGACCCAAACCAGCAGUGUUUUGGCAUAAAGAUAAUGUGGCAUUGAAGCAGACUACAAGAGUAAAUGCAGAAAGUUCAGAAAAUAACACAGUGUUAACAAUAAAAGAAGCAUGCAGAGAAGAUGUGGGGACAUAUUUAGUUAAACUUACAAACUCUGCAGGUGAAGCAACUGAGACCCUAAAUAUUGUUGUCCUUGACAAACCAGGACCUCCAACUGGACCAGUAAAAGUAGAUGAAGUAACAGCAGAUAGUAUUACUAUUUCCUGGGAACCACCCAAGUAUGAUGGUGGUAGCUCUAUCAAUAAUUACAUUGUAGAAAAAAGGGACACUUCCACGACCACUUGGCAGUCGGUGUCAGCUACUGUUGCAAGAACAACUAUAAAAGCAUGUCGAUUAAAGACUGGCUGUGAAUAUCAGUUCAGAAUUGCAGCUGAGAACAGAUACGGGAAGAGUACCUAUCUGACUUCAGAGCCAAUCAUAGCGCAAUACCCAUUUAAAGUUCCUGGUCCACCUGGAACACCUUUUGUAACAAAUGUCUCAAAAGACAGCAUGGUGGUACAAUGGAAUGAACCGGUCAAUGAUGGUGGUAGCAAGAUCAUUGGGUAUCACUUGGAGCGCAAAGAAAGAAACAGCAUUCUGUGGGCUAAACUGAAUAAAACACCUAUUCCAGAUACCAAAUUUAAGACAACUGGCCUUGAGGAAGGUCUUGAAUAUGAGUUCAGAGUUUAUGCAGAAAAUAUAGUGGGCAUUGGAAAGGCAAGUAAAGCAUCUGAAUGCUAUACUGCACAUGACCCAUGCGACCCUCCAGGUCGUCCAGAACCUAUAAUUGUCACAAGAAGCUCAGUAACACUUCAGUGGAAGAAACCUGUAUAUGAUGGUGGAAGUAAGAUCACAGGCUAUGUUGUUGAAAAGAAGGAGCUUCCUGAUGGUCGUUGGAUGAAAGCAAGCUUUACAAAUGUCAUUGAUACCCAAUUUGAAGUAACUGGUCUAGUUGAAAACCAGAGGUAUGAGUUCCGUGUUAUAGCACGAAAUGCUGCAGGUGUUUUUAGUGAACCAUCUGAGAGCUCAGGGGCAAUUACAGCAAGAGAUGAAGUAGAACCACCUCAUAUAAGUAUGGAUCCAAAAUACAGAGACACUGUUGUAGUGCAUGCUGGUGAGUCAUUCAAACUGGAUGCUGAUGUUCAUGGCAAACCGAUACCUUCCAUUCAGUGGUUAAAAGGUGAUCGUGAGCUGACAAACACUGCUCGUAUGGAAAUAAAAAGUACUGAUUUUGCAACAAGCCUUAGUGUGAAGGAAGCCAUUAGAGUUGACAGUGGUCAGUAUGUACUACUGGCAAAGAAUGUUGCAGGUGAAAAGAAAGUUCCUGUUAACAUCAAAGUUCUUGAUAGACCUGGACCACCAGAAGGACCUGUUGACAUUACAGGUGUUACUGCUGAAAAAUGCAUGCUGUCAUGGAAACCUCCACUACAAGAUGGUGGUAGUGAUAUUUCUCACUAUGUUGUAGAAAAAAGGGAAACCAGUCGCUUGGUGUGGACGAUCGUUGAAUCAAAUGUGCAAACCCUAAACUGCAAAGUUACAAAACUUUUAGAAGGAAAUGAAUAUGUUUUCCGCAUCAUGGCGGUAAAUAAAUAUGGCAUUGGUGAACCUCUUGAGUCUGAACCAGUACUCGCAAAGAACCCAUUUGUAGUGCCACUUCCACCAAAGGCACCAGAAGUCACAGCUGUUACCAAGGAUUCUAUGAUAGUUGUAUGGGAAAGGCCAGCCUCAGAUGGCGGUAGUGAAAUCUUAGGCUACAUCCUUGAAAAACGAGAUAAGGAAGGUAUUCGCUGGACAAGAUGUAACAAACGCCUGAUAAAUGAACUGCGAUACAGAGUGACUGGGCUUAUAGAAAAUCACGAUUAUGAGUACAGAGUUUCAGCUGAAAAUGCUGCUGGUCUUAGUGAACCAAGCCCACCUUCCACUUACUACAAAGCAUGUGAUCCUAUUUACAAGCCAGGUCCACCCAAUAAUCCUAAAGUUGUGGAUGUUACAAGAUCUUCAGUUUUCCUUUCAUGGGGUAAACCUAUCUAUGAUGGUGGCGCUGAAAUUCAGGGAUACAUUGUGGAAAAAUGUGAUGUAAGUGACAGUGAAUGGGCAAUUUGUACCCCUCCAACUGGAAUUAAGAAUACUCACAUGGAAGUAGAAAAAUUAGUGGAAAAACAUGAAUACAAAUUCCGCAUAUGUGCAGUUAAUAAAGCAGGAGUUGGAGAGCAUGCAGAUGUUCCUGGUUCUGUUAUUGUGGAAGAAAAGAUGGAGGCACCAGACAUUGACCUUGACAUGGAAUUAAGGAAGAUUGUAAAUGUGAGGGCAGGAGGUUCCUUAAGACUGUUUGUUCCCAUCAGAGGUCGUCCAACACCUGAAGUAAAAUGGGGUAAAAUGGAUGGUGACAUCAGGGAGGCAGCUAUUAUUGAUACCACUAGCAGCUUUACUUCCCUUGUUCUAGACAAUGUUAACAGAUUUGAUACUGGAAAGUAUACUCUGACUUUAGAAAACAGCAGUGGAACAAAGUCUGCCUUUGUCAGUGUAAGAGUACUGGACACCCCAAGUGCACCUGUUAAUUUAAAAAUCAGAGAGGUCACUAAAGACUCUGUUUCACUUUCAUGGGAGCCUCCUCUCUUGGAUGGUGGAGCAAAAAUAAAAAAUUACAUUAUUGAAAAGCGUGAAGCAACAAGAAAGGCAUAUGCAGCUGUUGUAACAAACUGCCACAAGACUUCAUGGAAAGUAGAUCAACUUCAGGAGGGCUGCUAUUACUUCUUUAGAAUCUCUGCUGAGAAUGAAUAUGGAAUUGGCCUCCCUGCGGAAACCAGUGACCCAAUUAAAGUUGCUGAAGUUCCACAGCCUCCUGGGAAAAUAACAGUGGAUGAUGUCACAAGAAACAGUGUCUCACUAAGCUGGGCAAAACCUGAACAUGAUGGUGGCAGCAAAAUCAUACAAUAUGUGGUUGAAAUGCAAGCAAAGGGUAGUGAGAAGUGGUCAGAGUGUGCUCAUGUAAAAACACUUGAAGCAGUUAUUACUAAUCUAACUCAAGGGGAAGAGUACCUUUUUAGAGUAAUGGCUGUAAAUGAAAAGGGUAAGAGUGAUCCUAGAGCACUUGCAGUUCCAGUAGUUGCCAAAGACCUGGUGAUUGAACCUGAUGUAAGACCUGCAUUUUACAGUUAUAGUAUCCAAGUGGGACAAGAUCUGAAAGUAGAGGUACCAAUUGCAGGUCGACCUAAACCAACUGUUACCUGGGUAAAAGAUGGCCAGCCAUUAAGGCAGACAACAAGAGUCAAUGUUAGUGAUUUGACUGAUCUCACUAUAUUGAAUAUUAAAGAAACUAGCAAAGAGGACAGUGGCACUUAUGAAAUCACUGUGGCUAAUGUUGUUGGGCAAAAGUCUGCCUCUGUUGAAAUUAUAACUCUAGACAAACCUGACCCUCCAGUAGGACCUGUGAAGUUUGAUGAAAUAAGUGCAGAAAGUAUUACCCUAUCAUGGAAUCCCCCAGCGUACACAGGUGGCUGUCAAAUCACCAACUACAUUGUUCACAAGAGAGAUACAACAACCACUGUAUGGGAAACAGUUUCUGCUACUGUUGCAAGAACUACACUGAAGGUGACUAAACUGAAAACUGGUUCAGAAUACCAGUUCAGAAUAUUUGCUGAGAACAGGUAUGGGCAGAGCUUUGCAUUGGAAUCUUCUCCAGUUGUAGCACAGUACCCCUACAAGGAACCAGGACCUCCUGGCACACCAUUUGUGACAACAGUUACAAAAGAAUCCAUGGUCGUACAGUGGCAUGAACCAAUAAAUGAUGGAGGCAGUAGAGUGUUGGGCUACCACCUUGAGAGAAAGGAGAAAAACAGCAUUUUAUGGGCUAAAGUGAACAAGACUAUUAUUCAGGACACAAGUUUUAAGACAACUAACCUUGAAGAAGGAAUUGAAUAUGAGUUUCGAGUUUCUGCAGAAAAUAUUGUUGGUGUAGGCAAAACAAGUAAAGUUUCUGAGUGCUAUGUAGCUCGCGACCCAUGUGAUCCUCCAGGUCGCCCAGAAGCUAUAAUAAUAAAAAGAAGCUCUAUUACUCUACAGUGGACCAAACCAGAAUAUGAUGGUGGAAGUAAGAUUACUGGUUAUAUUGUAGAGAAACGUGACUUACCAGAUGGUCGCUGGAUGAAAGCUAGCUUCACAAAUAUCAUUGAAACUCAGUUCACUGUAACAGGGCUUACUGAAGACCAAAGAUACGAAUUUAGAGUAAUUGCAAAGAAUGCUGCAGGUGCAAUAAGCAAACCAUCUGACAGUACAGGACCAAUAGCAGCAAGGGAUGAAGUUGAACUUCCACGAAUUUCAAUGGAUCCAAAGUACAAAGACACAAUUGUUGUAAAUGCUGGUGAAACAUUCAGACUUGAGGCUGAUGUUCACGGAAAGCCACUACCAACCAUUAAGUGGUACAAAGGAGAUAAAGAGCUUGAGGAAACUGCUAGAUAUGAAAUAAAGAACACAGAUUUCAGUGCAUUAAUAAUUGUAAAAGAUGCUAUUAGAGUUGAUGGUGGACAGUACAUUUUAGAAGCCUCUAAUGUUGCAGGAACAAAGACAGUACCAGUAAAUGUAAAAGUCCUGGACAGGCCAGGACCUCCAGAGGGCCCAGUCCAAGUGACAGGAGUUACAGCUGAAAAAUGUUCAUUGGCCUGGGCUCCUCCUCUUCAUGAUGGUGGCAGUGAUAUUUCUCAUUACAUUGUAGAGAAGAGAGAAACUAGUCGCCUAGCAUGGACUGUUGUUGCUUCAGAAGUUUUACCUACAAUGCUGAAAGUAACAAAACUCUUGGAAGGAAAUGAAUAUGUUUUCCGUAUUAUGGCAGUUAACAAAUAUGGGGUUGGUGAGCCAUUAGAAUCUGUGCCAGUAAUGAUGAAAAAUCCAUUUGUGGUUCCUGGACCACCAAAGGCCUUGGAAAUUACCAACAUCACAAAGGAUUCUAUGACUGUCUGCUGGAGCCGGCCAGAUAGUGAUGGAGGUAGUGAAAUUAUAGGCUACAUUGUAGAAAAGAGAGACCGAGCGGGCAUCAGAUGGAUAAAAUGCAAUAAACGACGAAUUACAGAUUUGCGAUUAAGAGUUACAGGAUUAACAGAGGAUCAUGAAUAUGAAUUCAGAGUUUCUGCUGAAAAUGCUGCCGGAGUGGGUGAACCAAGCCAAGUUUCUCCUUACUUUAGAGCUUGUGACCCCAUGUUUAAGCCUGGCCCACCUACAAAUGCCCAUGUUGUGGAUACCACCAAAAGUUCACUUACACUUGGUUGGAGUAAACCUAUUUAUGAUGGUGGUUGUGAAAUCCAGGGAUAUCUUGUAGAAAUCUGUAAAGCAGAUGAAGAUGAAUGGUCACUUGCUACUCCACAGACAGGUGUACGUGCCACUCGAUUUGAAAUCAAACAGCUUGCUGAGCAUCAAGAAUAUAAACUACGAGUGUGUGCCCUCAACAAGGUUGGUGUAGGAGAGGCUGCAUCAGUUCCUGGUACUAUUAAACCAGAAGAUAAACUUGAAGCUCCAGAACUUGAUAUUGAUUCAGAGCUAAGGAAAGGAAUAGUGGUAAGAGCUGGUGGGUCUGCUAGAAUUCACAUACCAUUCCGGGGACGACCAACACCUGACAUCACGUGGUCUCGAGAAGAAGGUGAAUUCACAGAAAAAGUUCAGAUUGAUAAAGGCAUAAACUACACACAACUUUCAAUUGACAACUGUGAUAGAAAUGAUGCUGGAAAGUACAUUCUUAAGUUGGAGAACAGCAGUGGUUCUAAAUCUGCAUUUGUUACAGUAAAAGUCUUGGACACACCAGGACCACCACAAAACUUAGUGGUAAAGGAGAUAAAGAAGGAUUCUGCUGUAUUAUCUUGGGAACCGCCCAUUAUCGAUGGUGGUGCAAAGGUAAAGAACUACGUAAUAGACAAGCGUGAGUCAACCAGGAAGGCAUUUGCAAAUGUGAGUGCUAAGUGUGGCAAGACAAGUUUUAAAGUUGAAAAUCUUACAGAAGGAGCAAUUUAUUACUUCAGAGUUAUGGCUGAAAAUGAAUUUGGAAUUGGUGUUCCAGCUGAAACCACGGAUGCUGUCAAAGCCUCAGAACCACCUCUGCCUCCUGGGAAAGUAACACUCACCGAUGUGACUCAGAGAAGUGCGUCACUUGCAUGGGAAAAACCUGAACAUGAUGGAGGUAGCAGAAUUUUGGGAUACAUUGUUGAAAUGCUGCCUAAAGGAACAGAAAAAUGGAGUGUUGUUAGUGAGACCAAAACAUGCAACGCAGUUGUGUCUGGUUUGAGUCCAGGACAGGAAUAUCAAUUUCAUGUGAUUGCCUACAAUGAAAAAGGCAAAAGCGAUCCCAGAGCACUUGGAAUUCCUGUGAUAGCUAAAGACUUGACAAUUGAGCCAAGUUUCAAACUGAUGUUUAAUACAUACAGUGUACAGGCUGGAGAAGAUCUGAAGGUAGAAGUACCAUUUAUAGGUAGACCCAAACCUACUAUUACUUGGACAAAAGAUGAGCAGCCACUGAAACAGACAACCAGAUUACAUAUUCAGGAUACAUCAACAUCAACUACUUUACAUAUUAAAGAAAGCAACAAGGAAGACUUCGGUAAAUAUACAGUAACAGCAACAAACACAGCUGGUACAGCAACAGAGCACCUGAGCAUAAUUGUACUGGAAAAGCCUGGCCCACCACAAGGACCCGUCCGUUUUGACGAAGUUAGUGCAGACUUUGUUGUUUUAUCAUGGGAUCCACCUAAUUAUGCUGGUGGCUGUCAGAUAAGCAACUAUAUAGUAGAAAAGCGUGACACAAGCACUACCACGUGGAGCAUCGUGUCAGCAACUGUUGCAAGAACAACUAUCAAAGCAACAAAGCUUAAAACUGGUUCUGAAUACCAGUUUAGGAUUUCUGCUGAAAACAGAUAUGGGAAGAGCUCUCCUUUGGAUUCUAAACCAGUCAUUGUGCAAUACCCCUACAAGGUGCCUGGGCCACCUGGAACCCCAUUUGUAACAGCAGCUUCCAAGGACCAUAUGAUCGUACAAUGGCAUGAACCAGUUAAUGAUGGAGGAAGCAAAGUUCUUGGCUACCAUCUUGAACGUAAAGAUAAGAACAGCAUUCUUUGGACAAAACAGAACAAGUCACUCAUUGCAGACACCAAAUAUAAAACAGAUGGCCUUGAAGAAGGUCUUGAAUAUGAGUUCAGAGUUUCUGCUGAAAACAUUGUUGGUAUUGGCAAAGUCAGCAAGGUAUCAGAAUUGUAUGUUGCCCGAGAUCCUUGUGACCCACCUGGCCGCCCAGAGGCCAUUGUUGUUACAAGAAAUAAUAUCACAUUGAAGUGGAAAAAACCAGAAUAUGAUGGUGGAAGCAAAAUAACUGGAUAUAUCAUAGAAAAGAAAGAACUACCAGAUGGUCGCUGGAUGAAAGCCAGCUUUACAAAUGUGUUGGAAACAGAAUUUACAGUAAGCGGUCUUGUUGAAGACCAACGAUAUGAAUUUAGAGUAAUUGCAAGAAAUGCAGCAGGUUGCUUGAGUGAACCAUCUGAAAGUACAGGGCCCAUUACUGCCAGAGAUGAAAUUGAAGCACCAGGGGCUUCACUGGAUCCUAAAUACAAAGAUGUCAUUGUUGUUCAUGCUGGAGAAACCUUUGUUCUUGAAGCUGAUAUCCACGGCAAACCUAUUCCUGACAUUACAUGGUCAAAAGAUGGUAAAGACCUUGAAGAAACAACUGCAAGAACGGAAAUUAAAUCUACCAUUCAGAAAACAACUCUUACUGUCAAAGACUGUAUAAGAGUAGAUGGAGGUCACUAUACUCUUAACCUCAGAAAUGUUGGUGGCACAAAAUCUAUACCAAUCACUGUAAAAGUGCUUGACAGGCCAGGACCUCCGGAAGGACCUUUGAAGGUUACAGGUGUCACUGCAGAAAAAUGCUACUUGGCAUGGGCUCCACCUUUACAUGACGGUGGUUCUAGUAUCUCACAUUAUAUCAUUGAGAAGAGAGAGACAAGCAGGCUUUCAUGGACACAAGUAGCAACAGAUGUGCAGGCUCUUAACCACAAAGUAACCAGACUACUUGCUGGCAAUGAAUACAUUUUCCGUGUAAUGGCAGUGAACAAAUAUGGAACUGGAGAACCCUUGGAAUCUGAGCCAAUUGUGGCUCGUAAUCCAUACAAACCCCCUGGUCCUCCUUCAACACCUGAAGUUUCAGCAAUCACGAAAGAUUCUAUGGUGGUAACAUGGGGUCGCCCAGAAGACAAUGGGGGAGCUGAAAUUGAAGGUUACAUACUUGAAAAACGAGACAAAGAUGGUAUCCGGUGGACCAAAUGCAAUAAGAAAAGUCUGACAGAGUUGCGAUUCAGAGUGACAGGUCUUACAGAUGGGCAUUUCUAUGAAUUUAGAGUUUCUGCUGAAAAUGCUGCAGGGGUAGGGGAACCCAGUGAGCCAUCCAUUUUCUAUCGUGCUUGUGAUGUAUUAUAUCCACCAGGUCCACCAAGCAAUCCAAAGGUUACAGACACAUCCAAGUCAUCAGUUUCCCUUGCCUGGAGUAAGCCCAUUUAUGAUGGCGGUGCUCCGGUUAAGGGAUAUGUAGUAGAAGUAAAAGAAGCUGCUGCUGACGAAUGGACUACCUGCACCCCACCAACAGGUCUACAAGCAAAACAGUUCACUGUAACAAAACUUAAAGAGAACCAGCAGUAUAACUUCCGCAUCUGUGCCAUCAACUCAGAAGGAGUAGGAGAACCUGCUACUAUACCUGGUACAGUCAUAGCAGCAGACAAGAUUGAACCUCCUGAAAUUGAACUUGAUGCAGAUCUCAGAAAAGUAGUCACUGUACGUGCUAGUGGUACAUUACGCCUGUUUGUCACCAUCAGAGGAAGACCAGAACCUGAAGUUAAAUGGGAGAAAGCAGAAGGAAUAAUUAGUGAGCGAGCUCAGAUUGAAGUCACCAGUUCCUAUACAAUGCUGGUCAUUGACAAUGUAAAUAGAUUUGAUAGUGGUAGAUACAAUCUUACUUUAGAGAACAACAGUGGCAAAAAAUCAGCCUUUGUUAACGUCAGAGUGCUUGAUACACCUAGUGCACCUAUAAACCUGACAAUCAGAGAAGUGAAGAAAGAUUUUGUAACAUUAGCCUGGGAACCGCCACUUAUUGAUGGUGGAGCUAAAAUUACCAACUAUGUAGUUGAAAAGCGAGAAUCCACAAGAAAGGCAUAUGCCACAAUUACAAACAACUGCACUAAGAAUUCCUUCAAAAUUACUCAACUGCAAGAAGGAUGUAGUUAUUACUUCCGUGUUCUAGCUGUAAAUGAAUAUGGGGUUGGCUUACCAGCAGAAACACCAGACCCAAUUAAGGUUUCUGAACCACCUGCUCCACCUGCAAAGGUUGUUCUUGUUGAUGUGACUCGCAACUCUGCUUCAAUUAAAUGGGAAAAGCCAGAGAGUGAUGGUGGUAGUAAAAUUACUGGUUAUAUAGUAGAAAUGCAAACUAAAGGAAGUAUAAAAUGGAGUGCAUGUACACAGGUGAAAACAUUAGAAGCAACAGUAACAGGCUUAAGUAUGGGAGAAGAGUACAGUUUCAGAGUAAUUGCUGUUAAUGAAAAAGGAAAAAGUGAUCCAAGAGAACUUGGUGUCCCAGUCAUUGCAAAAGAUAUUGAAAUCCAGCCAUCUGCUGAGCUCCUUUUCAACACAUUCACUGUGAAAGCUGGAGAUGAUCUUAAGAUUGAUGUGCCAUUCAGAGGGCGACCUCUUCCAACUGUUAGCUGGAAGAAGGAUGGGAAUCCCUUAAAAGAGACAACCAGGGUAAAUGUUCAGACAUCAAAGACUUCAACUUCACUGUCCAUCAAGGAAGCUUCAAAUGAAGAUUUGGGACAUUAUGAAUUACACCUUUCAAAUACUGCUGGAUCAACAACAGCUUCAUUAACUGUAGUUGUCCUUGACAGACCAGGACCACCAACUGAUGUGCAUAUUGAUGAAGUUAGUGCUGAUAGUGUAACUCUGUCUUGGAAACCUCCAGCAUAUGAUGGUGGGUGUCAUAUUAGCAAUUACAUUGUGGAGAAGCGAGAAACUACCACAACAACAUGGGAUGUAGUAUCUGCAGCAGUUGCAAGAACAUCAGUUAAAGUAUCUCGACUCACCACUGGCUCUGAAUAUCAGUUCCGUAUUUGUGCAGAAAACCGUUAUGGGAAAAGCACUUACACUAAUUCUCCUUCUGUUGUGGCAGAGUAUCCAUUUAAGCCUCCAGGACCACCUGGAACUCCUCAUGUGGCACAUGCAACUAAAGUUUUCAUGAUUGUAACUUGGCAGGUACCAGUUAAUGAUGGAGGUAGCAGAGUACUAGGAUAUCACUUGGAACGUAAAGAAAGAAGCAGCAUUCUUUGGACAAAAGUCAACAAGAGCCUUAUACCUGAUACGCAAAUGAAAGUUACAGGGCUUGAUGAAGGACUGCUGUAUGAAUAUCGUGUGUAUGCUGAAAAUAUUGCCGGAAUAGGCAAAUGCAGUAAAUCAUGUGAACCAGUUGCUGCAAGAGAUCCAUGUGAUCCUCCUGGUCAGCCAGAAGUUACUAAUAUUACAAGAACAUGUGUCUCACUGAAAUGGACUAAACCAGAAUAUGAUGGUGGAGCUAAAGUAACAGGAUAUAUUAUUGAACGCAGAGAGAUACCAGACGGUCGUUGGCUAAAGUGUAAUUUUACUAAUGUGCAAGAAACAUACUUUGACGUAGGUGGACUUACAGAAGACCAGCGAUAUGAAUUCCGUGUGAUUGCAAAGAACGCUGCUGGACUCUUCAGUCAGCCAUCUGAAUCAACUGGACCUGUGACUGUAAAAGAUGAUGUAGAGGCUCCAAGAAUUAUGAUGGAUGCCAAAUUCAGGGAUGUUGUAGUUGUGAAGGCUGGAGAAGUGUUUAAAGUCAAUGCUGAUAUUGCAGGACGGCCAAUACCAGUGAUUUCAUGGACAAAGGAUGGCAAGGAGCUUGAAGGAAAAGCUAGAGUUGAAAUAGCCUCAACAGAUCACACUACUGCAAUAACAAUUAAGGACUGUAUCCGAGGUGAUUCAGGACAGUAUGUGCUAACAUUACAAAACGUUGCAGGAACAAGAUCUUUGGCAAUUAAUUGCAAAGUACUUGAUAGACCUGGCCCACCUGCAGGCCCAUUAGAAAUAAAUGGCCUUACUGCUGAAAAGUGUCAUUUAUCAUGGGGACCCCCUCAAGAAAAUGGUGGUGCAGAUAUUGAUUAUUAUAUUGUAGAAAAGCGUGAGACCAGCAGAAUUGCAUGGACACUUUGUGAAGGAGAGCUUAGAACAACAUCCUGUAAAGUGACAAAACUACUGAAGGGUAAUGAGUAUAUUUUCAGAGUGAUGGGAGUUAACAAAUAUGGUGUUGGUGAGCCUCUAGAAAGUGUUGCUGUCAAAGCUCUAGACCCAUUUACAGUUCCAAGUCCACCUACAUCUUUAGAGAUCACCAGUGUGAGCAAAGAUUCAAUAACUCUGUGCUGGGCAAGACCUGAAUCUGAUGGAGGCAAUGAGAUCUCUGGCUAUGUAAUUGAAAGGCGUGAGAAAACUAGCCUAAGAUGGAUUCGUGUAAACAAAAAGCCAGUUUAUGAUUUAAGAGUGAAAUCAUCUGGUCUCCGUGAAGGAUGUGAAUAUGAAUUCCGGGUUUAUGCAGAAAAUGCUGCUGGCCUCAGUCUUCCGAGCGAAACCACACCAUUGAUUCGAGCAGAAGAUCCAAUCUUCUUGCCAUCUCCCCCAUCUAAACCUAAGAUUAUGGAUUCUACAAGGUCAAAUAUCACAAUUGGGUGGACAAAGCCACUGUUUGAUGGAGGUGCUCAAGUAACGGGGUACACAGUUGAAUACAAAAAAACUGAUGAAACUGACUGGACAACUGCUAUUCAGAACUUAAGAGGCACAGAAUACACCAUAACUGGAUUAGUGUCAGGCUCUGAGUACGUCUUUAGAGUGAAAUCCAUUAACAAAAUUGGUGUCAGUGAGCCAAGUGAUGUCUCAGAACCUCAAGUGGCAAAAGAAAGAGAAGAAGAACCUGCCUUUGAUAUUGACAGUGAAAUGCGGAAGACUUUAAUCGUAAAGGCUGGUGGAUCAUUCACAAUGACUGUUCCUUUCAGAGGCAAACCAGUCCCAAAUGUAACGUGGAACAAAGCAGACACUGAUCUCCGUACACGAGCAAGCAUUGAUACUUCACAUAAUUGCACAUCUCUUACUAUUGAAAAAGCAACAAGAAACGAUUCUGGAAAAUACACAUUAACAUUGCAAAACAUCUUGAACACUGCUACCCUGACUUUAAUUGUCAAAGUUCUUGAUACUCCUGGCCCACCAUCUAAUAUUGCAGCGAAAGAUGUAACUAAAGAAUCUGUUGUGUUAUCCUGGGAUGUUCCUGAAAAUGAUGGUGGAGCACCUGUAAAGAACUAUGUUAUUGAAAAACGAGAAGCUAGCAAAAAAGCGUGGGUCACUGUGACAAACAAUUGCCAUCGCCUGUCCUACAAAGUGACUGGCUUGCAAGAAGGUGCCAUUUACUACUUCCGGGUUUCUGGAGAAAAUGAGUAUGGUGUUGGAGUGCCUUCUGAGACCAAGGAGGGAACAAAAAUAACAGAAAAACCCAGCCCACCAGAAAAACUUGGAGUAACAAAUGUCACAAAGGACAGUGUUUCUCUUUCAUGGCUAAAACCAGAACAUGAUGGUGGAAGCAGAAUUUUGAGCUACCUCGUUGAAGCUCUUGAGAAAGGACAGCAAAAAUGGGUUAAGUGUGCAGUCGUAAAGACAACUCAUCAUGUUGUCCAUGGUCUUAAGGAGAAUGUUGACUAUUUCUUCAGGGUGUCUGCAGAAAACCAAGCUGGUUUAAGUGAUCCUAAGGAAUUACUGCUCCCUGUUACAGUUAAAGAACAAUUAGAAUCUCCUGAGGUUGACAUGAAGGGCUUCCCUCAUAACACUGUAUACAUUCGAGCGGGAUCAAACCUGAAAGUUGAAAUUCCAGUUUCUGGAAAACCAGUGCCAAAGGUGACAUUGUCUAGAGACGGUGUUCCACUGAAACCUACCAUGAGAUUUCACACAGAAACCACUGCAGAAAGUCUCAUCAUUAAUCUUAAAGAAAGUGUGGCUGCUGACGCUGGCAGAUAUGACAUUACUGCUGCCAACUCAAGUGGCACCACAAAAUCAUUUGUAAAUAUUGUUGUGCUGGAUAGACCAGGUCCUCCUGUUGGUCCUGUUGUCCUUAGUGAAAUCACCGAAGAGACUGUAACACUCAGAUGGCAGCCACCAGCUUAUGAUGGUGGAAGUCAAGUUACCAACUAUAUUGUACUGAAAAGAGAAACAAGUACUGCUGCUUGGUCCGAAGUGUCUGCAACCGUUGCUAGAACUGUUAUCAAAGUUAUGAAGCUCACAACAGGAGAAGAAUACCAAUUCCGCAUCAAAGCUGAGAACCGCUUUGGCAUCAGCGAUCACAUAGACUCACAAUGUGUGGUUGUCAAGCUUCCUUACACUACCCCUGGUCCUCCUUCCACACCAUGGAUCAUGAAUGUCACUCGAGAGAGUAUUACUGUUGGAUGGCAUGAACCAGUCACUAAUGGUGGCAGUGCAGUCAUUGGAUACCACCUGGAAAUGAAAGACAGGAAUAGCAUAUUAUGGCAGAAGGCUAACAAGACCGUCAUUCGCACAACUCAUUUCAAAGUCACCACUAUCAGCGCUGGCCUUAUCUAUGAAUUUAGAGUUUAUGCAGAAAAUGCAGCUGGCAUUGGAAAAGCAAGUCAUCCUUCUGAUCCAGUCCUUGCAAUUGAUGCUUGUGAACCACCAAGAAACGUUCGUGUCUCAGAUAUUUCCAAGACUGCAAUCACUCUGUCAUGGCAGAAGCCAGCAUUUGAUGGUGGUAGCAAGAUCACUGGAUACAUCGUAGAAAAACGUGAUCUUCCGGAUGGCAGAUGGACAAAAGCUAGCUUCACCAAUGUUAUUGAGACUCAGUUCACAGUAUCUGGUCUGACACAAAAUUCCCGGUAUGAAUUCCGGGUCUUUGCUAAGAAUGCCGUUGGUUCCAUUAGUAAUCCCUCAGAUGUUGUGGGUCCUAUCACAUGUGUUGAUACGUAUGGUGCACCUGAAAUCGAUGUGCCACCAGAAUAUACAGAAGUGGUGAAAUAUAAAGCAGGAUCUUCAGUUAAGCUAAAACUAGGCAUCUCAGGCAAGCCUAUACCCACAAUUGAGUGGCUCAAAAAUGGCAACGAGGUACAAACCAGUGCACUAAUGUCUGUUGAAAACACAACAGAAUUUGCCUCUAUACUCAUCAAGGAUGCAACUCGACUUAACAGUGGCACCUAUGAAUUAAAAUUGAAGAACGCCAUGGGUUCAGCAUCAGCCCAUGUUAGAGUACAGAUACUUGACAAGCCAGGACCCCCAAGUGGACCUAUACAAUUUAAGACAGUCACUGCUGAAAAGAUUACAAUAAUGUGGGACCCACCAGCAGAUGAUGGUGGUGCACCUGUAACACACUAUGUUGUUGAAAAGCGGGAGACAAGUCGGGUUGUAUGGUCGUUAAUUUCUGAAAAACUGGAGGGAUGUAUCAUAACUACAACAAAACUCAUCAAAGGAAAUGAAUAUGUGUUCCGUGUCCGUGGUGUGAACAAGUUUGGAGUUGGUGAUUCACUGGAGUCCGAACCUGUUAUAGCCAAAAAUUCAUUUGUUACACCUGGACCACCUAGUGUACCAGAAGUCACAAUGAUAACCAAGAAUUCUAUGACUGUUGUCUGGAAUAGGCCCACUGUUGAUGGAGGCAGUGAAAUAUCAGGAUAUUUUCUUGAGAAGCGUGACAAGAAGAGUCUGAGUUGGUUCAAGGUUACUAAAGAAACCAUUCGGGACACCAGACAGAAAGUAACUGGUCUGACUGAAAACAGCGAAUAUCAUUUCCGAGUUUGUGCUGUCAAUGCAGCUGGACAAGGUCCGUUCUCUGAAGCUUCUGACUUCUACAAAGCCGCAGAUCCUGUUGAUAAACCAGGCUCGCCAACAAAACUGAAGGUUGUGGAUACAACCAAGACAUCUGUCACCCUUGGCUGGAUUAAACCUGCUUAUGAUGGAGGAAGUCCAAUUACCAACUAUGUGGUGGAGAAAAGGGAAGGUGAAGAGCAAGAAUGGACUGUAGUCAGUACUAAGGGAGAAGUGAGAACAACUGAGUAUGUUGUAUCCCACCUUCAGCCAAGUGUUAAUUAUUAUUUCCGCGUGUCUGCUAUAAAUUGUGCUGGACAAGGAGAGCCUAUUGAAAUGACGGAACCCAUUCAAGCUAAAGAUGUUCUUGUGGCACCAGAGAUUGAUCUGGAUGUUGCUCUCCGGACCUCUAUUGUUGCUAAAGCAGGUGAAGAUGUGCAAAUAAUGAUUCCAUUCAAAGGAAGACCUCCUCCAACAGUCACAUGGAGAAAGGGUGACAAGAACCUUGGGAUUGAUGAAAGAUAUAUCAUCCAGAACACAGAAUCAUCUACACUACUUACUAUUCCUCAAGUUACCCGAAAUGAUACAGGAAAAUACAUUCUUACAAUUGAAAAUGGAGUUGGAGAAACAAAGUCAUCAUUUGUGAAUGUAAAAGUACUUGACACGCCAUCUGCCUGCCAGAAGCUGCAGCUUAAGCAUGUUUCUCGUGGCACAGUUACACUGGUAUGGGAGCCACCUCUCAUUAAUGGUGGUUCUGAAAUAACAAAUUAUGUUGUUGAAAAAAGAGAUGCUACAAAGAGGGCCUGGUCAACUGUAACAACAAAGUGUUCUCAUACCACCUUUAAGCUAACUAACCUGUCAGAGAAGACUGCAUUCUUCUUCCGUGUUCUUGCUGAAAAUGAAAUUGGACUGGGUGAACCUUGUGAGACAUCUGAACCAGUGAAAGCUGCGGACAUACCUGCACCUGUGAAAGACCUAGCCAUGAAAGAUUCUACAAAGACUUCUGUUAAAUUACAGUGGAGCAAACCUGACUAUGAUGGUGGUAGCAUUAUAUCAGACUAUGUUAUUGAAAAGAAACUGCAGGAAGAAAAAGAAUGGACAUAUGCAGGCACAAGCAAGAGCUGUGAAUUUGAAGUUGAAAAACUUAAAGAGCUUUCUGUCAUGGAAUUCAGAGUCUUUGCUAAAAAUGAGAAAGGCAUGAGUGACGGUGUUACUGUUGGACCCAUUACAGUGAAAGAACAUAUAAUAACACCUGAAGCUGACCUUUCUGAUAUUCCUGGAGGUCAAAUUGCAGUAAGAAUUGGACAUAACCUGCACAUAGAAUUGCCCUAUAAAGGUAAACCUAAGCCAUCAAUGAGCUGGCUCAAAGACAACCUUCCUCUUAAAGAAACUGAACAUCUUCGUUUCAAGAAAACUGAAAACAAGAUAAGCUUAAGCAUCAAGAACGUGAAAAAGGAGCAUGGUGGCAAAUAUACUUUAAUUCUUGAUAAUGUAGUUUGCAGAAAAACAUUCACAAUCACUGUCAUCACUCUUGGCCCUCCAUCUAAGCCAAAAGGACCUUUAAGACUAGAUGAAAUCAAGGCAGAUAGUGUAGUUUUGUCAUGGGAAUCUCCUGAAGAUGAUGGGGGAGGAGAAAUUACUGGCUACAGUAUCGAGAAGAGAGAAACUUCACAAAUGAACUGGAAGCUGGUGUGUUCGAGUGCCUCCAGAACAACUUUCAGAGUACCAAACCUUGUUAAAGACACUGAAUAUCAGUUUAGAGUUCGUGCGGAAAACAGAUAUGGAGUGAGCCCACCUCUUGUCUCAGCAGAUGUUGUGGCAAAGCAUCAGUUUAGACCACCAGGUGCCCCGGGCAAGCCUGUUGUAUACAACAUAACUGCUGAUGGAAUGACCAUAUCUUGGGAUGCUCCCGUUUAUGAUGGUGGUUCAGAGAUUAUUGGAUACCACGUUGAAAAGAAGGAAAGAAACAGUAUUUUGUGGCAGAAGGUUAAUGUUGCAUUAAUAUCUAACAGAGAAUACAGGAUUACCGGACUGCUUGAGGGCCUGGAAUACCAGUUCCAAGUAUAUGCUGAAAACACUGCAGGUCUAAGCCGAGCUAGCGAGCCGAGCAAAUUCACUUUGGCAGUCUCUCCAGUGGACCCACCUGGUACUCCUGAUUACAUUGAUGUCACCAGGGAAACAGUCACCCUUAAAUGGACACCCCCGCUGCGUGAUGGAGGCAGUAAGAUUGUGGCCUACAGCAUUGAGAAACGGCAAGGAAGUGAAGACCGUUGGCUCAGAUGUAACUUUACUGAUGUCAGUGAAUGCCAAUAUACAGUUACAGGACUCAGUUCAGGCGACCGAUAUGAAUUCAGAGUGCUUGCAAGAAAUGCUGUUGGUACAAUCAGCCCACCUUCACAAUCUUCAGGCUAUAUCAUGACCAGAGAUGAAAACAUUGCUCCAACAAUUGAAUUUGGCCCUGAGCACUUUGAAGGCCUUAAUGUUAAAGCUGGAGAAAGCAUUAGACUGAAAGCUCUAAUCAAAGGACGUCCAGUACCUAAAGUGACAUGGUUUAAGGAUGGUAAGGAGAUUGAGAAAAUAAUGAAUAUAGAAAUAACUACAGCUAUUGGAUACAGUACAAUCUUCAUUAGAGAUGCUACCCGGGAUCAUCGUGGAGUGUACACAGUAGAAGCCAAAAAUGCAUCAGGCACUAAACGAGAAGAUAUUACUUUCAGAGUACAAGACACACCAGGAAAAGUUGGUGGACCUAUACGAUUCACAAACAUUACUGGAGAAAAAGUCACAUUAUGGUGGGAGCCUCCGGCUAACGAUGGUUGUGCUUCUAUUUCCCACUACAUAAUUGAAAAACGUGAAACCAGCAGGAUUGCUUGGGCAUUAGUUGAAGAUAAAUGUGAAGCUUGCAGCUACACUGCACUUAAAUUAAUUAAGGGCAAUGAGUACCAGUUCCGUGUCUCUGCAGUGAACAAAUUUGGAGUUGGCAGACCAUUGGAGUCUGAUCCAGUUACUGCACAAAUACCUUACACUCUCCCUGAUGCACCAGGAACUCCAGAGCCUACCAAUGUAACAGGAGACAGUAUCACACUCACAUGGGCAAGACCAAAAUCAGAUGGCGGAAGCGAGAUAAAUGAGUAUAUUCUAGAAAGGAGAGAAAAGAAGAGUAUGCGCUGGGUUAAAGUAUCCAGUAAGAGGCCCAUUAUUGAGAACAGAUACAGAGUAACGGGCCUUAUUGAAGGCAAUGAGUAUGAAUUCCAUGUCAUGGCUGAAAACGCUGCAGGAGUUGGACCUCCAAGUGACGUUUCAAAGCUGAUUAAAUGUAGAGAACCAGUCAGCCCACCAAGUGCUCCUAAUGUUGUAAAGGUGACAGAUACAUCAAAGACUAGUGUAAGCUUAGAGUGGACCAAGCCAGUUUUUGAUGGAGGCAUGGAAAUAAUUGGGUACAUCAUUGAGAUGUGCAAAGCUGAUCUCGAAGCAUGGCAGAAAGUCAAUGCAGAGACUGUUCUUGCUACUAAAUAUACCGUUGUUGAUUUGGAGGCAGGAGAACACUAUAAAUUCAGAGUUAGUGCUGUCAAUGGUGCUGGCAAAGGAGAAAGUUGCGAAGUUCCUGCUUCAGUCCAAACCGUGGACAGGCUUUCUGCACCUGAAAUUGAUAUUGAUGCAAACUUCAAGCAGACUCAUAUUGUAAGAGCAGGUGCAAGCAUUCGUCUAUUUAUUGCCUUCUCUGGAAGACCUGUUCCUACUGCUGUGUGGUCCAAAGCAGAUGCUAAUCUUAGCUUGCGUGCUGACAUUCAAACAACUGAUUCAUUCAGCACGUUGACUGUGGAGGAAUGCAAUAGAAAUGAUGCUGGCAAGUAUGUCUUUACUGUGGAAAACAACAGUGGGAGUAAGGCUAUCACAUUUACUGUCAAGGUUUUAGACACGCCUGGUCCACCUGGUCCUAUUACAUUUAAAGAUGUUACUCGAGGAUCUAUUACUUUAAUGUGGGAUGCUCCUGUUCUGGAUGGAGGUUCACGUAUCCAUCACUACAUUGUGGAAAAACGGGAAGCAAGCCGUCGUAGCUGGCAAGUGGUGAGUUCAAAAUGCACUCGACAAAUCUUUAAGGUCACUGAUCUGGCAGAAGGUGUGCCGUAUUACUACCGAGUGUCAGCAGAAAAUGAAUAUGGUGUAGGUGAACCCUGUGAAUUAACAGAACCAGUUGUAGCCACGGAAGAACCUGCUCCACCUAAGAGACUAGAUAUUGUUGACACAACUAAAUCUUCUGUAGUUUUAGCUUGGCUUAAACCUGAUCAUGAUGGUGGUAGCCGUGUUACCGGAUACCUUCUUGAAAUGAAACAAAAAGGAUCUGACUCCUGGAUUGAAGCUGGACAAACCAAACAACUUACUUUCACUGUAGAAGGCCUUGUGGAGAACACUGAAUAUGAGUUCCGGGUCAAGGCAAAGAAUGAUGCUGGCUACAGUGAGCCAAGAGAAGCUUUCUCUUCUGUUAUCAUUAAGGAGCCACAGAUUGAACCAACAGCAGAUCUCAGUGAAAUAAGCAGACAGCUCAUAACAUGCAAGGCUGGAAGCACCUUUACUAUUGAUAUACCAAUUAGUGGGCGCCCAGCUCCAAAAGUGACAUGGAAACUUGAGGAGAUGAGGCUGAAGGAAACUGAGAGAGUGACCAUCAAGACAACAAAAGACAGAACCACACUGACUGUAAAGGACAGUAUGAGAGGUGACUCUGGUAAAUACUACCUCACACUUGAAAACUCUGCUGGUGUGAAAACAUUUACUGUCACAGUUGUAGUCAUAGGAAGGCCAGGUCCUGUCACUGGCCCAAUUGAAAUAUCAUCUGUCUCUGCUGAAUCCUGUGUGUUGACCUGGAAAGAACCUGAAGAUGAUGGUGGCAGUGACAUUACAAACUACAUUGUAGAGAAACGUGAAUCUGGCACAACAGCAUGGCAGCUGGUAAAUUCCAGUGUGAAACGUACACAGAUCACAGUCACUCGUCUCACAAAAUACCAGGAGUACAGUUUCCGAGUAAGCUCAGAAAACAGAUUUGGUGUCAGCAAACCUACUGAAUCAAAAACAAUUGUUGCUGAGCAUCCAUUCGUCCCACCAAGCCCACCUUCAAGGCCAGAAGUCUAUUCUGUGUCUGCAACUGCCAUGGCCAUUCGCUGGGAGGAACCCUAUCAUGACGGUGGCAGCAAAGUCAUUGGAUAUUGGGUUGAAAAGAAGGAGCGCAACACUAUCCUUUGGGUGAAGGAAAACAAAGUGCCAUGCUGUGAAUGCAGCUACAAAGUCAUGGGAUUGGUGGAAGGCCUAGAAUAUCAAUUCAGAACCUAUGCUCUAAAUGCUGCAGGUGUUAGCAAAGCUAGUGAAGCUUCCAGACCUGUAGUGGCUCAAAAUCCAGUUGAUCCACCAGGAAGACCAGAAGUAACAGAUGUCACCAGAUCUACAGUGUCACUGAGCUGGUCAGCACCCCUUUAUGAUGGUGGAAGUAAAAUUAUUGGAUAUAUUAUAGAGCGCAAACCAUAUAAUGAAUCUGGUGACGGACGCUGGCUGAAAUGCAAUUAUACCAUUGUCUCAGAAAACUUUUUUACUGUGACAGCUCUUAGUGAAGAUGAAGCAUACGAAUUCCGUGUACUAGCAAAGAAUGCUGCUGGUGUGAUUAGCAAAGGAUCUGAAUCGACUGGUGCUGUCAUUUGCAAAGAUGAAUACUCACCACCAAAAGCUGAACUCGAUGCCAGACUGCAGGGAGAAAUUGUGACAAUUAGGGCUGGAUCGGAUCUUGUUCUCGAUGCGGCUGUUGGUGGGAAACCAGAACCAAAAGUCUUCUGGUCCAAAGGUGAAAGGGAAUUGGAUCUAUGUGAAAAGAUAUCUCUGCAAUACACCAGCAAACGAGCCAUUGCAAUUAUCAAGUUCUGUGACAGAAGUGAUAGUGGAAAAUAUACUCUAACAGUUAAAAAUGCCAGUGGGAUGAAACAAAUUUCUGUUCUUGUCAAAGUGCUUGAUUCACCAGGUCCAUGUGCAGGCAAAAUCACUGUUAGCAGAGUAACGGAAGAGAAAUGUACUCUGGCAUGGAACAUUCCUGAGGAAGAUGGAGGUGCACAAAUCACUCACUAUAUCAUAGAAAGGCGUGAAACCAGCAGGCUUCACUGGGUUAUUGUUGAGGCUGAAUGCCAGACUUUAUCAUGUGUGGUAACAAAACUUAUUAAAAAUAACGAAUACAUCUUCCGUGUGAGAGCUGUCAACAAAUACGGACCAGGUGUUCCACUUGAAACAGAACCUGUGAUUGCCAGGAAUGCUUUCACGAUCCCAACACAGCCUGGUGCUCCUGAAGAAGUGAGUGUCGGCAAGGAACAUAUCAUUAUUCAAUGGACAAAACCAGAAUCAGAUGGUGGCAGUGAGAUUAAAGACUAUCUUGUGGACAAACGUGAAAGGAAAAGUCUGCGCUGGACACGAGUGAACAGAGAUUACACUGUUUAUGAUACCAGACUGAAAGUCACUGGUCUCAUGGAAGGCAGCCAGUACCAGUUCCGUGUCACUGCAGUGAAUGCUGCUGGGAACAGUGAGCCUAGUGAAGCUUCACAAUACAUGUUAUGUAAAGAACCAUCAUAUACUCCUGCACCACCUUCAGCUCCAAGAGUUGUGGAUACCACUAAGCACAGUAUAAGUUUAGCAUGGUCAAAGCCCACAUAUGAUGGUGGUGCUGACAUCUUAGGUUAUGUUCUCGAAAUGAAAGAAGAAGGUGCUGAACAGUGGUAUCGACCACAUACAACUGCCACUCUGAGGAAUGCAGAGUUCACCGUGACUAGUCUUAAAACAACCCAGAAAUACCAAUUCAGAGUUGCUGCUACAAAUGUGAAUGGUAUGAGUGAAUUUAGUGAAUCAUCAGCAGAAAUAGAACCUGUGGAAAGAAUAGAAAUGCCUGAGCUUGAGCUUGCUGAUGAUCUGAAGAAGACAGUUACAGUCAGAGCUGGUGGUUCCCUGCGCCUAAUGGUCUCUGUAUCUGGCAGACCUGCUCCUGUGAUCACAUGGAGCAAGCAGGGUGUUGACCUUGUAAGUCGAGCGAUUAUUGAUACUACAGACAGCUACACUCUGCUUAUUGUGGAUAAAGUUAAUCGGUACGAUGCUGGAAAAUACGUCAUUGAGGCUGAAAAUCAAUCAGGAAAAAAAUCUGCAACUAUUUCUGUAAAAGUGUAUGAUACACCUGGUCCACCAGCUGCAGUGAGAAUUAAGGAAGUAUCAAAAGAUUCUGUGACACUUACUUGGGAUAUUCCAACCAUUGACGGUGGAGCCCCAGUCAACAAUUAUAUAAUUGAGAAACGUGAAGCUUCCAUGAGAGCUUACAAGACUGUCACUACCAAAUGCAGCAAGACAUUUUAUAGAAUUACUGGACUUCUAGAAGGAGCUUUGUAUUAUUUCAGAGUACUACCAGAAAAUAUUUACGGCAUUGGUGAAGCUUGUGAAACAUCAGAUGCAGUAUUAGUAUCUGAUGUCCCCAUGGUACCACAAAAACUCGAAGUGAUUGACACCACGAAAUCAACUGUUACUCUUGCAUGGGAGAAACCACCACAUGAUGGUGGCAGCAGAUUGACUGGCUAUGUUAUCGAGGCCAGCAAAGCUGGAACAGAAAGAUGGUUGAAGGUAGUGACACUGAAGCCUACCGUUUACGAGCAUACAAUUAUCUCUCUCAAUGAAGGUGAACAGUACUUGUUCAGGGUCAGAGCACAGAAUCAGAAGGGCGUGUCAGAACCACGAGAGAUUGUCACAGCAGUGACAGUACAAGACCAAAAAGUUCUACCAACAAUUGACUUCACUGGAAUACCUCAGAAGACAAUUCACGUACCUGCUGGCAAGCCCAUUGAGUUAGCUAUUCCAAUUGAAGGACGACCACCUCCAGCUGCAUCUUGGUUCUUUGCUGGUUCUAAACUAAAAGAAUCAGAACGCAUCAAAAUGGAGACUGUUGCCAAAAUGGCUAAAUUAACUGUGCGUGAGACCACCAUACAUGACACUGGAGAGUAUACGCUUGAACUGAAGAACUCAACUGGAACAGUUACUGAUACAAUAAAGGUUAUAAUCCUUGACAAACCUGGACCACCUGUUGGACCUAUCCGAAUUGAUGAAAUUGAUUCAAAUUAUGUAACCAUCUCCUGGGACCCACCUGAGCUGGAUGGUGGAGCUACCCUUAGCGGCUAUGUGGUAGAACAGCGCGAUGCUCACCGUCCUGGAUGGCUGCCAGUUUCAGAGUCAGUAACCAGGACAAUGUUUAAGUUCACCAGGCUUGUUGAAGGUGCAGAAUACGUGUUCCGUGUGGCUGCUACAAACCGCUUUGGAAUCGGAUCUUACCUGCAGUCUGAAAUUAUAGAAUGCAAGAGCAGAAUCCGUAUUCCUGGUCCUCCUGGCACUCCAGAAGUGUUUGACAUCUCUCGAGAUGGUAUGACAUUAACUUGGUAUCCUCCAGAAGAUGAUGGUGACUCACAGAUUACUGGUUAUAUUGUGGAACGCAAAGAAGUUAGAGCAGAUAGAUGGAUCCGUGUAAAUAAAGUUCCAGUCACUAUGACUCGUUACCGUUCCACUGGGUUGGUUGAAGGAUUAGAAUAUGAACACCGAGUCACAGCAAUCAAUGCCAGAGGCACUGGGAAACCCAGCCGUCCUUCUAAGCCUGCUGUCGCCAGGGAUCCAAUUGCUCCUCCAGGUAAACCUCAGAACCCAAGAGUCACUGAUACUACAAGAACAUCUGUCUCCCUGGCUUGGAGUCCACCAGAAGAUGAAGGUGGUUCUAAAGUUACUGGCUACUUAAUUGAGAUGCAGAAGGUUGAUCAAUUUGAAUGGACCAAAUGCAAUACCACGCCAACUAAGAUUCGUGAAUACACCUUGACACAUCUCCCCCAGGGCGCAGAGUACAGAUUCCGUGUGCUAGCUUGUAAUGCUGGUGGGCCAGGAGAACCUGCUGAAGUGCCAGGAACAGUCAAAAUCACAGAAAUGCUUGAAUAUCCUGACUAUGAACUUGAUGAAAAAUACCAGGAAGGUCUCAUGGUGAGACAAGGAGGAGUUAUCAGGCUUACAAUACCCAUUAAGGGUAAGCCCAUCCCAAUAUGCAAAUGGACGAAAGAAGGUCAUGACAUCAGCAAGAGGGCCAUGAUUGCGACUUCUGACACUCACACAGAACUUGUGAUCAAAGAUGCAGAAAGAGAAGAUUCAGGCACCUAUGAUUUGGCACUUGAAAACAAGUGUGGCAAAAAAGCCGUGUAUAUUAAAGUCAGAGUGAUUGGCAUUCCAAAUCCACCAGAAGGGCCACUUGAGUAUGAUGAUAUACAAGCUCGUUCUGUCAGAGUAAGCUGGAGACCUCCUACAGAUGACGGUGGUGCAGAUAUCCUAGGUUAUAUUGUUGAGAGACGAGAAGUACCGAAGACUGCCUGGUACACUGUUGACUCUAGAGUGAAAGGGACAUCACUAGUGGUGAAAGGGCUCAAAGAAAAUGUGGAAUAUCACUUCCGUGUUUCUGCUGAAAACCAUUUCGGUAUUAGCAAAUCUCUCAAAUCUGAAGAACCAGCAGUACCAAAGACACCUCUAAAUCCUCCAGAACCUCCAAACAACCCACCUGAAGUGCUUGAUGUUACAAAGAGUUCUGUCAACUUGUCCUGGUCCAGACCUAAAGAUGACGGUGGUUCUCGUGUAACUGGCUACUACAUUGAACGUAAAGAGACAUCUACAGAAAAAUGGGUCCGGCAUAAUAAGACACAGAUUACCACUACAAUGUACACAGUCACAGGACUUGUUCCAGAUGCUGAAUAUCAAUUCCGUAUCAUUGCUCAAAAUGACAUUGGUGAAAGUGAAGCAAGUCCUGCUUCUGAACCAGUUGUAUGCAAGGAUCCAUUUGACAAACCAAGCCAACCUGGAGAAAUUGAGAUCACUUCUAUAUUUAAGGACAGCAUUACGUUAGAAUGGGAACGACCUGAAAGCGAUGGUGGCAAAGAAAUCCUUGGCUAUUGGGUUGAAUAUCGCCAGUCUGGAGAAAGCACCUGGAAAAAAUGCAAUAAAGAACGCAUCAAGGACAGGCAGUUUACCGCAGGAGGUUUACUAGAGGCUACAGAAUACGAGUUCCGUGUUUUUGCAGAAAAUCAGACUGGCCUCAGCAGACCUCGAAGGACUGCUAUGGCAGUGAAAACUAAAUUAACAUCUGGAGAAGCACCUGCCAUAAAAAAAGAAAUGCAGGAUGUUACAACUAAACUGGGUGAAGCAGCUCAGCUGACAUGCCAGAUUGUUGGGAGACCUUUGCCUGAUAUUAAAUGGUACCGCUUUGGCAAAGAACUGGUGCAAAGCCGAAAAUACAAGAUGUCGUCUGAUGGACGCAACCAUGCACUGACAGUAAUAACAGAUGAACAGGAGGAUGAAGGUCUCUACACUUGUAUGGCUACCAAUGAUGUCGGAGAAAUUGAAACUAGUGGCAAGCUGUUAUUACAGGCUCCUCCUCAGUUCCAUCCUGGCUUCCCAUUGAAAGAGAAAUACUAUGCAGGUGCAGGUGGCACCCUCCGCCUUCACAUUGUGUAUAUUGGCCGACCAGUACCAGCAAUAACUUGGUUCCACGGCAACAAACCUUUGAGAGGAUCUGAAACAGUUACUAUUGAGAACACAGAGCAUUAUACUCAUCUUGCUAUUAAGAACGUCCAGCACAAGACUCAUGCUGGGAAGUACAAAGUGCAACUCAGUAACACAUUUGGAACAGUUGACACUGUACUUAAUGUGGAAAUACAAGAUAAGCCUGAUAAACCAGUAGGACCAAUUAUUAUAGAGUCUAUACUGAAGAAUUCUGUGGUCAUAAGCUGGAAACCUCCAGAGGAUGAUGGAGGUGCUAUGAUAACCAAUUACAUCAUAGAGAAAUGUGAAGCCAAGGAAGGAGCAGAAUGGCAACUUGUAUCUUCAAGCAUUUCAGGCACAACCUGUAGGAUUGUUAACCUAACUGAAAAUGCAGGCUAUUAUUUCCGUGUUUCUGCUCAGAAUACAUAUGGCAUUAGUGAAGCACUGGAGGUUUCAUCAGUUGUUGUUAUGAAGCCUCCAUUUGAAAAACCAGGACAACCUGGUCAGCCAGUAGCAAGUGCUGUCACAAAGGAUUCUUGUGUUGUCUCAUGGAAGCCACCUGCAAGUGAUGGCGGUGCAAAGAUUAGAACUUAUUAUCUGGAGAAGCGUGAGAAAAAACAAAACAAGUGGAUUUCUGUAACAACAGAUGAAAUUCGUGAAACUGUCUAUUCUGUGAAAGAUCUUAUUGAAGGUCUUGAAUACGAGUUCCGUGUAAAAUGUGAAAAUCUUGGUGGUGAAAGCGAGUGGAGUGAGAUAUCACAACCAGUCAUUCCAAAAUCUGAUGUACCAAUUCAAGCUCCACAUUUCAAGGAAGAACUAAGGAAUCUGAAUGUGAAAUUUCAAGCUAAUGCCACAUUUGUCUGUAAAGUCACCGGUCAUCCUAAACCAGUUGUCAAGUGGUACAGACAGGGCAAAGAAAUCAUGCCAGAUGGUGAAAAGAUCAAGAUACAGGAAUUCAAGGGUGGAUAUCAUCAGCUGGUCAUCACAAAUGUAACAGAUGAUGAUGCCACAGUAUAUCAAGUUAGAGCUACCAACCAAGGAGGAUCUGUGUCUGGCACUGCCUCUUUGGACGUUGAAGUUCCUGCAAAGAUUCACUUGCCCAAAAACCUGGAAGGCAUGGGAGCUGUUCAUGCCCUCCGAGGGGAAGUAGUGAGCAUCAAGAUUCCGUUUAGUGGCAAGCCUCAUCCUGUGAUCACAUGGCAGAAGGGACAAGACCUAAUCGAUACUAACGGACACUAUCAAGUCAUUGUUACGCGAUCAUUCACAUCUCUUGUUUUCCCAAAUGGUGUUGACAGAAAAGAUGCAGGUUUUUACAUUGUUUGUGCCAAAAACAGAUUUGGAAUUGAUCAAAAAACAGUUGAAUUAGAUGUGGCUGAUGUGCCUGAUCCACCAAGAGGUCUGAAGGUAACAGAUGUUUCAAGGGAUUCUGUCAACUUAACCUGGAAUGAACCAGCUACUGAUGGUGGAAGCAGAAUCAUAAACUACAUUAUUGAGAAACGUGCUACAACAGCAGAGCGAUGGAUUCGUGUUGCACAAGCUCGUGAUACACGAUACACAGUGGUGAACCUAUUUGGCAAAACCACCUACCAGUUCCGUGUAAUUGCAGAAAACAAGUUUGGCCAAAGCCAGCCUUCUGAACCUACUGAUCCAAUUAUAACAAAGGAAGAUAAGACCAGAGUAAUGAACUACGAUGAAGAAGUUGAUGAGACCAGAGAAGUCACCACAGUUAAAGCAGCUCACUAUUCUACAAAGGAACUCUAUGACAAAUAUAUGAUUGCAGAAGAGCUUGGACGUGGGCAGUUUGGCAUUGCACACCGCUGUGUUGAGGCAGUUUCAAAAAAGACUUACCUGGCCAAGUUUGUCAAAGUAAAGGGUGCUGACCAAGUUUUGGUAAAGAAAGAGAUUUCCAUUCUGAACAUUGCUAGGCACCAAAAUAUCCUGUAUCUUCAUGAAUCAUUUGAGAGCCUAGAAGAAUUGGUCAUGAUCUUUGAAUUCAUUUCUGGAGUUGACAUCUUUGAAAGAAUCAGUACAGCUUCAUUUGAACUAAAUGAAAGAGAAAUAGUAAGUUACGUACGCCAGGUCUGCGAUGCAUUAGAAUUUUUACAUCGUCACAGCAUCGGACAUUUUGAUAUUAAACCAGACAAUAUUAUUUACUUCACAAGAAGAAGCUCUGUAGUUAAAAUUGUUGAAUUUGGUCAAGCCAGACAACUGAAGCCUGGAGACAGCUUUAGACUCCAGUUCACGUCUCCUGAAUAUUAUGCACCUGAAGUACAUCAUCAUGACUUAGUUAGCACAGCUACUGACAUGUGGUCAGUUGGUGCUCUAACAUAUAUACUUCUCAGUGGCAUUAAUCCUUUCAUUGCUGAAACAAACCAACAAGUUAUUGAAAAUAUUCUAAAUGCUGAAUACAACUUUGAUGAUGAAGCAUUCAAAGACAUAAGCAUUGAGGCCAUGGACUUCAUUGAUCGCCUACUAGUAAAGGAAAGAAAAGCUCGAAUGACAGCUGCUGAAGCGCUUAAUCAUGUGUGGCUAAAACAGCAGACAGAAAAGACCAGCACUAAAGUCAUCAAGACCUUGAGGCACAGGCGUUACUACCAAACUCUAGUAAAGAAGGAGUGGAACACAGUUGUGUCAGUAGCCCGCAUUUCCUGUGGAGGCGCGAUUAGAUCUCAGAAAGGCGUAACGGUGGCUAAAGUUAAAGUUGCACCAAUAGACAUAGGUCCCAUUGCUGGGCAGAUAAAGCAUGCUGUUACAGAAGAAGGAGGGCAUGCCAAAUAUGUAUGUAGGAUUGAAAACUAUGAUCAGUCCACACAAGUCACAUGGUACUUUGGUAUGAGGCAAUUAGAAAGCAAUGAGAAAUAUGAAAUCAAAUACGAAGAAGGUGUGACAACCAUGUAUGUCAAAGAUGUUUCUAAAUCCGAUGAUGGUACCUACAGAUGCAAGGUAGUAAAUGACUAUGGUGAAGACAGCUCUUAUGCAGAACUUUUUGUUAAAGGUGUGAGAGAAAUUUCUGAGCACUACAGAUGUAGAACUGUUAGGAAAGUGAAACGACGGGUUGAUACCAUGAGACUAUUAGAGCGUCCACCAGAAUUUACUCUGCCUUUGUAUAACCGUACUGCAUACGUUGGAGAAAAUGUCAGGUUCGGAGUAACUAUAACAGUUCACCCAGAACCUCGCUUAACAUGGUUCAAAUCAGGCCAGAAAAUCAAACCUGGUGAUGAUGAUAAGAAGUACACUUUCGAAUCAGACAAGGGUCUUUAUCAACUCGUCAUCAAUAAUGUCACUGAAGAGGACGAUGCUGAAUACAGUAUUGUGGCACGCAAUAAAUAUGGUGAAGACAGCUGCAAAGCUAAGCUGACUGUGAUUCCGCAUCCACCUCCAGCAGAUGCCACUCUAAGGCCAAUGUUUAAAAGACUGCUGGCAAACGCUGAAUGUCAAGAAGGCCAAAACGUCAGUUUUGAGAUCAGGGUAUCUGGUGUACCAAAACCAACACUGAAGUGGGAGAAAGAUGGUCAACCUCUAUCCUUUGGUCCUAACUUUGAUAUAAUUCAUGAAGGUUUAGAUUACUAUGCUUUGCAUAUCAGAGACACUUUACCAGAAGACAGUGGUUAUUACAGAGUUACUGCUACAAACAGUGCUGGAUCUACAAGCUGUCAGGCUUAUCUAAAAGUUGAACGUUUGAAAUAUGUCAAGCGCGAGUACAAGACUGAAGAAGAGCGGGAGAAGCAUGUACAGAGACAAAUUGACAAGACUUUACGAAUGGCAGAAAUCCUUUCUGGGGUUGAAGCUGUUCCACUGACACAAACUGCACAAGAGGCUCUCAGAGAAGCUGCCAUCUUAUAUAAACCAGCUGUUAGCACUAAGACCGUCAAAGGUGAAUAUGAAAUUAAGAAAGAAGAAAAGAAGGAAGAAAGAAGACUUCGUAUGCCGUAUGAGGUCCCAGAGCCUCGCAAACAUGUGCGCGCUACUCUUGAGGAAGAUCAGAACAUUAAACACUUCGUGCCUCUGUCAGACAUGAAGUGGUACAAGAGGCUGCGAGACCAGUAUGAAAUGCCAGGAAAACUUGAGAGAACUGUUCAGAAACGCCAGAAACGCAUUCGUCUUUCCAGGUGGGAGCAAUUCUACGUGAUGCCACUGCCACGCAUUUCUGAUCAGUAUAAGCCUAAAUGGCGCAUACCAAAGCUAACACAAGAUGAUCUUGAAAUUGUGAGACCAGCACGUCGGCAUACCCCAUCUCCAGACUAUGAAUAUUACUAUAGACCAAGAAGGCGAUCGCUUGGUGACUUGUCUGAUGAGGAAUUACUCCUGCCUAUUGAUGACUAUUUAGCCAUGAAGAGAACUGAAGAGGAAAGACUGCGCCUUGAAGAAGAGCUGGAGUUAGGCUUUUCUGCUUCCCCACCAAGUAGAAGCCCCCCACGCUUUGAACUGUCUGCCCUUCGGUAUUCUACUGCAGGAGCACAGGUCAGUUCAGAGGAAGAAAGAAAAAGAGAGCUGAGGUAUUCAACCUAUCACAUCCCAACUAAAGCUGAGACCAGUGCAAGCUAUGCAGAGCUUCGUCAACGCCAUGACAGGGCUACCUACAGACCACCUAAACAAAAGCAAAGAAUAAUGGACGAAAGAGAGGAUGAAGAAUUGCUCCGUCCUGUGGGCACUGCUCAACGACUCUCUGAAUACAGGAGUGAACUCGAAUACAUGGCAGAGGAGGAAAAGAGUAGACUCAGGAGAAGGAGGGAAAGAGAAAUAACUGAGAUCACAUCAGAAGAAGAAGAAGAAAUAGAAAUGGUGCAACACGUUCACAGGGAAUAUUCACCUCCCUCUAGAUUACUAGGGAGAAGAAGAUCUCUUUCUCCAACUUACAUUGAGUUGAUGCGUCCUGUAUCUGAAUUAAUUCGACCACGAUCACGGCCUCCUGAAGAAAGUGAGAGAAGAUCCCCAACACCAGAGAGAACUCGACCACGCUCACCUAGCCCAGUUUCUAGUGAAAGAUCACUCUCUCGGUUUGAGAGGAUGGCAAGAUUUGAUAUAUUUUCCAGAUAUGAGUCCAUGAAAUCUGCUUUGAAAACUCAGAAAACUAUGGAAAGGAAAUAUGAAGUUCUGACUCAGCAGCCUUUCACCCUUGACCAUGCUCCUCGCAUUACCCUGAGAAUGCGCUCACACCGAGUACCAUGUGGCCAUAAUACCAGGUUCAUUUUAAAUGUUCAGUCAAAACCAACUGCUGAAGUGAAGUGGUACCAUAAUGGUAUUGAGCUCCAGGAGAGCAGUAAGAUACAUUUUACUAAUACGAGCGGAGUAUUAACUCUGGAGAUUCUCGACUGCCACAUUGAUGACAGUGGAACAUACCGGGCUGUAUGCACAAACUACAAAGGGGAAUGCUCUGAUUAUGCAACACUAGAUGUUACUGGAGGAGAUUACACUACAUACUCUUCCCAGCGGAAAGAUGAAGAAGUACCAAGGUCAAUUUUACCUGACUUGACAAAAACAGAGGCAUAUGCAGUCUCCUCAUUUAAGAAAGCAUCUGCUACAGAAGCAAGUUCCUCAGUAAGAGAGGUCAAAUCAGAAAUGUCAGCAACAAGAGAAUCACUAUUAUCAUAUGAACACUAUGCUUCUUCUGAAGAAAAAAUCACUGCAGCUGAAGAAAAAUCAUUGGAAGAAAGGACUGUACACAAGGCAUUUAAAAGCACUCUACCAGCAACAAUCCUUACAAAACCACGGUCAAUCACAGUUUCUGAAGGGGAGACUGCAAGAUUUUCCUGUGAUGUUGAUGGUGAACCAGCACCAACAAUAACAUGGUUCCGUGCAGGUCAACCCAUUGUUUCUUCGAGGCGCUUCCAAGUAACACGAACACAGUACAAGUCUACCUUUGAAAUUUCUUUGGUCCAGAUGUCAGAUGAAGGAAGUUACACUGUUGUGGUGGAAAACUCUGAAGGAAGACAGGAAGCGCAUUUUACUUUGACCAUUCAAAGAACAAAAAUUCCUGAAAAAACAAUUACAUCACCACCAACAAUCAAAUCUCCUGAGCCUCGUGUAAAGUCUCCAGAGCCAGUUAAGUCUCCUAAACGAGUGAAAUCUCCUGAACCCAUCAGCGGCCCCCCAAAAGCAAAGUCACCACCUGGAGACAAAACAGUACCAGCAGAGAAAGUACAAUUACCAACUCCUUCUCCACCAAAGAUAAAACAGCAUCUGAAAGCAGAAACUCUUGGAGAUAAGGUAAAGUUAUCCUGUGCAGUUGAAAGCAGUGUUUUAAGCGUCAGAGAAGUGGCUUGGUAUAAGGAUGGCAAAAAACUGAAAGACGACCAUCAUUUCAAGUUUCAUUAUGCAGCAGAUGGCACCUAUGAGCUCAAAAUCCAUGAGCUCAUGGAAUCUGAUAAAGGAGAAUACACCUGUGAAAUUAUUGGGGAAGGAGGUGUUUCAAAAAGUAACUUCCAGUUUACUGGCCAAGUAUUUAAAAAUAUCCAUUCCCAGGUAAGAGGUGUAUCUGAAACUCAUAAAUCAGUUCAGAAAGAAGAUGAGGUGCUUACAGUUUCUACCCAGAAGAAAUCAGCAAUGGCAACUGAAGAAAAAGCAGCAGUUGAAGAAGUCAUUAGUAAGUCAAUUGUUACUGAAGACAUCAAACAAUUGAAAGCAGAAAUUAAAACUUCUUCAACUAAAAUGACAGUGUCCGAAGGGCAGAAAGUGACGUUGAAAGCCAACAUUCCUGGUGCCUCUGAAGUAAAAUGGGUGCUGAAUGGAAUGGAGCUGAGAAAUUCAGAUGAUUACAGAUACGGUGUUUCUGGAAGUGAUCACACACUAACUAUCAAAAAGGCCAGUAAUAAAGAUGAAGGUAUACUCACCUGUGAGGGUAAAACUGAUGAAGGCAUUAUUAAAUGCCAGUAUGUUCUGACCUUUUCUAAAGAACGCUCCAAAGAACCAGCAUUUAUCAUGCAGCCUAAGUCUCAAAAUGUCAAUGAAGGACAAGAUGUAUUGUUCACCUGUGAAGUUUCUGGGGAUCCUUCUCCUGAAAUUGAGUGGUUUAAGAAUAAUCAACCUAUUGCUGUUUCAUCGCAUAUCAGAGUAACACGCUCUAAAAACAUAUAUUCUCUUGAGAUUCAAAAUGCAGUAGUGAGUGACACUGGAAAAUACACAGUCAAAGCAAAAAAUUACCACGGGCAGUGCUCUGCUACAGCAUCUUUGACUGUACUCCCUCUAAUAGAAGAACCUCCAAAAGAGGUAGUAUUGAAGACAAGUGGCGACGCAAGCAUGCACGAAAGUUUUUCUUCUCAGUCCUUUCAAAUGGCUUCUUCUAAACAAGAGGCUUCAUUCAGCAGUUUCAGCAGUAGCAGCAUGACUGAAAUGAAAUUUGCAAGCAUGUCUGCCAAAAGCAUGUCCUCCGUGAAAGAAUCCUUUGUAGAGAUGAGCUCCAGCAGUACUAUGGGGAAAUCUAGUAUGGCUCAACUGGAGAGUUCAACUAGUAAAAUGCUUAAAUCAGGUCUGAGAGGAGUACCACCCAAAAUUGAAGCUCUCCCAUCUGAUAUCAGCAUUGAUGAAGGAAAAGUUCUCACACUAUCUUGCGCCUUUUCGGGUGAACCUGCUCCCGAAAUAACAUGGUACUGCAGAGGAAGAAAAAUUACCAGUCAGGAGCAGCAAGGUAGAUUCCACAUUGAAACCAGUGAAGAUCUAACCACCCUGAUCAUCAUGGAUGUCCAGAAGAACGACAGUGGACUUUAUACCCUGAAUUUAGGAAAUGAAUUUGGUACCGAUUCUGCCACUGUGAAUAUUAAUAUUCGAUCAAUUUAGAGAGCUUGAUCUGUAUUAUUUACACUUGUCUUUUUACAAGUGAUUCAUAUAUGGACUGAAAUAUCUGAUCUGUAAAUAUAAAAAAAAAUAUUUUUGUACCUACCUGAAUGAGACAAAGUGCAGAGCUAUACAUUAUGACUUAUAGUCAUUAUUGACCUAAGAAUUUUAAACACUUUUUUCACUGACUUGUACAUACUGUAUAUAGCCGAAGUUAACGGUUAUGAAGUUUUGUACCAUUUAUUUUACGACAUUUUGAAAUGUAACUUUUGGAACUAACGGUUGGUAGGAGAAAGUUUCCUAGCAAACGACUACCCUGCUCAACAUUUAACUAAUUUUUGUGCCUCAACUCGUUGUUGAUGUCUAAGAAUGCCUCAACAGGUAGAGAGGCUCCCUGUUGAAGAUUACCUACACCUAAGAGAUGAUACUGUGCAUAGUAUUUCAUACAUGCACGAAUAUUUAUGUUGAAUCAGAAAUGUAAGGCAUUGGUGAUGUUUGCAUUUACCCUCCUGUAAGCAUUGCUUUAAUGUUUUACAUUGGAUCUGAUUACGUCAUAAUUUUCAUACCUGACUGACAAUUUUUGGACAAAGUGCAAGCGGCCAGCACUUUGUUCACCCAGUGUCUGUGUACUGUUUCUGACAUACUGACUGCCUAAAUAGCUUUAAAAAAGUAACACCACCUGGCCAUCCCCUUAAUCAACAAAGCUAUUUAGGUACUCAAGUGCAGCAGCAGUACCCCUCUUGGAGGUUCAUAGGGUGCAGUGAUUGAGUUUGUGUGGUAGUAGUAGACAUCCAGUAGUCACUUCCAGGCAACUAAGGAAUGAACCACAGUUUAAAAACAAACUGUUGUAGCAACAUCAAAUACCACCCUGCACUUCAAUUUGCUUUAGUUCUGCUAAUGUAGUAAUAAAUCUUGUUAGCUGUUGAACCUCCUUCAAAUAGAAUUGUUCACUUGAAAUAAAGCAUGCUUUCUGCACC